CAGGUAUCCUAAAGUUUAAUGUAUUGAAGGAAAGCUACGGAUUAUCUGCGACCAUUCAUCGAACUGUCUAUUGUUAACAAAUAAAAGCAGGAUACAGGUAUGUUAAAGCAUAUGGGGUACAGAAAGAAAGCGUUUCAUUAUCUGCAAGCAUUCACUGGGAACAUGUUAGGUUCCUUCUCAGACCUGCACUGACUCGCAUUCCACUGUAGAACUCGCACACAUCCUAAAACAAUACACGAGCGGGUGUCACGGCUUCUGUACCAUCGGAGUCGCGGUCUGAUGACGUAAAUAUGCAAGCUCACACACGAAUGUGCGUUUUGAUGACAUUUGCUGCCAGGUUCGCUUUGACAUUGUAACAAUGAGCAACUUCUUCCGACUGAUCCAGAGAACGCUGGGGGUUCCCCAGAACCAAAUAUCUGGAAUUCUACACAGGAAGGCCAGAGCCGUGCGCCUCAUUCACACCGGUCCCCUAAACUUGAAUUACGCCAAAGGACUGUUUCUAGGAUCCAUCAACAAGGUAUCUUUUAAAGGGAAAUGGGUAGAUUAAAGUGGCACUGUCAUGCCGAAUUUACUUUUCCCCAAUCGAUUCCUCUUCUCUUCCACUCUCAGGAUCUGUUCUUCAUUUCUUCCUGUCUGCUCUAAUUUUCUUUAAAAAUUAAUACAAAGUAGGGACUACUUCUCUUCUGGAGGUUUCCUAUGCCAUGACGAGCGGAGGAGCAAAGUGUAUAGCGAGUAGGGGCUGAAUUUACUAAUACUAAGUAAUAUUUACUUAGUAUUAGUAAAUGUGUCUUUCCGCCUUUUGGUAGAUAGCUCCCUAAUACCGUGGGAAUUAGGGAGCUAUCUACUAAGCGGCGGCAAAAUGCAGCCACAGCACGAAUAUGAUCGGAGUUUCAUUCAUUCGAAUGAAAUUGCGAUCCGAACAAUGUCAUGAAUUGCGCUUUAACACGAAUGGAGAAACUGUUCUCCUUCUGUUAGGACGCAAUUCGGAAGUUUUGCCGGUGUUCUGUCUAAGUGACAGGACGUUCGGGAAUACUGACAGGAAGCAUUGUGGGAACAGGGAGGAAAGCUAAGGAUUAUGGGAAAAUUGCUCUGACCACCGGAAACGAAGCACACUUUGCUCCUCCGCUGGUCAUAGCUGCUCAUGGCGUAGGAAACCUCCAGUAGAGAAAUCUUUAAAUUUUUAAAGAAAACUAGAGCAGACAGGAAGAAAUUAAUAACAGAUGGGGAAAGGUAAAUUCGACAUGACAGUGCCGCUUUAAGUCAUUAGAGUGUAACCUAGCAUAUGUAGGUGAUGAAAGUGCACUCAAUCCUUCGUCUGGAAUUCAGGGUGCUCUAGUGGAUAUGUCCCAGUACCAAAAAAGGACCAAUUGAAGCAUUUGAAUAUAGAGAAUAAUCCAGGCACUCCAGCAUAUUCCAAAAUGUAGGCAAUCUUUAUUGGAACAAGGAACCAAAAAGCAACGUUUCGACCCCUUAGGGCCUUUAUCUUUAUUGGAACAAGGAACCAAAAAGCAACGUUUCGACCCCUUAGGGCCUUUAUCAAGCUUGAUAAAGGCCCUAAGGGGUCGAAACGUUGCUUUUUGGUUCCUUGUUCCAAUAAAGAUUGCCUACACUUUGGAAUAUGCUGGAGUGCCUGGAUCAUUGUUUAUAUUAGAGUGUAACCUCUCAGGAAUCUUAAAGGGACACUCCAGGCACCCAGACCACUUCUUCCCAUUGGAGUGUUCUGGGUGCCAACUCGCACUACCCUUAACCCCUUAAGGACACAUGGCAUGUGUGACAUGUCAUGAUUCCCUUUUAUUUCAGAAGUUUGGUCCUUAAGGGGUUAACCCUGCAAGUGUAAUUAUUGCAGUUUUCAUAAACUGCAAUAUUUACCUUGCAGGGUUGACUCCUCCUCUACUAGACAGCCACUAGAGGGCACUUCCGUGUUUAUAGCACACGAAAAGUGUGCUAUAGCGUCGCUGGACGUCCACGCUAUGUGAGAACCUCCAGCGUUGCUGAAAUCCCCAUAGGAAAGCAUUAAAAGCAUUUUUCAUUGCUUUCGUAUGGGGAGGUCUAAUGCGCAAUAGGUCUACCCCUUCGGAUGACGUCGGUGGGGGAGAAGCGUGGGCGGACCCUGAAUCAGCGCCAAGGGACAUCGCUGGAUACAGGUAAGUCUUGGGGUGGGGGGAGAGGGGACCUGCAGUGCCAGGAAAAUGGUUUGUUUUCCUGGCACUGGAGAGUCCCUUUAAUUUAAGGUCCAAACUUCUGGACUAAACGGGAAUCAUGACAUGUCAUACAUGUCAUGUGUCCUUAAGGGGUUAAGUCAGUCUCAAAUAUUAGGGCAAUAUAUCCAAACUGAAAAUAUAAUUUAAUUAAAUGUUUUGAGUUAGUCUUCUGUAGCUUAGAACUGAACACUCUGUUUGAUUUCCUGACUUAUCUGACGCUGUGCACCAUAAAAACUUCAUGGGAAUCAGGGCCGGACUGGGGAUUCCAAAAAAAUCUGUGCCAGCCCCAUAAGUCAUUGCGCCAUAUAUUGUCGCAUGUAAUAUGUAAGGCUAUGUCUUGCCACCCUAGAUGAUUGAUAUAUAUAUUUAAUCUCUUUUUCCAAUAUAAAAUAUUGGUCCUUUCAGAGUAAAAUUUUUAAUUUUACAGUAAGCAUACUCACAUGCAGACACAGACAAUCUCACUGACACAAGCUGAUUGAUACACAACCUCAUAGACAAACAAUCUCACUGAUAUACAUAAGGUCAUUAAAAUAAAAACACAAGCUCACUCAGUAGCAGGCACACACACACACACACACAAGCAAGCCCACUCACUAGCAGGCGCGCACACACACACAGCUUAAUGUAGUGGCUCUGGUGUCUAUAGCCUGUGUCUGCAGGCUUUUCAAUGUUAACACUGACUUUUUAGAGAAAAGGCAGUGUUUACAUUGCUUCCUAGUGACAGACACUCAGAUGGUCACUAGAGGUGCUUCCUGUGUCAGUGCAGAUUGGCUGAGAUCAUCAAGCUUGAUGAUCUCAUCCGUAGAGGCAGGGCCAGUCGAGGGGAGACAAGCACGACGUGGGGGAAAAAAAGGUGAGUAAAAACACACAUACACACAUACAUACCAUGACAGACACACACCUUUACACACACACCAUAACACAGACCGUGACACAGACAGACACACCAUGACACACAGACACACACCAUGACACAGAGAGAUCGUGACACAGACAGACACGCCAUGACAGUCAGAGACACACACGCCAUGACAGUCAGAGACACACACACCAUGACACAGACACAAACAAUGACACAGCCACACAUUGCAUGACACAGAGACAGACACGCACACACCAUGACAGACAUAGACACACAGACACACACACAAUGACACAGACAGACACACACACACACCAUGACACAGACACACACAUACACUCACACUGACACACACAUACACUCACACAAUGUCUACCUGUGGGGAGCUCUGAUGGCGGCUGCAGGGGGAGCUGGCUGUUCUGGCGGCCGCAGGGGGAGCUGGCUGUUCUGGCGGCCGCAAGAGGGAGCUGGCUGUCCAGUCCAGCCCUGAUGGGAAUUAAGUUGCCAUGGUGUCAAAGGUUACUGGUACUCGCUCCUUCCUCUUUCCCCUUCAGAAUCUUCAAAUUUAUUUUGCAUUAAUGCGGCACUGUCAUGCCGAACUUACCUUUCUUUAAUCUAUUCCUCUUCUCUCCCUCUGUCAGGAUCAUUUCUUCAUUUUUCACUUUUACCGAACGUCCUGUCAUUUAGUCUUGGAGCUGCAAUGCAAACAUUCUCUGGAACUGCAGUGUUUUAUAUUGCAGCACUAAGUGCAAAAGGGUCACAGCACCCAGACUACUUUAAUUAGCCUACAGUGUCCCUUUAACCUUUCUUCAUAACUUCAUAACUAAACUGCUCCGUUCCUUUUAUCAAUUUUAGCCAACCUCUGCACUCUCUAGUGCCAUAAUAUGGAAUGUAAAAAACCUUUUUGGGGUUGGUUUUGCUCUCCCAUUUUCAAGUUUAGCCCAUCUAAUCGUUAUUUUGCAAGCCCUAUUGACAUGCUUUAUAUUUAUUUAAUUAUAUUUGUUAUAUAAUACAAAUGACCGAUUACAUUUUUUGAAUGCCCUUUUAUUAUCUUAUCAUUUGAAUGACCCUUGUACUAAGCCACCUUGGUUUUAAUUUGCUUCUUUUGCAUUUGUUUCCCAGUAUUGCGAAAGUUACUUUUGUAGUAUUUGUUUAUUUUACCUUCCAUUUACUCUCUGUGCUCUGUGUAAAGAUACCCUUAUCCUAUUGAAUGUAGUCCUUUUAAAAUGUAUGGAACACUAUAGGGUCAGGAACACAAACAUGUAUGGUGCAAACCCCCAUCACCCUUAACCCUAGUGUGGUUAUUAUUGUAGUUUUUAGAAUUUGCAAUAAUUACCUACUAGGGUUAACUCCUCCUCUAGUGGCUGACUUUUGGUUGCCUAAACUAUGCUGGACAUCAUCACACUAUGCAUGAGGACUUCCGGGGCACUGCACCAAGUCCACUUCAAUGGGAUGAUGUGGCCCUUUAAGCAUGUGAAUUUUAAACAUGCAUAACAAGCAACAUAAUGCAUCAGAUAUACAAUGCGAAUACAACUUUCUAAGGUAUGAAACAGAGAUAAUCACAUAUAACACUACCCUCACCUCUGCCUUGAACGUUGCAGCCCCGCUCCAAACUUGCACCUCGAGGAGGACACGACCCCAACCUUGGCAUACUGAAUCAACACGCUAUCUGCAGAGUUGCUCCCGUUGUGCAGAACGCUCCUGGAGGAAGUCUUGCACCCAGUCAGACUUCUCCAUUAUAGAUUCAUAUUAUGUUCAUACAGUGCAGCCCUUGCCCUCGCCAAACAGUCAUACUUUUCCUCUCUCAUUAGUUCAUGCUCCCGCAAUCCCAGACAUCUCUUUAAAACCUUUAUUUCUCUUCUCUGCCCUGCUGUUGCCACCCCCCAAACUAACCUUACAGCUGAUAGCUUUGCAUGCUACUUUACCGACAAGCUAAGGAAAGAAUUCUCCCCUCCUUGCCGUUCUCUUUAUCAACCACACGUAAAUCAUGCCUUCCCUACCCUUCAGACUUUCUCCCCGGCUACUGAACAAGAGGUGGCUGCACUUCUCCUUUCCUCUCGCCACACCAGUUGCCCGCUCGAUCCUGUCCCAUCUCACCUCAUCAGAUCUCUCUCCCCUUAUCUUGUGCCUACCCUAACACACAUCUCUAACUGCUCUCUCUCUUCUGGCACUGUUCCUGCUGACCUUAAACAUGCCACUGUAGUACCUAUCCUGAAAAAAACAUGUCUUGACCCAUCCUCCCCCGCUAAGUAAACUAAUUUCCCGCAUGGAUUACUGUAACCCUCUCCUGAUUGGUCUCCCCAAAAGCGGUAUUGCCCCACUACAGUCUGUAAUGAAUGCUGCAGCUAGACUGAUUUUCCUCUCUAGUCGGUCCUCUCACACCUCACCUCUCUGCCAGUCCUUACAUUGGCUCUCUGUAUCCUAUAGGAGUCAAUUCAAAGUGCUAACCCAUACAUUUAAAGCACAGAACAAUUCUAGCCCCUCUUAUAUCUCUUCACUGAUCAAUAGGUAUGCCCCACCUCGUUCCCUCCUUUCUGCCCGUGACCACCUCUUGACUGCUGCUCGCACCCGUACGGCCAACUCACGCUUGCAGGACCUCUCGCGGGCGGCUCUUUUCCAAUGGAAUAGCCUGCCUACCGCCGUCAGACUCUCCCCUAGUCUUCAAUCAUUUAAGAAGGGCCUUAAAACCCAUUUCUUUAGGAAAACGUAUGGCAUCCCAGAGUAACCUCUACCUUACAUACCUGUCUCAUGCUUUCUUCUAUAGGCCAGUGCUUUACUCUCUCCUCCAGCUCUGCUUCACUCCCACCCUAUUUGACUGAUAUUUCCAUCCUAACGUGUCUUAUACCACACCUCCUAUAGACUGUAAGCUCGUUUGAGCAGGGUCCUCUUCAACCUAUUGUUCCUGUAAGUUUUCCAUCCCCCCCCAUAAUAUUGUAAAGCGCUACGGAAUCUGUUGGCGCUAUAUAAAUGGCAAUAAUAAUAAUAAUGGCGCUGUGAGAUUCCCGCACAUGCCCAGUUAAACACUUGGGCAUGCAAACGGGAAUUUCAUCUAUUCAUUCAUUCGUCAGAAAGACGAAUGAAUAGAAAUUUCAGACAAACAAACACUGAAUAUCAGUGUUCGUUUGUUCAGUCAGUUUAUUACAAGAAGGGAACUACCGGCGCGCAGCUCCCUCCUUGUAAUAUGUAAAGAUAGAAGCGUCAGGGAGCAGUGCUUCCCGCCACUUCCUAAGCCCCCCAGGUCCCCCCUCACUCUAUGGUGGUCAAUAUAACCCCCAUAAUAGCAUAAGGGAGAUUAAAAUCUCCCAAAUACCCCUACUCGCUAUACUACGAGUAGGGGCAUGUAUACUAAAAAGCCUGUGGCUGCUCACUGUAAAAAAAACAAAACCCUAGUACCCUGGGGGCCCUAAAUACCAAUAAGGGGGAAGGGGGACCUAAAUAACAAUAAGGGGGAGGAACUAUUGUCCCCUCCCGGCCCCCACCCCUGUGCCGCGGGUGGGGGACCUUAAUAACAAUAAGGGGGGUCUAUAGUCCUCCCCCCCCGGCUUACACCCCUGCACGUCGGGUGGGGGCCCUAAAUAACAAUAAGUGGGGGGACCUAUUGUCCUCCCCACCCCUGAGCGGCGGGUGGGGGCCCUAAAUAACAAUAAGGGGGGGACCUAUUGUUCUUCCUUCCCCGGCCCCCACCCCUGUGUGGCGGGUGGGGGCCCUAUAUAACGUGUGACAUGUCAUGAUUCCCUUUUAUUCCAUAAGUUUGGUCCUUAAGGGGUUAAAGGGGGUGGACCUAUUGUCCUUCCUCCCCGCCCCUACCCCUGAGCGACGGAUGGGGGCCAUGAAUAACAGUAGGGGGGUAUACCUAUUGUCCUCUCCCCGGCCCCCACCCCAGCUCCACCAAGGUGACUAGGGGUCUCCAAUUUCCGGGGCGGGGCUGCUCACUGUUUAAUAGACAUGCCCCUACUCGUGGUAUAGCUAGUAGGGUCAGCAUUUACUAAUACUGAGUAAUUUUUUAUAGUCUGUCAGCCUUUUGGUAGAUAAUUCCCUAAUUUCCACAGUAUGAAGAAGCUAUCUACUAAGCGACUGCAAGAUGCAGCCGCUGCACAAAUAAGAUCAGAGGAGUUUCAUUCAUUAAAAAGUCCCGAAUUGCGUCCUAACGAAUGGAAAAAAAAACUGUUCUCCUACUGUUAGGACGCAAUUCAGUAGUUUCGCCGGCGUUCUGUCUAAAUGACAAGACAUUCGGCAAUACUGACAGGAAGCAUUGUGGGAACAGGAAGGAAAGCUUCGAAUUAUGGGAAAAUUGCUCUGACCAGCGGAAAUGAAGCACACUUUGCUCUUCCGCUGGUCAGAGAUGGUGAGGCGUAGGAAACCUCCAUAGGACAAAUAGUCCCUACUUUGUCUUAUGUUUUAAAGAAAACUAGAGCAGACAGGAAGAAAUGAAGAACAGAUCCUGAGAGAGGAAGAGAAGAGGAAUCGAAUGGGGAAAGGUAAGUUUGGUAUGACAAUCCAUGCAGAUCUUGGAGAUGCUGAAUGUAGGAGACACUUUAGUGGCUGUUUGAGUAACUGCCACAAAUGGGUUACUAGGCAGCAAUGUAAACUUUACCUUUCCUAUGAAAAGGCAGAGUUUACCUUGAAAUGCCUGCAAGGACAGCCUAUAGACACCAGAGCCACUACAUUAAGCGGUAGUGGUUCUGGUGACUAUAGUGUACCUUUUAAGUUUGUAUUCCUAACUGUGACAAAAUCAACUUUGCCACUGGUUCCUGGAGGGGAUUAUUGGCCAGCCUUUUGCCCUGUGACUAUGGCCCCUUUAAUUUAUUUGGUCUGAGAGACCCUAAUUGUGCCUAUUGGGACUUGGCACAAUGUACUUUAACUUUUGAAGUAGUUGAAGUGGCACUUCGGAUACAGCUGAAGUGGCCGCCAUUCGAACACGUGGAGGCGGCUUUUUUAUUUAGUCGAACGGGAUCAGCGGUACAUCAGAUGUUUUAUGCAAUGAAUCAGUGGAGCUGUUAUGAUUCUGUAAUCUUCAAGCUCUUCUUGCUCCAUAGUGCACCAUUUAGUGAUCCUGGGACCAGUCCGCUCUCAGCUGCCCACCUUAAGGCUCCCCUGUGGUGGUGCGGAUGUGCAGAAUAGAAGCGUGAAUCGAGGGAGCUGUAAUCUUCCAGCUCUUCUUGCUCUGCUCUCUUGUGCGGCCCACUGUGAUGUAGGUUGCCAGGAGAUGAGUUCCCCAAAAUCACAAAAGCAGCACCCCUGAAAAUUUCAUACAAGUAAACAGAGCAAGCUAAGUGUGUGUGUGUGUAUGUGUGUGUGUGUAUAUAUAUUAUAUAUAUGAGAGAGAGAUGAAUAAAGUAAGAUAACAAACAAGCCCAGAGCAGUGAAGGGGUCUGCCUCAGAGUUUUGUUCUGCUCUCCUUUUUUCUUAUUGAUUGUUUCCUGAAAGUUAUGUUAACUAUUUCCUUGCUGCUGGAGUAAAAGAAGGAAAUACAAAUAUGAAGCCUUAAUUCCCAUAAAAUUGUCUGAUAUGUUCAGCAACUUUACAUUCAUAUUAUUAGUGGUUUCUGCCAGAAACAUGUUUUCAACUACAGGCUUGUAAUCAUAACUAGAGGGUGAGUGAGGUUUAAAGUAACUCUAUAUGAGGAGAUGCUGAUUGACUCAGAAUAGCGUUUUGCCGCGCAUUCACAAAAGUCUCCCAGUGCUUUGUUAUUGAAUUGGCUGAAAUCAAGAUUAUUACUGCGAUUUAACUAUUUGGGUGUACAUGUUAGUAUUCCUUACCCUACAGUGUUCCUUCAGUGGACUAGAUUUCAUUCGGUAAAAUCAUGAAAGUAAAAAUGCUUAUACACUCUUUUUAUAUUGAAGGGGUUAAGAGAAGGACCUCCAUAAAGGAAUUAUUCCGCUAUACGUCCUUUAGGAGUUAAAGAACAUGUGGUUAGCUUUUUUUUUUUUUUCUGAUGUAACCUUUUGUUGCACAUUGGGCUAUUUUACAAACCCAAUCCCCAAACCUUUCCCUGCUGCAUGUUCUCUGUGAUUGACUUAUGAGUGACCAUUUAGCACAAGGUCACUAAAACACUGAUCUUGUGUCCCUGCUGCUGCUUAGAGCAUGGCAUUUGAGAAGCAUUCUGUUUAAUUUAGAAUUUAGAAUUUCUUAUCUCCUGCUCUGUUAAUAGCUUGCUAGACUCUGCAGGAGCCUCCCAUGUGUGAUUUAAAGUUCAAUUUACAGAGCAGGAGAUAAGAGAUGAAAACUUUUAAAGUUUUGUUACAUCUGAUUGAAAAUGAAACUAUUUUUGCUCAUGCAGACUGUGUCAGUUACAGUCAGGGGAGGUGUGGCUAGGGCUGCUUAAAAAGAAACAAACUUUAUUUAACUCCAAAUGUCAGUGAAUUGAAGAUUAUGCUAACGCAGUGUUCUAAUAAUCUUAAUUUUAAUAAUGACCGGAGGUGAGUAUUUUGCAUUAGCUUUCUUUACUAACUCCAUAGCAGCAAAGAAAAUAUAUUUGAAAUAAAGAACCAAUUAGAACACAGUCAGAGUAUAUAUAAGUGAAAGCACAUCAGAUCACGUCCUCUUUUCAAUUGCAACAUCACAAGUCCAUAACUAAAUGAUUAACUUUGUAAGAGAUCUAACAAAUCCCUUCCAUCAAUGUAGAUGACUUGUUAAGCUGAAAGAAAAGAGACUAGUUUCAGUGAUAUGGAACCGACCGUAUGAGUAUAUAACUUUGAGCAUAUUUAAGCUGCUGUUAGUAACUAAGUUAUCUAAACAUAAGGUGUUAUCAUAAAAGAGUCAAUCCCACCUUUGCAAUAACAAUAUGCAACUCAUAAUAAUUCUCACACCAGUAAAUAGACAUAACACAGAACUAGAAUUCUUCAACAUCCUAAGACUUACCUCAAACCAGGGUUGGGAACAGCAAUAAAAAGGGUUGGAAAAUACUCGCUAGGGAUCGACCAAUAUUGAUUUUUUUUUUUUUAGAGCCCCAUCGGUAGCACCCAAUCCCCAUCGGCUCGCGUCCGAUUAGAGUAUGAAAUCUGGGUGGUUGCCAAAGAUGGCUUGACCAUUCCAUGCUUGCAUGCAGUUGAACCACCAUUCGAGUUCCUGACGCACUUCGUCUGUCAGCGGAACCGGCUGAUUGUAUGUGGGGUUCCGAAAGAGGAAGUGGGUCUUCAGCUGUUGCAUGGCACGAUAGUGCAGGGGGCCAGGAAAUAUGGCUUGGAUUGAGGUGGAGAGUAGGCCUACGAUCAGAGCCAGUUGUCGGAGCUGGAUGGAAUCAAGCUUGACGACCCUGCGGAUCUCUUUCCUGAUGGCCGUCACUUUGGAAGACUGAAGGUGGAGUGUGAUUUCUCGAAGCCCAGGAAUUGAAUUGUUUGAGUGGGAGUCAGUGCAGAUUUGGCCCUGUUGACAAAGAAUCCCUGAGAUUCCAAUAAUUGUACCGUAUAGUCGGUAUGUUGUGAUGCCAGGUCGCUCGUUCUGCAGAACAGGACUAUGUCAUCCAGGUAAAUGAUGCACCGGAUCCCUUGAGUUUUGAGGUGGGCUACCACCGGUUUCAGCAUUUUUGUGAAACACCAUGGUGCAGAGCUAAAUCCGAAAGAGAGGAAAGUGAACUGCCAUGGGAAGCCGUGCCAUAGGAACCGAAGGAAAGGACGACUGUCUUUGUGAAUUAGAAUCAACAAGUAUGCGUCUUUGAGGUCUAGGCGCGUAAACCAGUCUCCCCCUUGUUGGAGGUCUCGUAGUAAGUGUAUUCCUUCCAUCUUGAAGUGACAGUAUGUAACGUGAACGUUUAGUUUCCUUAAAGUGCUCACUGGCCUGACGUCUCCGCUUUUCUUGCAGACGAGAAAUAGCAUGUGUCUUCCAUGUUAUUUGGAAUACUAACUGGCACAGGUAGGAGAAGUAGAGGGACCGGUUGGGAGGGACUUGAAAAAGGCCGUAGGUUACGCGUAGGAUCCCCCUGCUACCUUUUGUCUCAAAUCCCCCUGGUAUCCUUUAGAUUGUAAGCUCACGGGCCAUCUAGCCAAGCACUUUGUAUAAAAGAGCUCCAAUGGCUAGAUAUCAGCUUACGGGCAGGGCUCUCUCUGCCUCUUGUAUAUUGUAUGUUUCUCCACUAAUUGUACAACGCUGAGGAAUCUGUUGGCGCUUUAUAAAUCGCAGUAAUAAAUAAAUAAAUAAAGCAGACUCUUAUUAUCACUGGGUCUCACCCAGGAGAUCCGAAUUGCUUCAACAGAUUCCAUUAAGCAGCACUCUAGGAAUUACCCAAAUGAGGGCUCACCCUUUGCCAGAUUAUUAGGGUAUACCUGGCUGGCAGUCACACUCUCCAGGGGUUAGUACACCAACCUGAACAGGUCCCUGUGAUAGUAUGCAAAAAAUCACCGCUGGAUUGUAAGAUGCAAACUUCCAAAACCAAGAACCUCUUCCUGAUGAGAGUUAACAUCCACCAUAAAACACUCCAACAAAAUGGCCGCCGCGGAUCUAGUGGCUAACUGGCACAGCAAAAGCCCUCGAAAGGCGUCCGUGGGAAACAGGUGAAGGGAGUGGACACCUUUCAUGACAAACGAACUGCCGAACGCAUACAGUGAUUGGAACUCCGUGAACGGAGAUCCACGAACAGUAGGUCGUGAAAAUAUCCAAACGGUCGUUCAGAAUAGGCACUAACGGUGAACCUUGAGGACUGCCCGUUCGUGCCAAAAUGCACAAAACAAGUGAAUGCCCAGUCUUUUUCAUUGUGAACAGCGCGGGAAAGCUAGUGAAAGUUGCGAACGUAGCCACCAGGGAGGGGGGAAAGGGGGAAGUACAGGCCACCUCAGAGAAGAGAGUGCAAACAUGUCAAACUCAAAGUCUAGCAAAGCCCAGGCAGUCUCCCUGCGGCAAAUUAGGACCCCGUGGCCACGUGAUCGCUCUAACAAAGCGGUCACAUGGCCACAAUAGGUUCCUGUUUAUCUGCCUGCAGGGGGACUGCCUGUGUUGACAGGCAGUCUCCCUGCUGUAAGAUAAAAAAAAAAUAAAGUUAAAAAAAGCAAUCAGUGUAAAUAAAAUAAGUGUGUGUAUAUGUGUAUAUUUAUGUAUAUAUGUAUGUAUGUAUGUAUAUAUAUAUAUGCGUGUGUGUGUAUAUAUAUAUAUAUAUAUAUAUAUAUAUAUAUAUAUAUAUAUAUAUAUAAUAUAUGUACAUUUAAAUACAUUUUAAAAAAGUAAAAAUUAUUUUUUAAUUUUUUUACAAAAAUUAAAUGUCAUUUUAUUCUAAUCGUAUAUUGAUAUAUAUUUAUAUCAAAAUACACUUAGAAUUAAAUGAUAUAUCUAUGUAUGUAUAAAUAAAAAAUAAUACGAAAUAUACACAUGUCCAUAAAUAUUAUUACUUAAAUAAUUUCAUAAAUAUACACGUAGACUUCAAAUAUAUAAAUAUGUAUAUAUAUUUAAAUUCUCUGUGCAUAUUUACGUAAUAUUUUUACAUAAUUAAGUAAUUUUAUUGAUUUCAAUUUGAGGGACCUGUCUGACAACCCAGGCCGAAAGUCCCGACAAUUUAAUUUGCUAGCACUGUGUUUAACCCUGUAACUUUCUAUGACACCCUAAAACCUGUACAUGGGGGGUACUGUGUUACUUGGGAGACUUCGCUGAACACAAAUAUUAGUGUUUCAAAACAGUAAAACAAAUCACAGCGAUGAUAUUGUCAGUGAAAGUGACUAUUUUUGAAUUUUUUUACACACAAACAGCACUUUCACUGAUGAUAUUAUUGCCGUGAUACGUUUUACUGUUCUGAAACACUAUUUGUGAUCAGCGAAGUCUCCUGAGUAUAACAGUACCCCACGUGUAAGGGUUUUAUAGUGUUUUUGAAAGUUACAGGGUCAAAUAUAAGGCUUGAUUUUACUUUUUUUUCAUUGAAAUUUGUCAGGUUGGUUAUGAUGCCUUUGAGAGCGUAUGGUAGCCCAGGAAUGAGAAUUACCCCCAUGAUGGCAUACCAUUUGCAAAAGAAGACAACCCAAGGUAUUGCAAAUGGGGUAUGUUCAACCUUUUUUAGUAGCCACUUAGUCACAAACACUGGCCUUUUUAACACAAACAAAUAUGCUAACUUUGGCCAGUGUUUGUCACUAAGUGGCUACUAAAAAAGACUGGACAUACACCAUAUUGAAUACCCUGAGUUGUCUACUUUAAAAAAAAAAUAUGUACAUGUGAGGUGUGAUUCGGAGAUUUAUGAGAGAUAAGUGUUACAAUGUCACUUGAUAAAUAAAAAAAAUAAAUAAAAUAUAAAAAAAAAAAAAAAAUUAUAUAUAUAUAUAUAUAUAUACACACACACACAAGUAUAGUGGCACACACCCUUUCAAUGAAUCAGUAAAAGACUGCCUUGGUACAAUACCACGCUGGAUAUGUAAAGCAAAAAGGAAAGAGAUGCACUCUCAGGUCUUUGUAAAAAAAUUCGAUAUUAUUUAAUAACCGGUAACAUACAUCUGAUCGACGUUUCCACCUCUUCAGGAUCUUGAGGAAGACCUGAAGAGGUCGAAACGUCGAUCAGAUGUAUGUUGCCUGUUAUUAAAUAAUAUCGAGUUUUUUUUACAAAGACCUGAGAGUGCAUAUCUUUCCUUUUUGAUAUAUAUAUAUAUAUAUAUAUAUAUAUAUAUAUAUAUAUAUAUAUAUAUAUAUAUAUAUAUAUAUAUAUAUAUAUAUAUAUAUAUAUACACAGCAAUUUCCUACUUGUACUUAUAGCCCUAUAACUUGCACAAAAGCAUGUAAACACUGGGUGUUUUUAAACACGGGACAAAAUUUGGAAUCUAUUUAGCAGUUUUUUUCAUUAGCUUUUGUAGAUAAGUAACACAUAUUUUUUUCAAAUCAAGUCCAAAAACUUGUUUGUUUAAUUUUUCACCAUAUUAUUAUAUAUAUAUAUAUUUUUUUUAAAGUAAAAUAUAUGACAUAAUACAAAUAAUGUCCUGAAAAAACCCCAAUAUAUAAUUUGUAUGGGAACAGUAAAUGAGAGAGCGGAAAAUUACAGCUAAACACAAACACCACAAAAGUGUUAAAACCGCUCUGGUCUUUAACAUACAACAUGGCCAAAACAGGCCGGUCCUUAAGGGGUUAAAGGAGCACUGUUUUGGGUGUCCUAUCUCACAGUGGGUUUGCCCUGGUUGUUUACUGCAUGUUUCCAAUUUUGUUUUUCAGAGCCAAGUGUUUCCUUAUCCAGAGAUUAGCAAGGAUGAGUUACAAGAAAUAAACCAGUUUGUGGCUCCUGUGGAGAAGUUCUUCAAUGAAGAAGGUUUGAGAACUUUAUUUUCUAAUAAAUGGGUUUAAAAAAUAUCAGGUGGGAGUGGAGCACCUAAGGUGAGGGGGGAGAGACGAGAGGACCUGCAGUCUUUAAAUAAUAAAAACCUAAAACAUACUAACACCUAAGACUAAUAAAACUAUGCCUGUAAGGUUCAUCUGAGGACUGCUCUAUUUUUAAAGCAUAGCUGUCACUUUUUUUAUAUAUAUAUUGGCAUGUUCCAACACCAUCCUUCCCCUCCCCACCCCCCCCUUCCCAGUUGGCUCAUGGUUGCUUUAUAAAUAUAGUAAUUACAUUGGUAAACACACAUGCCAUAAGACUUGUUUUCCAACAGAAAUCUCAAAUUUGCAAUGAAAAUUUUAUUGUUCGGCAUGGAUACCAUUUCUGGGCAGUGUCAUCUUAGAGAUGGCUACACCUAGAAAGAAGACCCAGACUCAAUUAAAUGACCACUCUUGGCACACAGACCACUUCAGCUUAAUGAAGUGGUCUGGGUGCCAGGUCCCUCUAGGAUUAACCCUUUUUUUUAUAAACAUAGCAGUUUCAGAGACAGCCGCUAGAGGCGUUUGCGUGCUUUUCACUGUGAAAAUCACAGUGAGAAGACGCCAGCGUCCAUAGGAAAGCAUUAUGAAUGCUUUCCUAUGAGACCGGCUGAAUACGCGCGCAGCUCUUGACGCGCGUGCGCAUUCAGCCGAAAGGGAGGAGAGGAGGAGAGCUCCCCACCCGGCGCUGGAAUAAAGGUAAGUUUAACCCCUUUCCUCUCCCCAAAGGCGGGCGGGUGGGGGUCCCUGAGGGUGGGGGCACCCUCAGGGCACUAUAGUGCCAGGAAAACGAGUAUGUUUUCCUGGCACUAUAGUGGUCCUUUAAUAAUAGUAACUUAAUUCUUCAAAAUAUGCUUAUCCAUAUCUAAAGCAAUCGUUCAUUCCCUUACUAUAUUACUAUUUAUGUUUUCACUGGAAGCCUCUUCCAGGUACAAACUACUGUAAUCGGAUGUAGCUUUCUUCAUAGGUUGUAAACUUAAUUUAGUGGAUUUUAUUAUUUGCAUUUAAUGUACAUGGUACAGCUAAACCAUUAAAAUCAUAUCUAAAUGUUUAUAUAGUGGGGUUAAACACACCGGUAGUGGUUAUCAUACUGACAGCCACAAGAUGGUGCUUCUGCACCCAAAACUAAGUCAGACUCGAUUGUAUGAUGUGAGAAUGUCUUCUGAUGCUUAGAGAAGCAUUAUAUUCGGUGCUUCUCUAUACAAAAUAUUUACUUGGUUGAGCGCAGCAUUUUGUUCAGAAUGCUUCUUUAUGAGAAGCAUUUGAUUGGAUGAAAAGUUUGCAAUGUAAUAUCAUGCUUGAUGAUGAGUAAAGAAGCAGAUUGGGCUGCUGCAAUGAUAUACCUUGGGCCUGGAAAAGGGUAAGUUAAGAAUAUUAGCAAUACAGUUUUAAAGGAGGACACAGAGAUCAUUAGAACAAUUUGAACCUUGGCAGUACAGCAGGGAUGUUUAUUGCAAUGAUGGACAGGUAACCUUCUCUGAAAAAUAUUGAACCGAUAACAUCUCCCACCACAAAACAGCCCUUGGAUACCUCCACCACACUGACCAUAUCAGUUCUUGCUUUUCCUGUGAGUGGGACGGUCAGGUUUUUUUUUUUUCAAGACUCUGUGGAAGUGCUGUUGUUGGGUGUAAGCAUUGAUUGCUCACCUGGGUUGCCUUCAGCACAGUAGUUACCCUCGAGGUGAACUUCUGCAUUCGGACUGAUUGGUGGAGUUACAGGAUGUGCAGGCCAUGUUGAAUUAAUUACAAUGCGGUUGACAAAAGUUCACUCUGGCGACCUUUGGUUUACCCAGGUGGCCACCAGUCAUUUGUCAUUCACAGAGUCUGUUCACAGCUGGUGGAGAUACACCUAUGUUCCAUGGCUUUUUCUGAUGUGCUGUUGAACAUGCACAAUGCCCAAACAGAACACUGUGACUUGGGAGCAAAAUGUAUGUGUCCCACGCACACAAAAAAUAAUCAUACAGUUUUACACUUUACAAGGCUACUUAAAAUCACAAGUUUAGCAACUUGUUCAGCUUGCAUUGUUGAACACCCCUUUCAGCUAGAAGGAUAUUUUUUUAGCCUCUAUUCCCUCUUUACUCACCUACACAAUCCAGCUAACUUAUUCACUAAACACCAACUUCAAAGCUCACAAUUAAAAGAAGUUUUUUUGUUUUAUUUCUUUGUUUUUUUGCUGUUAAAAACACACGAUUUAGGCAAAAGUAAUGGAGAUUUUAGUAUAUGAUCAUACAUUGCUUAACCCUGCCACCAAUGUACCGCAUAUUUGCAUACAGUUAUGGGAAAAAGAAAGCACAUCCUCUGAAUUCUAUGUUUUUUACAUAUCAGAACAUAACAAUCAUAUGUUCCUUAGCGGGUCUUAUAAUUAGGUACAUCAGAUGAACAACACAUGCCAUAUUGCACACUGUCAUGAUUUAUUUUACAAAAAUAAAGCCAAAAUGGAGAAGCCAUGUGUGAAAAACUAAGUGUACCAUUACUGCUCCCAUAGGAAUUAGGAGGCUAAGUAGCAGACAGGUACAAAUUCCCUUGAUUAAUUGAUCAUCAGCAAAUGUGACCACCUCUAUAAAAGCCAAAGUUUUAGAAGUAGCUGUUCUGGAACAUUCAGGUGUGUGUUAUCACAAUGCCAAGGAGGAAAGACAUCAGCAAUUGUUGUGCCCAGCAAACUGGUAAGAGUUAUAUGGUCCUUUCCAAACAAUUUUUAAACUCCAUCAAUGUACAGUGAGAAAUAUUAUUCAAAAAUGUAAAACAUUCAAGACAGUUGCCAGUAUUCCCAGGAGUGGAUGUCCCAGUAAAUUCACCCCAAGGUCAGACCAUGAAAUGCUCAGAGAAAUAAAAAACAAACAAUAGUUGCAUCUCAGAUUCUAAAACCAUUAGCAUGUUAAAUGUUAAAGUUCAUGACAGUAUAAUUAGGAGCAGGCUGAAGAAGUUUGGUUUGUUUGGUAGGCUUGCCAGAGAGAAAACAUCUUCUCUCUAAAAAGAAAAUGGUAGCAUGACUUAGGUUUGCAAAGUUCCAUCUGAAUAAUUCACAUUCACUUCUGGACCAAUUUCCUUAGAUCAGAUGAGACCAAAGUGGAGAUGUUUGGCCAUAAUGCACAAUGCCACGUAUUUGGGAGAUGUUUGGCCAUAAUGCGUGUUUGGAUUGGUAAAAUCCAAACACACAUUGACACAAACACCUCAUGGCAACAGUUAAGUAUGGUGAUGGAGGGGUGAUGAUUUGGCCUUGUUUUGGGAACUUUGGAGCCAUUGAGCCGACCUUGAAAUUAUCUUCAUACCAAAAUAUUCUAGAGUCAAAUGUGAGGCCAUCUGUCUGAAAUCAUGUCAUGUAACAGUACUAUGAUUCCAAGCACACCAGUAAUCUACGAUAGAAUGGCUGAAAAAUAAAAUAUUUAGUGUUACAAUGGCCUAGUCAAAGUCCAGACCUCAACUCGAUUGAAAUGCUGUGUUGGGACCCAAAGAGAGCUGUGCAUAAACAAAUGCCAGCAAACCUUUAAUUAACCCCUUAAGGACGGAGCCAAAUGUACACGUUGUGAACGAAACAAAUUGUAAACAAAACCUGGCAUUUGCGCUACAUGUCUGUCCAACCGUAAUUCACCUCUUUCAUAUUAAAUGCACCCACCCUUAUUAUAUAUCAUUUUAUUCAGGGGAAACAGGGCUUUCAUUUAACAUCAAAUAUUUAGCUGUGAAACAUAAUUUAAUAUGAAAAAAAUGGGAGAAAAUAAGAUUUUAUUUUUAUUUUUUUUAGUUCUACAUGCCAUUUUAACGGUCAAUGUCAUAAUACUUUUUUCUUUUACUGCAAUAAAAAACACAUAUUUGUAUUUAGCAAAGUCUCACGUGAAAAAACAGUACCCCCUAUGUACAGGUUUUAUGGCGUUUUGGGAAGUUACAGGGUCAAAUAUAGCACGUUACAUUUGAAAUUGAAAUUCGCCAGAUUGGUUACAUUGCCUUUGGGACUUUAUAGUAGCCCAGGAAAGAAAUUUACACCCAUAAUGGCAUAUCAUUUGCAAUAGUAGACAAUCCAAGGUAUUGCAAAUGGGGUAUGUCCAGUCUUUUUUAGUAGCCAUUUGGUCACAAACACUGGCCAAAGUUAGCGUUAGUAUUUGUGUGUGUGUGAAAAAUGCAAAAAACAACAAUUUUGGCCAGUGUUUGUGACUAAGUGGCUACUAAAAAAGACUGGACAUACCCCGUUUGCAAUACCUUGGGUUGUCUACUAUUGCAAAUGGUAUGCCAUCACAGGGGUAUUUUUAUUCUUGGGCUACCAUAGGGUCUCAAAGGCAACGUAACCAAUCUGGCGAAUUUUUAUGUGAAAAAAAUGAAACGCAAGCCUUAUAUUUGACGCUGUAACUUUUGAAAACACCAUAAAACCUGUACAUGAGGGGUACUGUUGUACUCGGGAGACUUCGCUGAACACAAAUAUUUGUGUUUCAAAACAGUAAAAAGUAUCGCAGCAAUAAUAUCGUCCGUGUAAGUGCUGUUUGCGUGAAAAAUGCAAAAAAGUCACUUUUACUGGCGAUAUCAUCGUUGUAAUACAUUUUACUGUUUUGAAAUACUAAUAUUUGUGUUCAACGAAGUCUCCCGAGUAGAACAGUACCCCCCAUGUACAGGUUUUAUGGUGUCUUGGAAAGUUAUAGGGUUAAAUAUAGUGCUAGCAAAUUAAAUUCCCUUUACUUUCGGCAUGGGUUGUCAGGCAGGUCCCGCUAAUUGUAAUUAAUUAAGAUACCUAAUUAUGUAGAAUUAAUAUAUGUAUAUAUAUAUAUAUAUAUAUACAUAUGUGAAUAUAUAUGUGUGUGUGUAUGUGUGUAUAUAUAUAUAUAUAUAUAUAUAUAUAUAUAUAUAUAUAUAUUAUUUCGUUCUACAUGUAUUUUGAUAUAAAUAUAUAUAGAUAUAUAUAUAUAUAUAUAUAUAAAUAUCACAAUACAGUUAGAACGAAAGAACACACAUCUAUAUAUUUUUUAAUUAUUUUUUUUACAUUUUUUUUAAUUUUAAUUUUUUAAUGUAAUUACAUAUUUAAUUUUUUUUUAAAUAAUUAUAUAUAUAUUUAAUCAGUAUCAGUCUACGUGUAAUUUGAUAUAUUUAUAUAUAUAUAUAUAUAUAUAUAUAUAUAUAUAUAUAUAUAUAUAUAUAUAUAUAUAUAUAUAUAUAUAUAUAUAUAUAUUAAUAGUAAAAUACACCUAGACAGUGUGUGUGUGUGUGUGUGUGUAUGUAUAUAUAUAUUUUUUACACUUUUUUUUAAUUUUAUUUUAUUUCCAGCCAGCAGGGGGACCACCUGUCAUUACAGGCAGCCCCCCUGCUGGCAAUGCAGGAGGCAGCUAUCCCGGCCAUAUGAUUGUGAGGUCCUCGCAAGGACCUCUCACUCAAUUGGCCGGGGGUGGCUGCCAGUGGUUCUACAAGCUCAUGAAUGAAUCAGGUUUACUUCUACAUGUUGUGUGCGUGUGGAGUGACUGAUUGUAUUAGUCUUACUGAGUGUGUGUGAUAAUUGUGUGUGAGAGCUGAUUUUGAUAUGGUAAUUGUGUGUGGGGGGUGAGUAUGACAAGGUGACUGUGGGUUGAGUUGUGAUGGGGAUUGCAAUGGGGGAAUGAGUGUGUUUUAGGGUGAUUCAUGAGUGUUGUAACAGGGUGACUGUGUGGGGUGAGUUUAAAAUGGUGAAUAUGUGGGCGGUGAGUAUGAUAUGAUGACUGUGUGAGGUGAGUGACAGAGUGAUUGUGGGGGGCUAAUAUUACUGUCUGUUCGAAAGCUAUUGGGAUUAUGAGAGAGAAUAUUAAAAUGGUUAUUUAAAAGAACUGCUAUAUAUUAUAGGAUUACUCUUGACCUGUCUAAUCUUCUCCCAAGUCUUAAAAUACUAGUAGAACACAUCUACUGAAUCACCCUGAUCUAUAUAUAUAUAUAUAUUAAUCAAAUAAUUUCCUAACCACCGAUGUUAAACUCGCAAAUGUUUAGUUUGUGGGUUGAGCUUUUGAACUUUUUUUAAAUACAGACACCACAUUGCUUUUCUCAAAUUCUCUGGUACAAUUCCUGAAAGAAAAGAAUCCUGAAAAAUUUAAAACAGUGGCAUGAAUAUUUCUACACUAAUCUUCCUACACAAAUGUGGAUGAAAACCCUCUGGUCCUGGACUUUGAGUACAUUACUUUUAUUUCAUUUCUGAAGCAUUUCAUCAUGUGUUAACUAGUCACCUAUUUGCUGUAAGGCUUUUGUAAUAGGAAUUUGCACAUCUAGAGUCAUAGCUUCGUCUCCCAUAUUUACAAAAGAAAAAUAAUAAUUUAGAAUUUCUGCCUUAUUCAUAUACUCCAUAUCCUCACAAAUCUCACUUUCCAAUAAACACUUUUACUCUUAAAGGAUCAGUAUAGGGUCAGGAACACAAACAUGUAUUCCUCACCCUAUAGUGUUAAACCCAGCAUUUAGGUGUCUUGCCCCCCUAUGAAGGUUUAAAACUCACCUUAUUUCCAGCGCUGCGCGGGUCCUUAGGGAAAGCAUUGGAUUGGCUAAAAUCGUCACGGGGCGGGGCCAAAUGCUGUUUUGGCCAAUCAGGACCUCUUCAUAGAGAUGCAUUAAAUCAAUGCAUCUCCAUGAGGAAAAUUCAGCAUCUCCAUGCAAAGCGUGGGGGCGCUGAACAGCAGGGCUGCUUACUGUGCAGCAGAGAGCCAGGUGGCCACUUGGAGGUGUCCCUAGGGGCAAUAUAAACACUGCCUUUUCUAUGAAAAGGCAGUGUUUGCAUAAAAAUGCCUGAAGGGAGCAAUUAUACUCACCAGAGCAACUACAUUAAGCUGUAUUUGUUUUGGUGACUGUAGUGUCCCUUUAACCCCUUAAGGACACAUGGCAUGUGUGACAUGUCAUGAUUCCCUUUUAUUACAGAAGUUUGGUCCUUAAGGGGUUAAACAUACUCUCUUUGGUAAAAUCCAAACACGCAUAUCGGCACAAACACCUCAUGGCAACUGUCAAGCAUGUCUUCAUACUAAAAAGUUAGACUAUACACAGUGAGGGGCUUACCAAUUUUUGUUCACAGUUUUGAAAGUAGGAAAUGUUUUUUUUUUCUUUAUUUCAGUCAAUUCUAAGAAGAUUGAUGAAACUGCUAAUAUUCCCCGUGAAACUUUGGAAGGAUUGAAAAAUCUUGGUCUCUUUGGCAUUCAGAUUCCUGAAGAAUAUGGUACGUUUUUCAGAUAAUCUUUUUUCUCCUUUGUGUUUUUUUUUUUCACUAUUCUGUGUCAAAUAUGCAGCAAUGAACUACAAUAACAGGAAGUAUAUAUAAAAUGUGCGGGAUAACAUUUCAGCGUUGGGGAGCAUGACUAGAAUAUGUGCAUAGGACAGCUGCAAAAUGAUGCAUUCCUAGAAUGUGCACAUCAGAAUAGAGUAUAUAGAAUGUGAAAAAAAAAGUGCAGAAUAUAGAAUUGUGGCAAAUGCAUAAGUAUUUCUUUACUUGGGUAAAUUGUCACAUAAUGUUUAUCCAUUUCCAUCAGUAUGGUGUUGGUUGCAUAUGUCUUAUGUGCAACUGACUUCUCUCAUUUAAAUUAUUUCUUUAUCUACUCACUUUGCUUGUACAAUUUCAUUGUUAUAGAGGGAAAAGAUUCCUCCGACUUGGGUUCUCUGUGUCAUUGAAUGGGGCAAUUGGAAAACACUGAUUUGUACAAUUUCAAUGUUAGAGAGGUGAAGGAUUCCUCCAAAUAGGGCUUUCUGACAGAAAUACAUUUUUUAAUCUGUGAAAUUGUCAAAAUAUGUCCAUUCCACAGACACCUUACAAGGCCUGUCUACAAAUUCUGCCAAACAGCUUAAGGUACACUGGUUAUGUCUCAUCUCCUUUUAUAGGUAAUGCCAUCUGUAUUCUGAAGAAUUAUAAUGGAAGGCACAAUUAUUCACAUCUGGAUUAUUAUUGUUUUUUUGGGGCUUAUGACUCUUAGCAGAGAGAGAGUCUCCUGACUCCUAAUAGUCGAUUAGCAUAUCAAAAAGUUAGAGACUUGUGUUUUAGUGGGGCACCAAAAAGACGUGUAGCCAGUGGUUCUGGGGAAAAGUUCACAUGAUGUUUACUUUUUUUUUUUUUUUCAGUGAAUAUCCUUCUUAUUAUUAGAUAUUUGAAAAUAAUUUGCAAGCAAUACAAAUAGAGUACACAGUAGAACAGUGUGAUGACAUUUUUCGUACAUGCUCAGCAUUACAUUGGUUGUUGGUUGGUAAUGGUUAGUAAAGGAAUAGUUAUAACACACAUUAGAAAUAAUCACACCCUGACGUGCAUACACACAUAUAAAAACCAUACAAAUAAAGUGCGCUGUGUCUUUAAACUCCUAAUAUAUUGCAGAAUGCCAAAACAUAUUCCACUCAAUAAUAAAGUGUGCGUGUGUGUGCGUGUGUGUGUGUGUAUAUGUGUGUGUGUAUGUGUAUGUGUAUAUAUAUAUAUAUAUAUAUAUAUAAUGUGAAACAUAAAGUGCAUCACAAAAAAACUGUGUAAAAGUGCACUGUGCAAUAAAACACAAGCAAGUGUACAAAUAUUUUGUGUAAAAAAAAAAAAAAAAAAUUGCCUCUAUUCUUUGCCAGCUACUUACAUGAGAACACUCUAUACAUACUAUUUUCAGCAAGGAGUAAUAAUACCAGGAGUAUCUCAUGUAAGAAAAUAAAUUUAAAAAAAACAUAGGGUAAUAUUGCAAAAAUAAUUGUAAAGGAGAAUAUACAACUCACAAGUGUAGAGCAGAGAAGUGUGCUCUAACUGUAUAGGCUCUUCAAUAUAAUCAGAGUUACAACUGUUAAAGAAACAACUUUAUUCUGCUUCUACUUUAAAAGCAUGCAGGCUGGCAGGUAACACCUCUGCUAGAUACAGCUUUCCUUCAUAGAGCUUUGCUGGGAUAUCGGGUCUGUUACUGGCUCCUCUGAAACUCAGAAAACUGUGUGGCAGGGCUUCCGAUCAGUGUGCAAAAUUGAUGUGAUGUGAAGGCGCGAUGACGCGUUUCACCAAUGACUCUGCUUCCUCAGAUCUGCCUUACAACAGUCCACAGUCUCUCUCGCAGUGACUCCAGGCUGUAUCCGCUUCUUCCUCCUUCCAGCCUUGAGAAACUCACAUACAUGAACAGCGGAUGCUGACUUAUUAGAGUUAAUUCUCCAGUUGCACAAAAACUCUGUCAUAGGAGGCGGGACCAACAGGCUGAGUGGAAUAUGUUUUGGUACUCUGCAAACUAGACACAGCACACUUUAUUUGUAUGUUUUUUUUUCUAUGGAUAUAUGUGUUUCUUAAGCUUUUACACAUUAUAAGCUGCAGCUUUAUAUAAAUGUUUUCAUUUUUAGCGCCAUACUUUUACUUUUUUACUUUUUAUGAUUGCGUUCACACAUAUCAUCAGUAGCGAAUGACAAGACAGUGUAUAAACAAAGAACAAAAAGGAAACUGUAAUACCUCCAUAUAUGUGUUGUAAGAUACAUUAGUUGUAAAACUCAUUUAAGCCACAAUUCACCCUAGAUGUGUAACAUAUCUUAGAUCUCGACUUUGAACUAUUAUUUAGAGUCACCAGAAGAAACGUCUAGUAGAGGGAAAUCGAACAUUUGUGUGUCAAUCCUUUCCCAUGGAGCUAUUUAACAUCUGCCACCUAGCCCAAGUACUGGCAAAGAUAUUGCACGUGCCUGCUAUUCUAUGGGAUAUUUCUUCAUAAAUCUUAGUUUUGCUUAAUCUCUCUAAUACCAUAGAGAUUGAUGGAGGGUUAUUAUUUUUCCAUUGCCCUGCUAUGCUACAUUUUGCAGUACCGUAUAUACUCGAGUAUAAGCCGAGUUUUUCGGCACAUUUUUUGUGCUGAAAAACCCCAACUCGGUUUAUACUCGAGUCAGUCUGUAUUAUGGCAAUUUACAUUGGUGAGUGAUCUUGUGUUGCUUUCAUCUUGAUUUGGUGCCAGAAUUGCGCACAGACGUUGUCAAAUUUUAAGCAGAAGGCCUCUGUCCAGUGGAUCUGUCGCAGACCCAUGUGGUAGCACAGGAUCCGCCGCCAUCUUGAGAGCAGGCUGCCCCUCCCAGCCUGGACCCCAAAAGGCAGCGAUCAGUCAGGACCAGAGCUUCGCUGCAGUAGGUCGCAGGAAUGCACCAAUUGGUGCCCAUGAUGUCCCAGACUGGCUGAAGUUGCUUGCACCCUGUUGUCUGCGAUUCUGCAGGUAUUUGGCCGAUUUAGGCUAGGAGCCCCUGUUCCAUGUGACCGCUCAGUAUGGUGGCCAAGCCCCGACCCCCCCAGAGACCUGCUUUCUUUCCCUUUUCUUGUCAAAAAAGUGGUCUGAUUAAAAUAUGUUGCAGGGCUUUGUUAGGUCCUUUCUGGGUGCAUGAGCUAAGAGUUAGUCACUUUAUGCAGUGGGAAUCUCUGACGGAGACCGCAAAUACUAAAUAUUAUGUUAAAUGCUACUUAUUGCCAGCAGAAGCUACUGAAUGUCACAAAACCUAAUUAAAUUUUAGAAGUGAAAAGUCUGACAUUCCUGGAAAAAGGUUCUGCCACUUCCUGGGGUCUUUUCAUGUUUUGCAAAGACCCCUGAGGGUGACUGAUCUGCUUCUAGUGUGUUGGCCCAGUGGUGCAGGGGAAGUAGGUAAGAUUUAUUUCAUAAAGAUUAAAAAAAUUUUGUUUUUCUUUUUGUGGAGUAGGGAGUUGCAGAGCCGCUUUAACCUAUCAAAAUGUAUGACACAUCUCAAACUGAUUGUUGUCCAAAUUCUAAGUAAACAAAUACUUUUAAUAUUUUUGCUAAACAUUUUGUUUUCCCAAUAGGAGGCCUUGGAUUAUCGAACACAAUGUAUGCUCGCUUGGGAGAGAUAACUUCCCUAGAUGGAGCCAUUGCCGUCACCCUGGCUGCCCAUCAAGCCAUUGGACUUAAGGUAUAAACCACAACCAACAACUGUAGGUUGCAUCUAAUCCCUUAUUUCCUGUACUCCCUGUAUGCCUUUCACCACCAUGCUGCAGCCCAGGUUGCAGGUAACAUCUAUUAAUUGCAGAGUGUUUAUUUACUGGAGAAAAUAUCUACUCUACUUUGGGACAUUUGGGUCUUAUGGUUUUUGGAAGUAUUUCUCCAGGAGACCAACUUCUCGUCCGCAGUUAUGAGAGAAACACUUUUCUGAUGGUUACUUCAGUAAUAAUCUGAGUGCAAAGAUGGCGGGGUUUGCAGUCUUCAUUGCCUCGCAGGUAUAGUCCAAUAUUCUCCACACUGAUAAUCUGUAUUCGUCUACAGAGACAAACACCAAUAGCACCUAUAUUUAGCAGUUGCUAAAGAAGUACAGUAUUGUCAUGUAUACUAAGGGGCAUUAAUUCUCAGACCUUAUAAUACAGAUCCUCUGUCAGGAUUACUAAUUGAUCGUAGAACUGUAUCACACCUAGGACAAGAAGGUAACGUCUUACCGUGCCUUAGAAUGGCCAGACUUAAUGUACCAGAGAAUAGUCAGAAUACUUGCCGAGGUCGGGGACACAGAAUGGAACACAGCGAUAAGGGAAAGCCAAAAGUCAGGGACACCAGAAUACAGGGAAGUCAAAACGAAGCCAAAGUCAAUAACCAGAAAUAAACGCUCAGGAACACACUCUCGGACAGCCACUAAGGGAAACCACGACAGAGUAAUGAGUAAAAGGAAGAAAAGGAGUUCAGAUCCGAUUGGCUGUUCCCAGCCUUUGACCCCAGAACAUUUUACAUUACCCCCCACCUGAAGACCGCCCACCUCAUACUCCUCCUGUCCAGAAACAACCAAAGAGGGAGACAGCCAAAUAAAUGGUUUUAGCAAGGAAACAUGGAAAGUAUUGGGAAUACGCAAAGAGGCAGGAAGUGCCAAAGCGUAAUAAUUUGGAACAGUGCAUUGCAAGUUUUUUAUGUUUUUAAAAAAAAAUACUGUUAUAAUUAGGAGGUUUGUUCAAUAAAAUUUAAAUUGUACUCUUAAUAGUUGAUAACAUGAGAAUUAUGCUGACUGUUAUUUACAUCAAUUAUUUAGGUAAAUGAGAAAAAUAUCAUUUGCAUAAUAAUUUAGAACAGGGUGUAGUGCUGAGAUGCAGGAUUAUAUCCCUAGCCCCCCUCUGGUGAUGUGCUGGUCUCGCCCGGACUGGCUCUGCCUCAGUGGAUAAGAUUAUCCAUCUUGGUGAAGGUCUGGGAGGGAGGGUCUGCUGCUGAUUGGCUGGAAUGUGUCUGCUGACUGUGAGGUACAGGGUCAAAGUUUACUCAAUAAUGACAUAGGGGGCGGACCGAACAGCGCAUAUGUUCGCCGUCUGCGGGGAACCGUUCGGGACAUCACUACUCAUCAGUGAACAGGACUGUUUAAAAAUUAGUCUUCAUGUAUUUUUCUGCCCAAUGCAGCCAUUUCUGCUUGUGAGCAUUGGUUAGCGGUGGCCGAAUAAAAGGUUUAUGCACAGUUGCAAGACUCUCCACCUUUGUGUCCGUGGGACUACAGAGGCACCAUCAGCUUCAAAUAUGUGUUUGCUGCUAUGUAAUGGUAUUUUAGCAGCUGCUCUCUUGAUGCAAUGCAUGGAUCUGGCAGAAAUCUUCCACAAUGUGCCUUUAUCUGCACGAACCCGUCUGUGCUCUGAAACAGCCACAAAUCUCUUAAUAGUGUGAUGAUCACGCUUACGUUUUCGUGAAAUAUCUAAUGUUUUCAUACCUCGUCCAAGGCAUUUAACUAUUUCACUCUUUUCAGCAGCAGAGAGAUCCUUUUUCUUCCUCAUAUUGCAUGAACAUUGUGCUCUGUUUAAUAAUGUGGAACACCCUCCUUUAGUAGUUUUUCCUUAAAUUGGGUUCACCUGGCAAUCUAAUUAUCACAGGUGUCUGAGAUUUUCAGUGAUCAAAAGAGCCCUGAGACACAAUGCCAUCCAUGAGUUAAACUGAAAAACAAAAUAUUUAAUCUUUGUGACACUUAAAUAGAAUUUGCAUAAUAAUUUGGAACAGGGUGUAUAGUGUCGGGAAUAAAUGAGUAUUCUUUACAAUAUAGUGUUCCUUUAACUACUUACUUUUGUUUGUAAAGCUUCAAGAACAUUAAUGUAUAUUAGGAUAUAUAUAUAAAAAUGUAUGUAGAUUAUACACACAUGUACAUAGUGGCUAACCCACCACUCCAGGACCCUUGAGAGAAACAAAGAGUAGACACAGUAGUAGAUGUAGAACCAAUGCAAUAACAGUCUGAAGUUUUUGAAUAAUCAGUGCAGCUGCUUAAUUGGCACCACAGUAAUCAGUGCAGCUGCUUAAUUGGCACCACAGUUAAUUCUGAGAAUUAUAUUUUCAUGUAAUGGAGAUCUUUAUCAAGAUGUGUACAAGCAUAAACUCUAAGUUUAUCUAAGGCAUAAAAUAAGGAAAUCACUUACCCAGUGCGGGUGUGCCCGAUUGAUCCGUGAUCAAGACGCUGUGUGAACAGGUGAGAGUGACCGCACAUGCGUGAGAGGCGUGCGUGAUGACGUGGUAUGUGUAAGCUAUAGUAACUAUGAUCGCGCCUGGUAACCAUGGUGACGCGGGGGUAAAGGGUGGCUGUGUUCUACUGUGUGGAUUCACAGGGUCCAUAAAAACAAGUGGAGGAUAGUGUAUAAAUAAAAAAGAAGGGUGAAUCUGAAAUAACGAGCUUAAGUAAAUCUGUUGAAUGUAGAAGACCGAAAGAGUCGAGUACCGAUAUGUAGAUAAGAAGAGAAGAAUGAAAUAUGUGUAUAGUGGACUUGAAAAGUGAUAGGAAGAGGCAGAUGAAAAAGUGGGGGAAGAAAGUGAAGAAAGAAAUAUGGGAAUAAGUUUAAGAAUAGAAAACAGGAGAGAAGAGUGAGACUGUAGACAUUAUGAAGUGACGGUGGAGAGUGAUGUGACAAGGUAAGGUAAAGGAGGAUUGGAAAUAGAAGAAAAGUGAAAAAGACCCAAACAAAUGUGAACAAAACCAAAUAAAGAUAAUAAACAAGUGAUAUAGUAAAAAUACAAAGGUCAUUAUACAUAAGAACAACAUGUUACUGUAUGCUGACAGGUAUAUCGUGAAUCCAAUGAAGCCGAGAAGAAACCUAGGCUUAUAUAUAUGAAAAAACUUGUUUGGAAUUUAAACUAGAAUAAUAUAUGUAAAGGUUAUACAAUGUGUUUAACCAUAAUAUUUUCUAAGAUAAGACUAUAAUGAAAUACAUAUAUUGUCCACCUAUGCCUAGAGGGAGAACAUGAAAAAUAAAAUAAAAAAUAAACAAAAAAAUAAUAAAAAAAUAAAUAAAAAUACAAAGAAGAAAGUGAAAUACACUUGAAAAAAUAAAAAUAGGGCUAAAAAUAAAAGAUACAGAAUGAAAAUAAAUGCAUGUGUAAUUAAAUUAGCGUGUACCUAAAGGAUCACUAUAGGGUCAGGAACACAAACAUUUUUUCCUGACCCUAUAGUGUUAAACCCACCAUCUUAGCCCCCUUGGGCCCCUCAUGGCUCCAUAACUUUAGUAAAAAUCUUACUGUAUUCAAGCUUGAAGCUGUAACUCUGCAUGCUGUUAGACUCACAAAAACAAGCAGUGUGUUGACAUCAUCAGAAGUGGUAGCCUGAUCCAAUCACAAUGCUUCCCGAUAGGAUUGGCUGAGACUGACAAGGAGGCAGAUCAGGGGCAGAGCCAGCAUGAUUCAAACACAGCCCUGGCCAAUCAGCAUCUCCUCAUAGAGAUGAAUUGAAUCAAUGAAUCUCUAUAAGGAAAGUUGUGUCUGCAUGCAGAGGGAGGAGACACUGAAUGUUUGGAUGCAUUUUAGGCAGCCAUGACCCAGGAAGGAUCUCUAACAGCCAUCUGAGGAGUGGCCAGUGAAGUUAUCACUAGGCUGUAAUGUAAACACUGCAUGUUCUCUGAAAAUACAGUGUUUACAGCAAAAAGCCUGAAGGUAAUGAUUCUACUCACCAGAACAAAUUCAAUAAGCUGCAGUUGUUCUGGUGACUAUAGUGUCCCUUUAAGAAGGAGUUGAAUGAGAUAUAUAUUCAUUGAGUCCCUCUGGGUGCAUAGUGUCCAAUAUUUUGAUCCAGUAUGUUUCACGUUGAAGUAGCAGUUUAGAUCUGUCUCCUCCUCUAGACAGGGGGGAGGGACAUGAUCAAUAGCCAUGAAUUUGAGUGUUGGAAUAGGGUGUUGUGCCUUCAGGACAUGUUUAGCUAACCAAAUACCUUUUUUUUACAUUUUGUAUAGGAUGCCUCUGGUUUAUCUAUUUAUUUAUUUAUUUUAAAUUACCUUUUCUUAGUUUUAAUUUAAUUUAAUUGGUUUCAGUUUGUAUAUUUGAUAUUUGUUACUGAAUGUUCUAUACUGAGAAACAAAUGUUUUUGAAGAUAUUCCAUUUAUCCUUCUUUUUUUACAAAAAGAGUAUAUGCCAGUCAAGGAGUUGUAAAGCUGCCCUUGUAAUUUAAAAAAAGGCCAAUUUCAAUCAAAUAUGUUUUAUCACUCCCAAUGUGUAGACACUAUUGUGAUCACCAUUUCCCAAGUGCUCCAUUACAUUAAUAUUUGACAAAAGAUCAGCAUGGUUAUAACCAGAUCCAGAGAAAGAAUUCUAGUUGGUGCUCAUACUAACUGUGACAUACCGCUGUCACCUGACAGGUUCAAAAACCUGAUCCCCCAAGCUUCUACUAGUGUCUCUUUCCCAAUUUAUGCAUAGGUAAUUAAAAUGAUUACUCAGAUGUGCAGUUUUCCCAGUUUGCUUUAACAACGGUUCUUCCUCAUCAAUAUUAAUAUUCUGUGAUUUAUAGCAUAUUCUAACUAAUAAUACAUUUUUCCUCUUUUGUCCCGAGCAGAUAUCUACCCAUAAGGCUUCCACAUUUUCUCAAUUUUCUUUGUCACAUGCCAAUUUUAUAAUAUAUGGCAUUAAUACAUGGUUAACAUAAAAACAUAACCUUCCACCUUUCAUAUCUUUUUCUAUCCUUCCUAAACAACGUGUAAUCAUUUAAGUUGACUGCCCAUUCAUGUGUUUUAUCCCACCAUGUUUCCUUUAUGCCUAUUAUGCCAUAUUGUUUAGUAUAUUCUAUUGCAUGCAGUUCCCCUAUUUUGUUAUUUAGGCUCCUUGCAUUGGCAAACAUACUUGUAAUAUUGUUAUGUGCCACUUGGACCUUAUGUAUUUUUUAUUUUUUUUAAUUCUCUUCUGUUCUGAUCUUAUCCCUCCCCCCAUCCCCACCCCUUGUCAUUUUGGAGACCAAGUACAGCAUUUUAUUUUUAUUCUUUGCUAGAGACAUUGUGGGUUUUAUUGGGAAAGUGAAAAAAAUAUAUAAAUGCUCAAUGAUAUAGUUCUAUAUUUGUGAUUGAAGAAAUGUUUGGUUUCUGUUUAGGGACUCUUACUUGCUGGAACUGAAGAACAAAAAGCCAAAUACCUCCCCAAACUGGCAUCUGGUGAGCACAUUGCAGCAUUCUGCCUCACUGAGCCUGGAAGGUAAUGAUACAUUAACUCAUUUGUUUUGUUUAUUUUAUGUUGUUGUUUAGUUUGAAAACUAUUUGUACUACAAUUUCAAUUAUAUUCUUGCUUUAAGUCAAGGCUGUCCAAAACAUGGCCUGCUGUAAGAUUUUAUGCAGCCCGCUUGAAGCAGAACAACCUCCUGCAAGCUCAAGGGGUUAUCUUUGUGUGUAUAUGUGUGUGUAUGAGUCAGUGUGUAUCUGUGUGAUAAAGUUAAAGAAAACACCCUUAACAUAGCAUCAUGAAAGGAAAUAAGUAAAUAUAUACAAAGAAUAAAACCAAAUUAAAAUAAUUAAAUACUGUAGUCAGUCCAGAUAUAAAGUCCCAAAUAAAAGUGUCCACAAGUAACCAUAGGCAUUAAGCCACAAUAAAGUGUGUUGUAAAAUAUCAAUCUUGCCUCGGCCACUAUAUGGGAACCCCUGUCACAGAAUGGACUGGAGUCACUCCUAACAGGGUUGUAGUAUUAUCUAGUACUUCCCAUAGGAAAUCACAUAUACACAAUAUAGUACAUAUCCACAUGUGAUUAUACAAAAAUACAGAAAAAAUAAAAUCAAGUAAAAAAGCACUGUGAAUUUUUUUUUUUUUUUUGUGAAUAGAAACUUUAAAAUAUUCAAAAGGUGAUCUGAAUUUUAUACAAGUGAGAAUAGCUCAAAAACACCUAGUAUAAAAAUGUAUAGGGGGAAAAAAAGUGCGCUAUGCCUUUUGAAUACUUUGAGCACCCGGCAAGUAUAGGACAUUAUAGCCUGAGUGCAAGGAUUUUUUUCUAUUCAUUAUUGUGCGUGUGUAUGUAUGUAUAUGUGUAUAUAUAUGUGUGUGUGUGUGUGCAAUCUCAAGUGCACUAUAAAGUUUUAAACGUAGUGCCCAAUAUACAGUUUUAUCACAAAUAUAUUGUGUAUAUUGUGCACUUUGUGAUGAGAAAAAAUAGCACUUACUCUAUUAUAGCUUGAGGAAAGGGACUGAACAAUAUACAUUUCCAGGUAUAAAUAGUGCAGUUCAAAACAUAAAAUUAGAAAUAAAAAAACAGAUCUAGUGUAGAUCUUGGGUGUCACACCUGCACUGGGUAAGUGAUUACUCUGUAAUAAUUUAUGCCUUAUAUAAACAAUUCACUCACUUGUAUGCACAUCUUGACAAAGACCUCUUGGGUCGAAACGUUGAUAAAAUUCGUUGAAAAAAUCCUCUGGAGUACUCUCUUCAUCUACUUGCAUAUCUAUUUACGCUGUGCAGCACCAGGGUCAAUUCACCGAUACAUUUAAAGGUAGAGUGCUGUGUUUUCUUGUUCCAAUCUGUGCCAUUCAUUUUUUAUUCUUGACUAUGAUACUAUGGCUGGCUUAGGCCUCUAUGCUUCAUGGUAGUAUUGCCGCCCCCUGGCCUCAGAGCUUUGUGGCAGUCCCAGUGCGUUGGGCGUUGCAUGUACAAUUUUCUAUUAUCGCAUGUUGGGAACAGAAUAAGCCAUAGAAAUUUAGACUUUGUAUUUGAAGUAGAAUGGUUGUGUAGUAUCUACAUCACACAAAGUAUAUUAAUAUAGAACUCUAUAAUUUCUUCACAGUGGAAGUGAUGCAGCUUCAAUCCAGACCAGAGCAACUCUGAGUGCUGACGGCAAACAUUAUUUUCUCAAUGGCUCAAAGGUAUAUUUACAUAUGCUGUGGAUUUCUGUGUUAAAUUUAAGGUAAACAAAUGUGGGACAUCUUGAGGCUGAGGAUGAUAUUUAUUGUGAAUGUUCACAUUUUCUGAGUUUCUGGGGUGCAUGGGUACAUCACCCAAAUAUGUGGGCAUAUCACCCUUUCCCCAGCUGUUAAGUUUUUUUUUUGACAAAUUCACAGGGUCUCUGCUUAAAUGGGCUCAUUUCUACAGUCUCUAAAUGAAUGGGGUUCUCCAUAACAUCAUACAGGAAAAUAGAUAGAUCCUCAAAGUAAGUGCAGUAUCUCAGGGAUUUGGUAAGCAGAAUGCCUGUGUUUCAAGUUAAAAUGGUAGAUUUAAAGGAAGAAUCCAUUGAAAAACAUGUGCUAUAUUUUAAACAAUUUAGCAGAUAUUCCUCCAAUGAAAAUGUGCUUGCAUUUUUUCUGCAGGUUUUCUUUGUGGGUAAAAAAAACCUGCAAAAUCGGUAGAUCUGGUGUUUUCAGUCUUUUGAAACACUCCCCUCUUUCGCGAAUGCAGACUUUCAGUAUGAGCUCAAUUGUCAUUAUAAUACAGUUCAAUGAGAAAGGGGAAAGUGUAAUAAAAAUACCUGUACCCGGCACCCGUGCCUCUCCUCUCGAAUGCUCCAUGUGGCUGCACGGCCUGAAUAGAUAGAUAUUGCUCACCUUUGAUCCCGCGAACAUCUCCCUCUGCUGGUUCGCGGGGUGAACUGCAGCCCAUGUAAAUAAAAUGUUAUGCCAUGACGUCAUAACCACGUCACCUAGGCCACCCAUUGUUUGGGGUCGCAGAGAUGACGUUGAUCAAUGGGAACUCUUUUGAGCCUAUUUAAGGCUUGUUUUAGCCUUCAUUCAAGGCCCUAUUGUGGUUUCUGUAUAUAUCCUCGCUUUGUGCUCCUAGUGAUUGCCUAGUGAUUUUCUGUUUUUGAUCUCGGCUUCAUAUUAACCUUGUGAUUUCUGGUAUCCUGACCCGACUUUUUCUUCACUUUGUGUAUUUCUAUAUCCUUGACCUUGAUUCUCUCUAUAUUAUUUUGUGGGUUUCCUCUUUCCUGCGUGUUGAGGUACAACACCGUGACAGAAAAGCACAUGGGCUCUAGCCUGCCACUUCUGUCAGCUCUAACAGGAGGAGAAGAAAACCUUGCUUGCUAUUUGCUUUUAACCACCAAAUAUAAAAUUGCAGAGAUAUUUUGAAAUCAACACUUUAAUAAACUCUCACAAAUAUGACACACAGAAAAAUUAAGCACUUGAGAAUGCAAGAUUAUGAGGUCCAUAGAACAGAAACUUGGUCAGUCUGUUUCUUGGUCACACAAGGAGACUUGGCAGAUAUUCUAUAAAUGGAGGGGCUGCCGGAGGACGGAGGGAAUGAGACACAUGUAGGGGCUGGGGGCUAUUAGACACUUGGAGGGGGCGGAGGAAUGAGGCACGUGGGGGAAGGUCCAGGGCAAUAUUUGCACCGGGGCCCAGUAAUUUCUAGUUAGGCCUCUUGGCACUUCCUUAUGUAGACCUUCAUAAACCAAAGGUAUUCACGUUUGGAAUCAUCAUCCCUACAUGAAGCAUCCAAUUGGUGGGGAGCACAGCAAUUGCUGUGCUCAUAGUCGUUUUGAUAGUCAGUGCUUCUGUAUGAGAGAAGACUGGAUUGGACUGGAGAUAAUUUAGCCUUAAUGAAGAGGGGCUGCCACAGUGAUGGAAAUAUAGGCAUGUUUUUGAAGUCUUAUUAUUUCUUUGUAUUUAUUUUUAUAACAAAGAGAGGCACUGAAUUUAGAAGCAGAAAGCAACACGCCAACAUUAAAUCUAAACAUUUAUUUGUAUGAUGAUAUUCCUUUACUUAAGUCUUUGAAUGAUAUAAUACUAAAUUAACUCUUCACAAUGUAUUUUAUUGCAUCUUUUCAGGUCUGGAUAUCAAAUGGAGGCUUAGCAGACAUAUUUACGGUGUUUGCAAGAACAGAAUUGGUUGAUAAAGAUGGUGUCACUCGAGAUAAAAUAACAGCAUUUUUAGUUGAAAGAGCCUUUGGUGGUGUCACACAUGGGAAACCAGAAGAUAAAUUAGGAAUUCGUGGAUCAAAUAGUAAGAAAUAUAAAUUUAUAUACACUUCCAUGUAAAUGUAUUGCAAAAUAGUUGUAAUCGGUCUAUAGUCAGCAGAGAUUUUGUGUUAUUGCCCCACUAUCAAAUGUAUAAUGAGAUCAUGAAGCACAGCUUGUUUUAUGUUCUGUAAUGCAUUUUCUUUCAGCAGGACUCCCUGGAUACAUAUGUUAUGUGAAAUAUUUGAAAAGUAUUGCUUAGAAUGCCCCUUUGAGUUUUUAUACUUUCUCUUAAAUACAUUCUCCCAAUAGGACAUAUUGUCUUUCUUCUCAAAUGUUUUUUAUUGAAUAGUUUUGCAAUUUUAACAAAGGAAACCACAAUAAUAAUAAUAAUUCACAUUUAUCAAAAUAACAUAAAUUAAUACUUACUCAUUAACAAAAAAAUCUAAAGAAAAAAAAAUCAAUAAAAUUAUAAUAGGAACAGGGUGAAUACAUUAUUUAUGAUCAAGAAUUGGGGCUUCAAAAAUCUCUCUAAGUUUGUUAACAAUAAAUUCGUAUAUGGGGGCACCCAAAUCAUCUAGAUUAUAUUUAAGUUGAAUUUUGUUGAAUGAUAACAAUGACUUGUUUGAAAAUAAAUUGUCUAAAGAGAGAUUUUCAGAAGUCAACAUCAGGGGCUUAAUAUUUCAGAAUUGAUGUUGGCAUGGCCCGAGACCACCAUACAUUUCCCUUAACCUUCUUAUACAUCUCUUCCCUGACUUUUAAUGUUGUUUGGUGGCGGGGUGCAUUUCUCUGACACAGGGUAAAACUUAUGCUGCAGCCAAAAUAUUUAUUUGACCGAGUACAGAAGCAACUUAUCCCUUUCAAUAAAAUGCCAGAAGGAUGAGUUAUUAUCCAUAUUAAAUUUUAGUGCUUGUGCAGCAUUUGUUGUGUAAUAAUAAUUUCUGAAAUCAGGCACACCUAAUCCACCAUUGAUUUUUAAAUUCUGUAACACAGAUAACCGUAUCCUGCCAGGUUUGCCUGACCUGAUAAAUGCUUUGAAGUUAUCAUUGAAGCAAUAUAGAACAGGGCAUGGAAAAAAGCGCAAAGGUUGGGUUUUUGUGAUUGUUAAAGGACCACUAUAGUGCCAGGUAAACAUACUCGUUUUCCUGGCACUAUAGUGCCCUGAGGGUGCUCCCACAGGGCCCCCCUCCCGCCGGGCUCUAGGGGGUGGAAGGGGUUAAAUUUACCUCUUUCUCCAGCGCCGGGCGGGGAACUCUCCUCCUCCAUAUCGCCGUUAUCGGCGUCACAAUGCUUUCUUAUGGACGCUGGCGUCUUCUCACUGUGAUUUUCACAGUGAGAAGCGCGGAAGCGCCUCUAGCGGCUGUCAAUGAGACCGCCACUAGAGGCUGGAUUAACCCUAUUUUAAACAUAGCAGUUUCUCUGAAACUGCUAUGUUUAUAGAAGAAAGGGUUAAUCCUAGCUGGACCUGGCACCCAGACCACUUCAUUAAGCUGAAGUGGUCUGGGUGCCUAUAGUGGUCCUUUAAGUUUCUAACAAGAAAUGUCACCAAAUUAUUUCAAGAUGGACACCAGAGAUUCAAGAGAGGUUGUUGAAUUCGUCAGAGACAGUAUUUAGUCUUCAAACAAUCCUAUUUUAUGAGUAACAUCAUUCAUUUUGAUACCUUAAAUUUUUGGAUCGUUUCUAAUCAUAUUGGCCUGAGGUUCCAUCGCUAAUCUAAAUGACAUAGGAUGACCCUGUCUUGUAUCAUUUGAAAAACUAUCUGACAUGAAACCUGAGGCAGAAACCCUUGCUGUGGGGCAAUGAUACACCGUGAACACAAAUUAACUAUUGGGGCUGUGAAACCAAAUUUAAACAGUACCAACCUCAAGUAUCCCCAAUGGAUCCUACCAAAUGCCUUCUCCACAUCCAUAGAGAAGGCGCUUUAUCAACUUUGAUAUAGUGAACAAUAUUGAUGAAUCGUAUCCUUCCAUCCACAGCCUUACGACCCAUCUAAAACCCUACUUGAUCAUUCUGGACUAAAUUUAGUAUAAUUUUAGAUAAUAUAGUGGCCAAAAAUGUAGCAUAUAGUUUUGUGUAGUUAUUUAACAACAAAAUAGGCCUAACAUUUUUACAUUUAUGUUGGCCAUUACCUUGUUUAAGGGUGACAAUGUAGGCACACUAACAUCCUACCUUUAUUCCAAUAUGUAAUAAAUAAUUUAUCUAGGUGUGGGGCUGGUUUUUUCAGAAUAAGUCCUGUAAUAAUACACUGUAAAACCAUCCGGAUCCGGUGCUUAACCAGUAGGAGUGUGACUAAUAGCUUUUUUUUAUUUUUUUAAUUCUUUAUUUUUGUUGUGCAAAGAAGUUUGACAGAAAUGUCUGCAGUGCCACAGUAGCAGUAGCAGGCAAGAUUAGACAUCCAUUCAUUGAGAAGUUGCACAUUUUGCUAAAAUAACAUAUUAAUACAAAUUGUGUUGUUAGGUGAUUAAAAUUCAGAAACAGAGUAAAGUCAUAAACGGUUUUAUAACCUAGCGUCUUCGUGGUGCAUAACAAUAGAGCUACCCGUGGAAAUAAUAAGUCAGAAUACGGCAAUAUGAUGGUAAUAAUCAGUCGAGGGUGUAGAGGUCAGUAUAGUAUGGGCUCGGACUGUGUCGCUUGUAGUUUAGUGUAGUUUUGUGGCCACUCUAGGGUGUAGGGGAGCAGGGACGCAUUCUGGCUUUUCAUGGUUAGCGUUUGUCGUCCUCUGGGUGUAUGUUGGGUCAGUACGUCGUCGGGACUCCUCUCAGUGUAAACCGAGGCGGUUCCAUGUCUCUGAGUGUAAAUAUGGGAAAGGCAUGGAAGGGCUUUAGUGUUUAUAAGGGGGCUGUGCGCCUGGUGUGUGGUCCUGUCUGUGUCUCAGCAACCGCUGAAAUGUACCCUCUUGUCUGCCGGCUCGGAUUACAUGGUUGUCACUGGGGACCCCCUAUGGGUGCGGCUGUUGCUCUGGGUGGUAUCGUAACUGGGAAUCCAGUGGGGUAAGGAGGACAGCUCCCGGGAGGUUGCCUGGCCCAUGUAAGAAUCUGGGUUUAGUGUCCCGUGUGUCCCCGUUUCCAUGUCCCCCUAUUCCCCGUGCCCCACUGUCAUACGACCUUUGUGGUCAGUAUCGUCCCUAGGGUUUCAUGUGUCUAUGUUCAGGGCUUCCAAAGCACACACUUAAAUCCAAUAAUUAAACAUAAAGUGGCAUAAAAUGUGUAAACUCAAACAUUUUAACUCAGACGGAGGUCAAAAAUUUUUUUUUUUAAGUUGAAACUCUUGGUAGGUAUGGACAGUCAUUAUGGGAGCAGCUUCAUGGCCGUCAGGCCUCCGGUAUGGGUAGUCUCAUGGAGGGUUUAGCAGCUUGGGGGUAUCCCUUUUCCCCCUCUCUCCAAGUGUGUGUGUCUUCGCCUUCACGGCUGCUGGGCGACCGGUCCCUUGUAGUGUCUGGGGAAUUGCAGGUAGGGGGGCAGCUGGAGUUUCUGCAAGAAGUCUGUCGGGUCCUCUGUGGCAGACAGGACAUGGAUUUCCUCCCCCCUGGAUACCACUAGUGUUCCCAAGACCCCCCAUCGGUACCUGAUGUCGUUUGCUCUCAGCAACUUGGUGAUGGGCAGGAGUCUGCGCCUGGCCAGCAGAACUGAAAAUGGUAAGUCCGCAUACACUGAUAUGGAGCAGGCAUCUACCUGCACGCUGGGGCUUUUCCUGGAACAGGCCAUUAUGGCAGACUUCACUGCUGUGUCCCUUGUCACCGCAAUUAUGUCCCUGGGUGAGUCAGCUGGAGCCGUCGGUGCCUUCCUUAUUCGAAAGGCUGCCACCAAAAGCGGUGAGUCACCAUUCUCUCUGACCCCCAUCGCCUUUAGUACUUUGUGUGCAAAGUCCAGGAGGGCCUCCGGUUGUACGGUUUCUGGAGCUCCGCGGAUCCGAAUAUUCCUCCUGCGGUGUCUGGCUUCUAGUGAUGCCACUGUGCGGGUAAGGCUGUGAACUUGUUGUGUGAGGGUUUCCACCUGGGAGUGGGUGUCUGUCAGGCGCUGCUCACGGGCUUCCUCUCUGGAUUCCGCCGCUGCGAGUCGUUGUUGCAGUCCGCCGACUUCCACCUGCACCCCCGCCAGGUCCGCCUUCCAUACCGCCCUCAGAUCUUGAAGGAGUUUUUUGAUGUCCCCCUUCGUGGAGGGAGAGGCAUCGGAGUCAGAGUCCGCUCUCAGGUACACUCUGUUGGUGGUCUGCCGUGGACCCUCUUCGUCUAUAGAGUCGCUGGAGUCACUAGAGCCAUGCGGUCUGUCCGGCGCCAUCUUGUUGCGGGCCUGCGGCUGUUCAAAAGAAAGUCUGAUGUCUGAGUGGGUUACACUCUCCGGACGGGCAUUUUUUUUGUUUUUGCGUCCCAUAGUAUUCUGUGGGGCUGUAGGAUCUCCAAGGUCGUUUUUUUGGGGUUAAAAUUCUGGUGCAAACGGCUUUUUCUCAAUGUUUAGAGCUGGAGCAGCACCCAUGCACGUCUGUUCAGUAUCUUGGUUGGCCACGCCCCCCGUGACUAAUAGCUUUUAACACCACCUGUUGAGAUAUGGUCAAAUUUAAAGUAUCCAAUUUAUCAGUAGAAAUUUGUGGUUGAUUAACUUCGUCUAAAAAGGAUUUAUUAUUUUUUCGAAUUGGGUUGGGUCCAAAUUGAUGUUGUACAAGAAUUUGUAAUACUUGGCAAAUAAGCUACUAAUGUUAUUUGGGUGUGUUACUCUUUCAGCAUUAUCAUUAACUAUGUGUUCAACCCUAGAUUGAAAGGUCUUUCCCUUGGAAUAAAAUGUUUACUUUAAACGUAUCGUCAUCAAGCUUGUAUGUUCAAAUUGUAUAGUGUCAAUUUUGUGAUCAUAACCGGUAAUGAAGGGGAUGGGGCAAACUUAUUUGCUUGGUUCAUAUUAUACAAAUCCUUUUUUUCAACAUUUUUAGCUCUUUAGAUCCAGUUUAUUUUUAUUUAUUUUUAAAUGGCAGUUGAGAUGGCUACUUUGUAGGAGACUGAGCAAAAAAAAGACCAUUGCCUGCAACAAAAUGUGAAAUUUAUGUCUGCAUACACUACUUCCUAACAUCUUACUGCAUCAUGAUGAAACAAACACACAAAAAAAUGGUAAAACUGUCAUGUUAGAAAAGGCUGUCGAAAAAUCUGCAUCUCUGUCUGCCUUGACUAUGGAAGGCCGGGAUUCCACUCAGCAUUACGGUACAAUCAACCACUACCAUCCCUGACGCCCGUACUGUUAUGGAGGGCUUUUGGUGACUUUACUGAUGGGGCUUAUGUCUCUCCACAAUUAAAACUGCACUAUUUCGGGUGCCCAGUCGAUCGAAUUGCGAAAAGACGUGACUGAGAUUGGCAUUCGGACAGACAAAAUCGAUGAAUGAAUUGUGUUCAAGAGACGCACUUUAAAAAGGGAAGGGUAUGAUCCCAUGCUUGAUGGUGAGCCAUUUUCCUGUACAGUUUUACUCUACUCUUAAGUCUAAAUCAUGGUGUGUCUAUCCUGUUCAGUAGAAAUAUGGCAUGCCAUACUUUUAAAGUUGUUGAUGAUGCAGAGGGUAGGUUUUUAAUUUGGAUUUGAAAAAUAAACAGUGUACAAUAUAGAGUAGCCAAUGUUUAUUUUCCAAAUACAGGCCAACUUUCUGAGAAAUAUUAUAAAAAGAGUUUGGAGUAAAUGCAAAAGGUGACUGAUUGUAUAUGGAGAUACUAAUUUUGUUUUGGAUCCUGAAUUAAAUAUAGUAAUAGAGAAUGACCCGGUCAGGAAUAGCUGAUGCCCAACACGCAGAACUUAAGUAAAUAUAAAGGAAAAUCCCAAGACGUAUUACCAGGCCUCAGAAUGGCUGGAUUUAACGUAUAAAGGAAAAAACCACAAGACGGGAUAAUGACAAGAAUGCAGAAAAUGCGGAAACAAUGAACAAGCCAAGAGUCAAUGAAUAGAGAAUACAGAAUCAUCAGGAGCCAAGUCAAAGGUCAAGGAAUACUGAGAUCAGAUAGUCAGAAGGAAAGCCAAGGUCAAGUACACUAGAAUCAAUACCAGAAACGCAUUCUCGGAUAACCACAAUGGAAACCACGACAGGGCACAUAGAAAUGGACAAACACGGUUUAAAUAGCCUAAAAUGCUCCCUGAUUGGCUGCAGGGAAGCAUGUGAUUGUGAACGUGUGUGUGAUAUCACAGACACAUUCAAAAUGGCAUGGCACUGUAAGGGUUAAUAACAAACCCUUAAAAUGAACAAAGCUGCAGCGGACGGCGUCUCUAAUGGUUACAAACCCGGCCGCUGUGUGAGGGAGAGGAGCCACCACCGGGAGUGAGUGAUGGGCGGCAUUCCCAUUACCACCACCAUUCCCAUUACGCCACGGGGGCGUGACAGACCCUUUGUCUGAACAUUGUGAGGAUGCGUCUAGAUGUUCUCAAUAUCUUUUUAUUCAUUAGGCUUAUAUGACGUGUAGAGAGUAAGUCAUGAGAAUGAGAAAGAUUACACGUAUCAUUCAGUGCAUUAUAUUUUUGGUGGAUGAGGCGACUGUCAUCUGUUUUGCCCUCUGACUUUUCAGAUCAUGCUACAUGUAUCUGAGUCCCUUUCACUGAUUACGGUAGGUCAUGGAAAUUAAGUGACAAUCUAAUAGUUUUAAAUAAAAAAAUUAUUAGCAGAAACUAUCCUCGUCAAUUACUUUAAAAGAAAAUUUGGAUCUGAAUCUGGCUGGAAUGCUCAUAAAGCAGUGAUGAGGGGUCACUUUUUAUUCAACAGGCAUCCUACUGCUUGGGGCACAAGAAGAGAAAUCUGUUAUUGGUUGGUUGGGAUAUGUUAUAAACCACCUAAUGUUAAUAUUGAUGAGGAACAACAGCUGUUUGAGCAAAUUGAGAAAACUGCAAAUCUAGGUAACACAUUAAUUAUUGGAGGUUUUAAUUACCCGGUUUCAAGUAUUUGAAAGUUUAUUAAGGGAUAAUAGUCAAGAAUUCCUUGAGAAGAACAUGGUUAUCAGCAAGAAUCAGCAUGGUUUUAUGAAGCACAUGACAUGUCAAACUAACUUGAUUGCAUUCUACGAAGAAGUAAGUAGAAGUCAACAUGCAGUGGAUGUGAUCUAUUUGGAUUUUGCCAAGGCAUUUGAUACAGUUUCACACAAUAGAUUAGUGUUCAAACUCAAGGAAAUCGGUCCAGAUGAAAAUACUUGUUCUUGGGUAGAACAUUGGCUUAAAAAUACAGAGAGUUGUCAUUAAUAGUACAUUUUCAAGCUGGACAGAGGUGGCAAGUGAUGUCCCUCAGGAUUCCGUUCUGGGACCCCUUCUAUUUAACAUGUUUAUAAAUCAUCUUGAAAAAAGUUUUGAGAGUAAUGUUUCAGUGUUUGCAGAUUACUCAAAACUCUGUAAAGUACGUUAGUAAUAUAUUAUACUUUACUGCAGAGGGAUUUAGAUAGACUGGGGGUCUGGGCACUCAAAUGGCAGAUGAAAUUUGAUGUAGAAAAAUGCACAGUUAUGCACUUUGGGGUCAAGAAUGCACAAGCAACUUAUACCCUUUAAUGGAAGAAAAUUAGAGAUAACCACACACAAGAAGGACUUGGGAAUUGUUAUAGACAACAAACUAUGCAACAAAGAGCAAUGUCAAUCAGCAGUGGCCAAGGCCAGUAAGGUAUUGUCAUGCAUGAAAAAUUGCAUUCAUUCAAUUUUGGGCACCUGCUCUAAAGGAGGAUAUUAAGGUACUGGAAAGAAUGCAGAGGAGGGCUACAAAAUUGAUAAAAGGAAUGGAACAUUUUAGCUAUGAAGAAAGGUUAACCAAUGUAAACCUUUUUAGUUUAGAUAAAUGUCGCCUCAGAGGGUAAAUGCCAACAUUAUACAAAUAUAUUUGUGGCCAAUACAAAACCAUUGUCUGUAAAUCUAUUCACAAACAGGACUUUACAUAGGACACGAGGUCAUGCGUUUAGACUGGAAGAAAGAAGAUUUAGUCUAAGGCAAAGGAAAUUUUUUUUGUUUUGUUUUUUAUCGUAAGAACAAUAAGGAAAUGGAAUUCUCUGCCUGAAGAAGUGGUUUUAUCAAAUUUGGAAGUGCUUCAAACUGUUUUGUUUUGGUUUUUUUGCCUUCUUUUGGAUCAGCCACAAAAACAAAUAUAAGGAAGGCUGAACUUGAUGGACACAUGCCUCUUUUCAGUCUAUGUAACUAUGUAACUACCUGAAAAUACCAUACUGUAUUUCUUCUUCUUUAAAGUAAAUACAUUUUGUUAUCUAUUUACAUAACUAAAAAAACUCACAUCUUCUGCACUCCAGCAAAGUACCACUUAUUAUUAUUAGUAUUAUUAUUAUUAUUAUGAUAUUUAUAGAGCGCCGUCAAAUUCCGCAGCGCUUUACAAUGGGUGGACGAACAGACAUGUAGUUGUAACCAGACAAGUUGGACACACAGGAACAGAGGGGUUGAGGGCCCUGCUUAAUGAGCUUACAUGCUAGAGGGAGUGGGGUAAAAUGACACAAAAAGGUAAGGAUAGUAUUAGACUAGUGACAGUUGCAGAAGAGGAAUCAGUCAGGAGCUAUUAACAAUUUAAUUGAUACGCUUUUAUGAAGAAGUGGGUUUUUAACGCUUUUUUGAAGGAGUGGAGACUGGGUGAGCAUCUAACGGAGGAGGGAUGCAGCCCUCGAGAAAUCUUGAAGGCGAGCAUCAGCACUUGAUAACUGUGACCUUUUAACUCCUUCUGAAUGCCUGCUCCAUUCAUUUUUCCACUCCAUCUUACAUAGUUAAAUAGUUACAUAGCUGAAAAGAGACUUGCGUCCAUCAAGUUCAGCCUUCCUCACAUUUGUUUUUUGCUGUUGAUCCAAAAGAAGGCAAAAAACCCAGUUUGAAGCACUUCCAAUUUUGCAACAAGCUAGGGAAAAAAAUCCUUCUUGACUCCAGAAUGGCAGUCAGAUUUAUCCUUGGAUCAAGCAGUUAUUACCCUUCAUUGAAAGAUUAUAUGCUUGAAUAUUCUGUUUUUGCAAGUAUGCAUCUAGUAGCUGUUUGAACAUCUGUAUGGACUCUGAUAAAACCACUUCUUGAGUCUUGAGGCAGAGAAUUCCACAUCCUUAUUGUUCUUACAGUAAAAAAACCUUUCCAGUCUAAACGCAUGACCUCGGGUCCUAUGUAAAGUCUGGUUUGUGACUAGAUUUCCACACAAUGGUUUGUAUUGGCUCCGGAUAUAUUUGUAUAAUGUUAUCAUAUCCCCUCUCAGGCAACGUUUAAAUUUGUUAACCUUUCUUCAUAGCUGAUAUGUUCCAUUCCUUUUAUUAAUUUUGUAGCCUCUGCACUUUUUCUAGUUUUCUAAUAUCCUUCUUUAGAACAGGUGCCAAAAAUUGCACAGCAUAUUCUAAUUGUGGUUUUACCAGUGAUUUAUAAAGAGGCAAAAUUAUAUUCUUGUCCCGAGAAUGAAUGCAAUUUUUCAUGCAUGACAAUACCUUACUGGCCUUGGCCACUGCUGAUUGACAUUGCACAUUGUUUCAUAGUUUGUUGUCUAUAACAAUUCCCAAGUCCUUUUCGUGUGUUGUUAUCCCUAAUUCGCUUCCAUUAAGGGUAUAUGUUGCUUGUGUAUUUGUUACGCCAAAGUGCAUAACUUUGCAUUUUUCAACAUUAAAUUUAAUCUGCCAUUUGAGUGCCCAGUCCCCCAGUCUAUCUAAAUCCCUCUGCAGCAAAGUAAUAUCUUGCUCACAUUGUAUUAUUUUACAGAGCUUUGUGUCAUCUGCAAACACUGAAAUAUGACUUUCAAUGCGGUCUUCAAGAUCAUUUAUAAACAUGUUAAAUAGAAGGGGUCCCACAACAGACCCCUGAGGGACACCACUUGCCACCUCUGUCCAGCUUGAAAAUUUACCAUUAAUGACAACUCUUUGUACUCUGUUUUUAAGCCAGUGUUCUACCCAAGAACAAGCAUUUUCAUCUAGACCAAUUUCCUUGAGUUUGAACACUGCAACACCCUGAUCUAUAGUUCUACUUACUUCUUCGUAGAAGGCAAUCAAGUUAGUUUGACAUGACCUGUGCUUCAUAAAACCAUGCUGAUUUUUGCUGAUAACCAUGUUCUUCUCAAGGAAUUCUGGAAUAUUAUCCCUUAAAGGAACAUUAUAGUCACCUAAACAACUUUUAGCUUAAUGAAGCAGUUUUGGUGUAUAGAACAUGCCCCUGCAGCCUCACUGCUCAAUCCUCUGCCAUUUAGGAGUUAAAUCCCUUUGUUUAUGAACCCUAGUCACACCUCCUUGCAUGUGACUUGCACAGCCUUCCAUAAACACUUCCUGUAAAGAGAGCCCUAUUUAGGCUUUCUUUAUUGCAAGUUCUGUUUAAUUAAGAUUUUCUUAUCCCCUGCUAUGUUAAUAGCUUGCUAGACCCUGCAAGAGCCUCCUGUAUGCAAUUAAAGUUAAAUUUUGAGAUUGAGAUACAAUUAUUUAAGGUAAAUUACAUCUGUUUGAAAGUGAAACCAGUUUUUUUUUCAUGCAGGCUCUGUCAAUCAUAGCCAGGGGAGGUGUGGCUAGGGCUGCAUAAACAGAAACAAAGUGAUUUAACUCCUAAAUUACCAGUGAAUUGAGCAGUGAAAUUGCAGGGUAAUGAUCUAUACACUAAAACUGCUUUAUUUAGCUAAAGUAAUUUAGGUAACUAUAGUGUUCCUUUAAUAACCUUUCAAAUAAUUUUCCAGCCACAGAAGUUAAGCUCACAGGUCUAUAAUUUCCAGGCAAGGAUUUUGAACCCUUUUUGAAUAUAGGAACCACAUCUGCCUUCCUCCAAUCCUCCGGAACACUUCCUGAAAGAAAAGAAUCUUGAAAGAUUAAAAACAGAGUUUCACUUAUUUCUACACUUAGUUCCUUAAGUAGUCCGUGGAUGGAUACCGUCAGGCCCUGGAGCUUUGUUUAUAUUAACUUUCUUUAGUUGCUGCAGCACCUUGUCUUGAGUUAACCAAUUACAAUUAUUCUGCACGUUUUUAGUAGCAAUCAUUUGCACAUCUAUUGGCAUGGGUUCUUCCUUAAUAUACGGAGGAGAAAUAGUUAUUUAAAAUUCCUGCCUUUUCCUGGUCUUCAUUAACUAACACCCCCGUUUCAGUUUUUAGUGUACUUACACUUUAAUUUUGGGGUUUUUUAGAAUUUAUGUACUUAAAAAAUGCUUUGGGGUUGGCUUUGCUCUCUUCAGCUAUCAUUUUUUCAUUCUGAAGUUUAGCAAGUCUAAUUGCCUUUUUGCACGCAUUAUUUGCAUCCUUGUAUCUUUUAUAAGAUGCAUCUGAUUUGUCCGAUUUAAAUGCUUUAAAUGCCCUUUUCUUAUUUUUAAUCUGUUGUUUUACUUCUCUACUAAGCCACAUACUGAGAAAUGUAUAUUUGUUGGAAGAUGAUCCAUUUAUCCUCAGUGUUCUUUUCACUAAAGAGUUUAUGCCAGUCAAUAUAUUGUAAAGCUGCCCUUAACUUAUUGAAAUUGGCCUUUUUAAAAUUACAUGUUUUAGAAUACCCCAUGUGCUUUUGGUUUUUUUUGAGUUUAUUUCAAAGGACACUAUAUUGUGAUCACUAUUUCCCAAGUGCUCCCCUACUUGAAUGUUGGUCAAAAGAUCAACGUUGUUUGUUAAAACCAGGUCCAGACAAGCGUCCAUUCUGGUUGGUGCUUGUACAAGUUGUGACAUGAAGGUGUCAUUUAACAAGUUUAAAAACCUAAUUCCCUUUGCUGAGCUAUUAUUCCCUCUGUCCCAAUUUUUGUCCGGGUAAUUAAAAUCUCCAAUAAUUAAAGUGUUACCCAGAUUUGCAGCUUUCCCAAUUUGCUCAAACAGCUGUUGUUCCAUGUCAAUAUUAACCUUAGGUGGUUUAUAACAUAUCCCAACCAAUAGUUGGUUUCCCUUCUUUUCCCCCAAGCAGAUAUUUACCCUUAAAGCUUCCACAUGUUCCUUAAUCACAUUCCACUUGCAUAAGAUUUGGCUUUAAAUCAUGGUUGACAUACAAACAUACCCACCACCCUUCUUAUUUUUCCUAUCGUUUCUAAAUAACAUGUACCAAUUUAAGUUAACUGCCCAGUCAUGUGUCUCAUCCCACCAUGUUUCAGUUACGCCUAUUAUAUCAUAUUGUUUAGUGUAUGCUACUGCCUCUAGUUCCCCCAUUUUAUUAUUUAGGCUCCUUGCAUUAGUAAACAUACAUUUAGUAAUAGUUAAUUCUUAGUAAUUGCUAGAUGGAAAUUAAUUAAUAACAAUAUUUCACAAUGACUUUAUACUUUCCUCUUCCCUGCCAUCACACUGUGCCCUCAAUGUGGCCUUAAUUUAAUAUUGCUGGAUAAGCAUUCCAAAUAAAUUUACAUUUAUGGAUAACUUUUCAAAAUUAUUUUUUCAACAUGUUCAAAUAUGAAAAAUAUUAGAUGUAUGUCUUAAAUAAUUGAUUGGACCUAUGAAAAAUAUAUAGUAUAACAAUUUUACAAUAUGUCCACAUAUUACAAAUUAAAAUAUUUUAAAGAGAAAAGGCAGUGUUUACAUUACUGCCUAGUACUACUGCCACUAGAGGUGCUUCAUGGGUCAGUGCUGCACAUUGUGCAGCACUGACAUUGAGCGUCAACACACUCUGCAUCGAGAUACUAAACGCUUCCUAUAGAGAUGCAUAAAUUUAAUGAGGAGAUACAGAUUGGCGCAACGCUACGUAUUGCUGCUCAUGCGCAAUAUCUUCCCAAUGUUUUCCUGAAGCCAAAGAGGCAGAGUGGGGUAGUUCCAGCCGUGGUGAGACUGGCGCUGCAAAUAAGGUGAGUAAACUACCUUUUUAAGGACAGGCAAAGGGGGCCGCACUUCUAAACAGCGCUUUUUCAAAUAUAGUGUCAGGAAUACCUGUUUGUAUUCCCGAUUCUAGAGUUUUCUUUUAAAUAAUUUGGAAACCUUAUCCAACAAUAUUAAAUUGAGAACAUAUGUUAGAAUAUGGGGAGUUUUGUGCACAUUGGGCCCUAAGUUGUAGGACAUAAUUUUCUUCAGUGUCUUGUGUGAGUUCACUUAUCUCUGCAAACUACUGCAAUUAUAUUAUCAUUUUCACACAGCACUUAACUACUUAAAUUAACAUUUACCAAAAAUGUUAUAUGGAUGUUUCAUGCAAGAAUACUCUUGGAAAGUAGCCAGAAUCUGCACGUUUUAUUUAUUAAUUAAUUUAUUUAUUUUAUAGCUUGCGAGCUUCAUUUUGAAAAUACAAAGGUUCCUGUGGAGAAUAUAAUUGGAGAAAUUGGAGGUGGAUUCAAGGUAUAGUAAAAAUUGUGCAGUUUGUAAUUUGUGAAAAAAGGCUUACUACAACCACUACUAUUACCACUUCAGGGAUUUUGAAGGAUAGGAGUAUUGAUGUGCAGUGUUUCUGCUUGAAACACAGCACAUACUGAGUUAUUGUUAAUUGUGUGCUGGGGGCUCGUUGCAUUCCAGAACUCUAUUCCGUUCUAAUGUCAAUUCUGUGCAUUAAAAACAUAGUGAGCAAUUCCCAGGUCUUUGCAUCCAUGGUGGCCAGCUCUUCUCUUGCCAGGUUAUUAUUCCAUCUGGGUACCUCAUGACUGGUAGGGCAAAUGUGUUGAUGGCUUAGAUAUUGUUCUUGCCAUUGCGUUGGGACUUCAUGACAUUUCUGACUCUCUGGAGUUAUUUGGAUGUAUUAUCCUUUUUGCCUCUUCUUCAUGGUUGCCAUGUGUUUGUGGUACGCCCUGGCACUGGUAGCUGUUCUCUGCAUCUCCUGUUUAACUUUUGACUCCUUUUGUCCUGAUCAUCUUCCCUCUUUUUGCUAUCGUUCACCCUCACUUACCUAAAGUGGUCAAGGAUUGCUCGCUUUUUCUAUGAUCAUCUUUCUUAUAUCUGCUGUUAUGCCUUCCUGGUGGCAGAGAUUCAAGUCGGCAACUCUGUAAGUAUAAGUGUGGGUAUGGGAAUUUAUUCUUUCACAUGGCUCAUGUAUGAUGUUUUGUGUAGUCCAUCUAAUUCCCUUUCACAAUGUUCAAACGUUGUGUAACUAGCUGUUUUGAUGUUGACAUACGUGAAAGUCUCUUAUUCAUCUAUAGUUCCCACAUACAGUUCAUGUAGCACCUCACAGCUUGCUAUGCUUAUACUAGCAGGCAAGUAUGUCUAGGUUUUCACUUCGUGUACAGUAGUGGUUUGUUCCAGUAGCCCAUUUGCUAUCAGAUUGCCAUGGUUGCUUAGCACCUGACAUGGAUCUCAUUUAAGGCCCUCACUAGACAAAGAGCAUAGCCAAUUGCUAUAGAUUCACGAUUCCCAUAUAGUUGAGCAAACAGUGCAACUGUAAGUGUUGAAAAAUGUGUCAAUAGUGAUACAUUAUACCUCCAUCCACAAAUAAAUUAUAUGGUCAACUGAACAUCCAACCCAAAGGACUAAGUGUUUUUGGGAUAACCAUUGACACUAGAAUAUAAAUAACAUGCCAUAUAUCCACACUUGGCAAACAAGGUUAUUAUUUAUAGGGUCACAUUUAAGCUGGCCAUAUAAACAGAGCCUCAAAGGGCAACAUGACAGGCUAAGUACCCAAACCCAAUUUGUAUGUCCCAGUGAUAUGAAUCAGCCCAAAGUUACAAAGUUUUUCAUAUAAAUUAUAAACUAAGCUGUUGAGUUUCUCUAAAGUUGGAUCAAUAUCCCUUUUAUAAAAUGAGAAACAUAGACAAAGGCUAUACAUUAUUGUCAAACUUCACAUAUAUAUAGAAAGGCUGAGCCUGUGGGAGAAGCCUGGAAUUGUGGGAGGGGUUAGUUGGCCUAUAAAUAUACAGGCCACUCCUUCCUCUGUGCUGUUGCUACCUGGUUCAUAUCUACUUCCAGAUCAAAGGUCAUCAACACAAACUGCCUAAACUCUAAACAAGCUGGACUUGGCCUCAUGAGGCCUACGCAAGUAUUAAUUUUAAAUUGCUAACUACUAAUGCAAAUUCAGCCAAUUUCAAUCAUAAAUAGCAUCACAGAGCUGUCUAAAUUCAUCUCAUGCAUUCUGCUAACUGUAUUUGGCCCUCACUAAGGCAUUAUACAAAUAUAUCCGGGGCCAAUACAAACCAUUGUGUGGAAAUCUAUUCACAAACCAGACUUUACAUAGGACACGAGGUCAUGCCUUUAGACUGGAAGAAAGAUUUUGUCUAAGGCAAAUAGUUUGUUUUUGGGUUUUUUUUACUGUAAGAACAAUAAGGAUGUGGAAUUAUCUGCCUGAAGAAGUGGUUUUAUACAGAUGUUCAAACAGCAACUAGCAUACUUGCAAAAGCAGAAUAUUCAAGGAUAUAAUUUUUCAAUGAAGGGUAAUAGCUGCUUGAUCCAAUGAUUAAUCUGACUGCCAUUCUGGGGUCAAGAAGGAAUUUUUGUGCUUCAAACUGGGUGGUUUUUUUUGCCUUCUUUUGGAUCAACAGCAAAAUACAAAUGUGAGGAAGGCUACACUUGAUGGACGCAAGUCUCUUUUCAGCUAUGUAACUAUGUAACUUUAUCGACUUUUAUCAUAUGCAUUUCAGCAAAUGGCCUGGAACUAUUUUCUGCAUGAAAACCUUGUGGUUCCCGGUCGGUUCUCCAGCAGCACUUAGCCAUGAUUCUAUGGAACUAUUUUGGGCAUGGGACCAUGCCUGCGCCUGUGCAAAAAGGAGGGUUUGUGUGCUGUGUCUGGGAGUGUUGUACAUUUAAUUACUGUAAGCUUUGUGUCCCUGACGCCCACAAGGUCCAUGUGGGCGUAUACCUUGCUUGGUGACUUGAAUAAAAGGACAGCUGUGGCUUCCAUUAAACAGACUUACUUCACCCUCAAUCUAGAUAUUGGGGGAAACUGCUAUAUCACUACAAGGGAUUGCAAUAAUCAUUAUAUUCCCUUGGAUUCUCUGAGCUCAUGUAAGAGCUUUUCCCGCGUGACUGUCAGGAUUACAGAAUGAUCUAGCACGUAGAAUUGUGUAACACAGAGGACUGAUAGGUAACGAUGCCUUUGCAACUUAUUGUUCGCAGUGCUGUUCCCCACCAGAAGGUAUUGAUAGAGUAUGGAGACUGCCUUCUCCAGUACCGCACCCCGCAUGCAAAGCUCCUCAAACCAUGUGAGGCUCCUGUGUAGCUACCUAUGGUAGCGUACGAACAUAGUUCUGCAACUGGAUAUGUGACAAACUACCCUUCGCCACUGGCUUUUGGAGGGGCCUGAUUGCCAGCCUCCUGCCCUGUGAUUAUGGCCCUUAUAAUGUAUUGGGUCUCAAGGCACUUGGGACUGAAACCUCUGUCCCUGGAUUACUCUUUUGCCUGCAUUUCUUGGCUUUUAUAUUCCCCCUGGUGUAUUUGUGGUUUGGUUCGUGAAUUAAACGUCUAUUAUAGCCAGGAUAAUGUUGUUCAAACAGACUAACAAACUGCAGAAUGGCCGACCACAAUGCAUGUGGAGUGGUUAACCGCAGCUUAAUUGGCGAACAGCUGGGUGGUCGUCAUUUGUUUAACUGCCGACCACCCAGCGGUGUUUGACGUCGACCGCGUGGAACUGUUUUCGGCUACUAUUUCCCACGAACACAUGAACACCUGGGAAGGUGGAGUCCAUCAUAUAUAUUCAUUCCCCGGGCGCCGUUGGGGCAGAGGGCACCAUUGGGGCAGAGGGCCCGGAGGAGACCCACCACCUCUGUGGCCGAGGCCUCUGCUCCAAGGGGCCCAGCACCCAGUCAGCGACACUGAUGGGGGGUAGUCCCAGCUCCUCUAAGAAUUGAGGGACCUCCUCCGGUCAUCUUACGGAGGCCCAACCAUGCUGAUAUCUCGCCAGUAGUGCGAACGGAUAGCCCCACUUGUAGGGCUGAGGUCACGGGCCUUAGGGCACGCCGUGCUUCAAGUGUGAGAGGGGAGAGAUCGUUAUAUAAGGACACCUGUGCUCGGCGGUACUCCCAAGUAGGCCUAUCAUGGGCUCUCCUCAUUAUGGCAUCCUUGAUCGGAAAGGAGUGCAUACAGCAUGUGUAUAUUCUGGGUAUAUUCACUUCUAGGUUUGAUCUCGCGACCCUGUGGGCCCUUUCAAACUUAAACUGUGCUGGCGCUGUUGUCGGUAUGAGAACCCUAAAGAGACCAGUCAGCGUCUCACCCACAUUUUCUUCCCCGUCUGCUUCAGGUACCCACCGUACCCAGAUGUUACAUUUCCAGCCUCUGUUAUCCACAUCCUCUAAUUGACGUCUCAUGGCCAGCAGCAGGCCCCACUGACGGGCUACUGCCAAAUCAGAGGCCGUAAUUCGAGCUGUCUGGGCAUCAGCCGCGCGCUCCAGUGUGGAUGCGGCCCUUCUGUGCGAUCACUUCAUUUCGCAGUCCUGCCACCUCCGCCCGCACCACCUUCUGGAUCAUGGAGGUAAGUAGCUGUAAAUCAUUCUUGGUGGCCAUAGCUGCAGCCAUAUUCCUCAGCUCCUCAGCGAUCGUGUCAAGUGCCAUGGUUUCGAAGCCCGCCUGGGAGGCAGGUGAGGUCCGCGCCAUCUUGGGACUCUUUCUUUUGGUAAUUUUUUUUUCACACACACAGCAAUUUAAGAAUACAUGUACUGAGAACUUUAAGGGUUACUCCCAAAGAACACCCCGAUAUGUGUUCAGCAACAUCUCCUGAGUACAGUGAUACCACCCAUGUGUGGGGUUCUCUGGUGGCUAACAUACCUUAUUUGGAAGGUGGUCAUUCCAGUUUUCCAACUUGAAAUUUUCAUAGCUGGUUAUAAUGCACCCAUAUCGAAUUUGGGACAUUUUUUAAGCCGGCCAAUGUAGUUUACCCAUGUAUUUCAAAUGGUGGUAUUUUAACUCUUCCAUGCACUAAUUCUACCACCAGUCUUUGUCAAACUUCUGGGUAGUCAUUUUUUUUGUAUUAUUUUUCUCUCACAUUGUACUUUAGGCAUGGAUUCUCAGUUCCUGUCAUAUGUUACUGACAAAGAACAUCCCAAUAUGUGUUCAGCAACAUCUCCUGAGUAAAGUGAUACCACGUAUGCAUAGAUUUGUUGGGUUGUUUGGGGGGUGCAAUGCCAAACUUCUGACAUGUGUUUUUUCAAAUUUGAAAUAUCUUCUUUACCCAUCUUCUUUUUGGGGGCCUUUUUACAUAUCCAUGAACGUGCAUAUAUUUGAAAAGUUGACACCCCAAGGUAUUGUAUAUGGAGUGUUUUAAUACCUUUGAUGCACCACAUGCGUUCCACAGAAUCUUUGUACUUACAUGGUGGUUCUUGCGUUCCACCAUGCGUUUCAACAUAACGAAACAGUUCCGGUUUAUAUCAAUACAUGAUGAGGAUGCAGAGGGAAAUGGAAGAGAAUCUUGUAAACAUUCUUUUUAAUGUAAAUGCAUAUUUAUGUAAUUUCCCAUUUUACAAUAACACAAUACAAAAGAUAAAAAAUGAAAAAUAAUAAUAAGAGUCUCUGUGUGCAAUCAUGUGUACAUUCUCCACUUCUUCAUUUAAAGGGAUACAAUCCAUAGUUAUCCUAAUAAGAAAAAGUGAAUGCUUUAUAAUACUAUUAUGAUGAAUGCCUUUUAAAGUUAUAAAAAUAUUUCUUCAUCCCAUUUUACCUCUUCUCAUAUGGUGGAUUUCUUAUCUCUUAAUAAGAGAUAUAAUUGUACCCAGAAAUUGGUAAUUUGAGUGAUAUUAAUAUUUACAAACUAUACACAAAUCCCAAUUUUUCCUUUUAUAGGAGGUUGACCCCCUAUGUUGCACAUGGUUGCAAAAAGAGACCCUUUACAAUGUUAUCCAUAUACAUUAGUUCUAAAAAAACAUAUUAAAAAAUAAACUCAAAGAGUUCCAAUCCCCAUGAGACAAAAAACAGAGUGAAAAGUAUGGAGAAUACAGAACCUCAAUGCAAACCUCCGAAGAAGCUGUAACUAUUCAGUCUAAAAAGCACCAUAAAUCUAUAUCUAGGUUUAGCCCCCUUGGCUGUAGGUUUUUCCAAUAAGUUUUGCGCUGACCUAACUUUUUAUUAGGUUUCCACCUCUCCAUGGGUCACCUCUCUCUAAACCUAAAUAAUAGAAAUAUUUCCAAUUGAAUUUAUUACAUGUAUUGCAAUGAAUUGGAACUAUAUGUUUAUAUGAUUUUUGAAGUGCUGUUCGAAUUGUCGAUCAGCGUUAUACUCCAGUCGAAGACUCAAAGUCCAGGGAAGGUAAAGUUUCAGCGGUGUUGUGCCGUUGCGUGUCCGAUUUGAGUUCCAUGAACUCAACGACAAAACACCGCUAACCUCGUUCCACUGAAUAAAAUGGCUGCCGCCACCAUGUGUUCGAAUGUCGGCCACUUCGACUACUUCGACACUUCGGCUGUAUCCGAAGUGCCACUUUGAAAGUGUAGAUCUGUUCCAACAGUAUUUAAACAGUGCCUUAGAGCCAAACAAGUCACAGGGGACAUAGUCACAAGGCAAGAGACUGGCAAACAGGCCCCUCCAAAAACCAGUGGUGAGGUCACUUUCGCCAAAGUAUUUUUUUCUUAGUUUGUUGCAAAAUUGGAAGCGCUUCAAACUUUGAUUUAUUUUUUUUUCCAUCUUUUGGAUCAACUGUAAAAACAGAUGUGAGAGAGGCUGAACUUGAUAAAAACAUGUGAAGUAUUAGUACUCUGUGGAUUUUAUUUUAAAUAUAUGAAAAAAAUUGUAUUGACAUUUUUCUAUACAAUUUAAUAUUUGGCCGAUUAAUUGAUUUAUGAAAAUAGGUGGUUGCAACUAUACUUCCUUCCCCCAAGGAAUGCAGCCCCGUUAACAACUGGCACAUAGCACAUUUCACAGUGCCUGUCGUGAUACAUUUUGGGCUUACACAUACUUUUAGUUAAGGUAAGAAAUACUGAAUAUGUACAAGUAGAGUGCUGUAUAUGAAGUAUUUUAACGUCUACUGAAAAAUAGGUUUAAUGUGUGAUCUUUGAAUUGUAUUGUUUUCAAGUAUUCUGGAUACAUGUUGUCAUUUUUGCAGAUAUGCUUUAAUGAUAUUGUUGUUUCUUUUCAGGUAGCGAUGAAUAUUCUUAACAGCGGGAGGUUCAGUAUGGGCAGUGCAUCUGCUGGCUUAGUAAAGAAACUGAUUGGUAAAGAAUAUCUGUUUUAAUUAUGUUAACAUGAAAUGUCACUGAUUUAUGAUCAUGGAUUGUCAGUGAUUUAUUAUACUAACUUGUUCAAGAGCUACAGUGAGACGAACUGUUAAAUAAGGAUUGAUAAUUUAAAUGUGGUGGCAUUUUCUAGAAAUAGGACAUGGGGACAUUUAUUGUGGUAUAGUUUGGUGUAUGUAUUGUGGUACGCAGAUCUGUUUGCUUUCUCCUUGUGUUACAUCUAAAAUUAAAUAAGUUUAAUACAGAUGAAGAAAUUUGAAAUGAUAGCAGCUUCCCUUGAUCCAAUGACCUUGUAGGAUGAAUAAUAAUGUGAGAUGGAAUAAGUGUACAAUUAUUUAUUGAAACAAUAAAAUAAACAGAAAAAUAUAUAUUUUUCAGGUUAUGGUUGCAGCUUAAAGGGAUCCUAUAGUGCAAGGAAAACAAAGCCGUUUUUCUAGCACUUUAGGGUUAACUCAAAUUAAUGUCCCUGCAGGGCUGAAGGGGUUCAAUGCUUUCCUAUGGGGAAAAUCUGACGCUGGAGGUCCGUGAGGACGUUCGGCAUCAGAUAACGGACUAAAAGUCAGUUUGGAUUCCGGAAGCCCCCCAGUUCUCUGGAACUGCAAUGUUUUACAUUGCAGCACUAAGUGCAAAAGGGUCACAGCACCCAGACUACUUCAGUUAGCUUAAGUGGUCUGGGUGCCUACAGGGUCCCUUUAACGGCACUGAGAACAGAGGAUUAAUACCGUAUUUACUCAAAUAUAAUGCACACCUUUAUUGGCAAUAAAGUCUUAAAAAUUUGAAUAUGCAUUAGAAUUGAUAGUGCAUUAGAUUCGAGUAUGAACAAUUUAGAGUACGAUUUCAGUACUAACAAAAAAGAAAGCAUAGUGCAUUCAAGGCAAACCGCACAUGCGUACUACUCUCUCUUGCUUACCUAGUUGCUGCUCAUUUUACAACCUACCUGGACAAGACUGCGUUGGGGUGAAAGUUGUCAGGCAAAAUUUGCAUUUGCAGUAACACUGAGCCCCCCUCACCCCAGCAUAUUUUGGGUGUGAACCUCAGACAGCCAUCCAGCAGCACCAGACAAAUGGUCAGGCAAUCACUUUUUAUUCGGCUAAAAUGGUUUAAAAAAAAAAAAAAAAGCCUUACUGCCACUUAACUCCUAAAGUAGAAUCUGAAAUUGCUCAGAACUGAAGCAGCUUUUGGGCGUGAGCUCAAGGACAGAAAUGGCCAAUUGGUUGGGAUUUAACCAGUGUUAAUUUUGUCGACUAACAAUUUUAGUCAGAUUGUAGUCAACUAAAAUUAGACUAAAACAAUUCAGAUGACUAAAAUACGAUUAAAACUAAAAUGGCCAUUUAGUCAAAAGACUAUGACUAAAACUAAAUGUGCCGCCAAAAUUAACACUGGUGGCUAAAACACAUGGGGGAGGGAGGAGAAGAAAUGAGACUCAUGGGGGGGGCUGAGGGAAUGAGACACAUGUGGGUUGGAGGGAACACAAAGAGACACAGGGGGGCUGGGGUAGUGGCAAAAUAGACAGCGGCUUUAAUUAAGCCCAUUAUAUUUUAGUAGUGUUGACUAAAAUCUAUUUAGUCAACCAAAAUCUUCUGCAGAUUUAGUUGACUUAAACAAACAAUUCAGAUGAUGAAAAUAUGACUAAAACUAAGAUUUUUUUUUUUUAACUUAAGUCUAUGACUAAAUUGAAAUUUACCGCCAACAUUAACACUGGAUUUAACUCUGCGUACACUGCAUUUCUGUCUAUGGGGAUUUCAAUCCCCAUAGAACCCGCCUGAUGCCAAUCUAUGUGCUUGUGUGAGCAAGAAGUUGUGUUAUAUACACAACUCUCUUGAGGAUCUUGUAGGCAAAUUGUAUUUCAUUUUAGAUUGUAUUAUUUGGAUUGGGAGUUUGGGUCAAGAUUUGACAAUUUUAGGUUUGUAGUUAUGGUUGCAUUCUUGAAGGGAGCAGGAAAUACACAAGAAAAUAGUUAUGUUUGGGAAGUGGCAGUGCAAGAGAAGAAAUUUGAGUACAAAUAAGAUGUGAGGGGAUAGAAUAGAACAAGCAGGUGGUCGGGUUGAAUGACAGAAACAGGGCAGAAAGAGAGUGGGUAAAGGAGUGAGUGGUGACCUCUCUUGGUUGAUUGUAACAAUAGUCUUGUGAAAUGACCUACAUAGUCUGGAACAGUCAAGUUAGUAGGAGACAAAAUGGAGAUGGGGUAAAAUAGUGUGUUUAUAGUGUGAAUUAGCCCUUUGGCUUCUCAGGAGAAUGUAGUUAGAAUGUGGUUAGGAGGAGAGUGAAGUUUUGAGAAAUAGUCUGUCGUUCGUAAAAGUACACUGUAGGCAACAAAACCACUUCACAAUUUAGUAGAGAUGCUUGCUCCCCAGCAGCCUGAAGCCUGGCAUCCAAUGGUAAGGUAGAGGUGGAGAUAUGCUUUCACCUAGUUCCCUACAAGUUCAUACCAGAGUUUGGUGCAGUGAUUGGUUAAGAGCUCCAAGUUAUCUCUGCUAAUCACUGACUGUUACCCCUAGUAAAGUGGGAAGUGGAGCAGAGCUCAGCCUCUUCCAUAUCAUCAUUGGAGGCCGUGUUUUAAACUGCCGGGGACUGAGAAUCUCUAUUUAGCAGUGAGUGUUUGACCUGGCACCCAUGUACUCAAGGGCACCUUGAUCACUUUAAUUGGAUGAAGUGGUUAUGGAUCAUACAAUGUUUCCAGCUUGUUCACAUGGAUGACAUCUGCUGAUCUGCUAAACUAGAUUACCUGAAGUCACAGUGGGUAUUUUAACCCUCUUUCCUAAUUAUUUUCUCUUUUUAAAAGAAAUGACAGCAGAGUAUGCUUGUACAAGGAAGCAAUUCAAUAAGAAACUGGGGGAUUUUGAAUUAAUUCAGGUACGUUAAAGUAUUUACUUUUUGUUCAAAUUAACAUUUCUUGUUUAGAAUAAUGUUUAUUUAGGUUGUGAAGCGUAUGUCAGUAAUGAAAAAAUAUAUAUAUAAAUUUCAUAAAGAAGAAAUAUUAGUAAUGUCCACAAGGUAAAACUAGUAGCAUACAAUGGCAUAUUAUAGGCAAAGAUUGGUAGGAGAAUUCAAUUACUUCAAUUACUUUAUUAGGACGUAUGUGGGAAUAAUGAGAUCAGAUUGGCUGGGUCAAGAAGGAUUGGUAAAGAUUCCUGAUUCCUCUCCUGCAACUGUCAAAAAACAAAACACAAACAAACCACUAGGCCCUCAGUGACUACUUUUCUAGCAACCUACUUUUCUACCCUUAACCUCUGUGUCACUAUGCCCCACUACUCUAGCAUCUAAGCUCACUGAGCAGGGCCUUAUCCCCUCUGUGCAUCCAGCUUAUCUGGUUACAAUUACAUGUCUGUUAGUCCACCUAUUGUUCAGCACUACGGAAUUUGUUGGCGCUUUAUAAAUUGUGACGGUUGUCACCAUCACCUAGAGUUUCAUAUGUAAACUUUAUGUAGGACCCUGGACUACUCUAAUGUCUAAGUCAUCCUGUGUCCAUUAUAGGUGCAGUGUGUGUGUAUUGUUUUAUUGUUAGAUGAUUUGUGUGCUCUCCUGUCCUGCUGGUACUUGCUAUUAACUCCCAUGCCUCACCCUUCUGUCAGUCCUUACAUUGGCUUCCUAUAAAAUAUAGAGUUCAAUUUAAAAUUCUGGUUCUUGCUUUCAAAUCUCUACAUAAUGCUGCUCCCACCUAUCUAUUCUCCCUUAUACACAAGUAUGUCCCGUCUAGGCCCUUACAAUCUGCUGAAGACUUACGUCUAUUAUCUGUCCGUACUCCCACCUCUGAUGCUCGCCUUCAAGAUUUUUUGAGGGCUGCACCGUUCCUGUGGAAAUCGCUUCCAUCCUCCGUUAGAUGCUCACCCAGUCUCCACUCCUUCAAAAAAUCGUUAAAAACCCACUUCUUCAUAAAAGCGUAUCAAUUAAACUGUUAAUAGUUCCUGACUGAUUCCUCUUCUGCAACUGUCACUAGUCUAAAACUAUCCUUACCUUUUUGUGUCAUUUUACCACACUCCCUCUAGCAUGUAAGCUCAUUGAGCAGAGCCCUCAACCCCUCUGUUCCUGUGUGUCCAACUUGUCUGGUUACAACUACAUGUCUGUUCGUCCACCCAUUGUAAAGCACUGCGGAAUUUGACGGCACUCUAUAAAUAUCAUAAUAAUAAUUAUAAUAAAUUUGGUUGUGGAGUGCGGCCUGUACAGUGCCACAUGUUGGUAGCAACAGCAAUAUGUACUAUCUGAAUAGCAAGGCUUGUUAAAGGGAAACUAUAGUGCCAGAAAAAAAAAACUUGUUUUCCUGAUACUGUAGCUUCCCCUUCUGUCAAGGCCCCCUCCCACGGCGCUGAAGCUGAUAAUAACCCUUUCAGUCACUUACCUGGGUCCAGCUCCGAUGCUGCUGAUGCCGCACGGCUGCCGGCUGGGGAGACCUAAUGCGCAUGCCAUGCUCGCGUUAGGAUCUCCCCGUAGGAAAGCAUUAUUCUUUCCUAUGGGGAUUCUGGUAACGCUUGAAGUCCUCACACAUAAUGUGAGGACGUCCAGCGUCGUUUAGACAACCUAAAGUUGUCUAAGAACCCAGAAGUCCCUCUAGUGGCUGUCUGGUAGACAUAUAAAAACUGCAAUGAUUACAUGCUCAGGGUUAAGGGUGAUGGGAGUUGGCACCCAAACCACUUCAACAGACUGAAGUGGUCUGGGUGUCUAGAGUGUCCCUUUAAUUGGCAUGUUCAGGUAGAUUUCCAUAUUACAGUUUAUGCAGGCAGGAGAGAUAUUUCAUGGUUGUUUUUGUCUUCACCGCCCCUCUAUUUAUAUGUUUGUUUUAUUAUGCGUGCCUGUAGGUUUCUUUGUAUUAUUUGGUUUAAUGCAUUUAAUUAAGUGUGUCACCAUAAGCUUUAUGUAAUGAUCAUAUGGGCUAGUCCCAAGUUAAAAAAAAAAAAAAGAAGCUUUGUCUGUUUGUUCUAUUUGGAACUGUGUGUCCUGUAUGGAUUUUUAGGGACUCCAGACACAGAGUUGUCAUACCUGUUGGCUGGCUCCUCAAUCCCUCUAACCCUGGACAAAUCAAAGAGCCGCAAGUGUCUUUAUAAAGACAAGAUUGCAGGCAGAGGUGCAUACCAGCCUGGAAGAAGGGCUGCAGAGGAACAGGCAGAGGUGACGAUCUCGUCUGGAAGGAGGGCUGCAGCCUGGUCAAGUGGAAAAGCUCCAGAGAGACCCCAGUCAAGCCCCGGCGACUGGAAUUAAAGUGCUCCAGGCUCCUUCCCCAAAGGCUAGGAAGUGGAUUGGGUGGAGGUACUCUGUCAGGGUAUAGGAGCUCAGUUACAUAAAUGAUAAUAUUAACACCAAAAAAGUAGUUCUCCCAGUAAUGGGACCUGCAGGUAGUCUGGCCUAAGAUUUGUGCCUUGUUCCAGCUUGGAGUCUUUCCAUGUCCAUUUGACAACUGGUGGUAGUUGGUAUUAAAAUUCAGCUGAUCCUUCUGACACACACUAAACGCGUUUUGCCUGUCUGGCUUUAACAAUAGUAGCAAGCGUGGUCCGCUUUCAUAAUCCUAUUUAAACCACCUGCCUUAGCCUAUUUGUGGGCAAGGUUUUGCCUACUUAGUUUAGUGGGUGGAGAGGGAAGGGUUUCUCCGAUCGGUUUUGGCCGUUUCCACCGAUUUCCCCAUGUGUUAGAGCAGCACAGGCAUGCAUGCUGCCGUGUCCUAAGUAGGCCAGCAGGGGGAAUACCUUCAUCUCUAUUUCCUUUAUUUAACCGAACAUGCUUUCGUGUAGUCAUGCUCAGAGUACUGACUUCAGUGGAAAAUUAUUAUUCAGGCACCAAACUGUUGUCACUUUCUGAUACCACAAGGGAACAUAAAGAAUAUUAUAAUCUGAGGGAGCACAUAAUAAAGGGGAAAAGAGUAAUCAUUGCACAGAGAUGCUCUUGGGACUUUGCUUAAGAAUAAACAUAAGGAAGUAUAAGCAUACAAAAUAAUAAUAAUGAAUCAAAAUAAGGAAAGGUAAGUAAACAUAAAAAAAUUAAAUGAAUAGAGAAUAUAAAAUAAGAAACAAAAAUAAGAUUAAAAAUAAAUAUAAGGGGGACGGAGCUUGACCGCCAAGCACAGUAGUCUCAAUCACGCGGAGGUCCGAGCAAGCGACUGGAUAUAAGCCUUUAAUUUGGUCAUAUUGCUGAUUUGACCAUACUUACCCACACCACAGUGCUCUUGGUGGGAGCGGAGCUGGGGUAUGGAGACUUUACAGACGACAUGGUUGAUGCGUGGUCCGGUUUCCCAGUUUCAAAGUCCACGCAGUUCCUCACUUUCCCCCUCCCUCCCGGUCCACCACAGCACUAUCCAGGCCUGGCACCACACAAACAGCCUCCAGUGAAUGGGCCCAGACACGUAAGUCUAACGCAGCCUAAGAUGGCGGCUCUGUGCACAAAGGUGGCCCCCGUCCACCACGCUGAACCCACAAACCACUGUAGCACAAACCACUUGGAUUGCCAACACACUUUUUAAACAGCAUUGUGCAGAAACUGGCAGAAGGCAGUGGAAGGGAAGCAGCGCCAUAGCGGUCUAAUCCUCAGACUCACCCUGAAAGACUGUACCUGACUGGAUCCCAUCAGACCCGGAUCUGACUGGGUCCCAUCAGAAACAAGGCAAGCGGGGGAGAUGACCUCCUGACUCGAGGUGGAAAAGAGGCGGGUGUCAAACAACCGGCGGUGACAGCAAGACAGGGCUGCGGCAGUGAGCGGCUCCUCUUAGAAGGCGCCUAAAAGUCCACAUACUCAAUCAAGUUAAGAGAGCAGGCUGACGGGAAUCGAUGGCAGUCUUGCGGCCUGGCGACACCCUAUAUGGGCUCCCUCUUAGCCCACACCUCGGACUCACUCAUCCUGCCCAUAACACUGGCAUGGGGUGAGGAGCCCACACUGCUCUUGGGUCACUUUGUACCCUAAAGUAACUUGCAUUUAUAUGUGUUGCACUGCGUGAGGCAAAUGGUGGUCACACUAGAUACUGACUGGUUUCCGCCCCCUCCCCCCCCCCCGAGCCCACCAAUACAGUAAAACUGCACAUUUUAGAGUGGCCUUUUAUUAUGGCCAGCCUAAGGCACACCUUUGCAACAAUCAUGUUGUCUAAUCAGCAUCUUGAUAUGCCACACCUGUGAGGUGGAUGGAUUAUCUUGGCAAAGGAAAUUGCUCACUAACACAGAUUUAGACAAAAUUGUGAACUGUUUACCUCUUGAUAAUCUGAUAUCUUAUGAAACACUCUGCAGAUGCACAGCCAGAUCCUCUGGAUUCAUACCUCCUUGUCUUAGAUUUGUCCUUACCAUCCUUCUUAUGUCCUUAACUUGGAGACCGAGUUGGUAGAGUACAGGUGACAUUAAAGGACCACUAUAGUGCCCUGAGGGUGCCCCCACCCUCAGGGACCCCCUCCCGCCCGGCUCUGGAAGGGGGAAAGGGGGAAAAACUUACCUUUUUCCAGCGCUGGGCGGGGAGCUCUCCUCCUCCGAUCCUCCUCCUCUCCGCCCAUUCGGCUGAAUGCACACACGUGGCAAGCGCUGCGCGCGCAUUCAGCUGGUCGCAUAGGAAAGCAUUUACAAUGCUUUCCUAUGGACGCUGGCGUCCUCUCACUGUGAAAAUCACAGUGAGACAGCCGCUUGAGGCUUUGGGGGAAGGCUUAACCCAUUUAUAAACAUAGCAGUUUCUCUGAAACUGCUAUGUUUAUAAAAUAAUGGGUUAACCCUAGCUGGACCAGGCACCCAGACCACUUCAUUAAGCUGAAGUGGUCUGGGUGCCUAGAGUGGUCCUUUAAGCACUCUACUGAAAGAAAACUUUUAAAAACAUUUGUCCAGAUUGUAUUUGUACCCUGCUAGGUUACACCACAUACAUUCAUCUCAAUUGCCCAUGUAGUGGACCUGUCCACUGGUAAAGCAACUUUAUGCAUGAAUAUUUCAGAAAGUUGGUGUGACUUUUGAAGUUUACCACCUGGACAGCUUUGUGCCUUCGCCUAUAAUCAUGGGUAUCACCAAAAACUGGAAAUCCUCCCUCCAGACUUUUUCACAAGUGACGCACAAAGUAAUCUAUGUUCUUAAUAUGGACAAAAUGACUGUGUCCUUGUGGGCAUGUCAGUCCACCUGUACAAAAUUUGGACUCCUUUGAGACCCAGAACCACUUCUCUUGUUUUAGCCAGUCCUCUACUGCUCCCCUUUUCUCUCUCUCUCUCUCUUUUUCCCCAUCCAUAUUUUGCAUCUCUUAUAUCCUUCUUCCUCCUUUUUAUUCCAUCCCCCUUCUUUCUUUUCUCUUUAGAAUUGAAUGGUUAUUUAACCUUAUAAUUAAAAGCAUUCUCUGUUGUGCUUGGAUUGUUCUGAUGUAGUAUGUUGGUUCCCCUCUUGAUUUGUUUUAUGUCUCAGAGUGUAAUGUUCACUCUUAUUGCUUUUGAUCUCCUCCUUUUAUGGAACAAAAUGCAUAACUGGGUUACUUUACUACUAUUAAUUUCCAUAUACAUCAUCAAUGAAUAAUUUAGUAUAAUAAUAAUUUAGUAUUUUAGUGUAAUUUACUCAAAGGGUCUAAGCACCAUAACCACUACAGCUAUGGUGCCAGGAACAUCCUGGCACUGUUCCAUGGUAAGCAGUCACAUAAGUUUAAAACAUUUGUUACUUAGCUGCAUGCCUUGGGUGCCUUAACUCAGAUUAUUCUUCAGAUGUAUGUAAAGAUAUAUUUAGGCCCUGUUUAGAGAGACCUUAGAUAAUCAUCUGACACAAUCAAUCUAUGAAUAUAGUCAAAACAUCAUUAAUUUAAAUAUGUGUAAUUUUGUGUAUCAGUGUGCAUUAUUUAGAUCUUGGGAAGCAUUUGCUUUGGGCAAAGUAAUAAUAAGAAAUAAUUUUUAUUCAAUUAUCCUAGAGUUCCCAAAUGCAAAGCAAAUGGUGUGCUUCAGGCCCAGUAUAUUUUUCCUGUCUGAUAUUUAAAUACAAGUUGAUUGUUUUAGCCAAUGUGAAUCCUUUUCUUUAACAGGAGAAGUUUGCUCUGAUGGCACAGAAAGUUUUUGUAAUGGAAAGUAUGGCAUAUCUGACAGCCGGGAUGAUGGAUAGACCUGGGCUGCCAGAUUGUUCUGUAGAAGCAGCCAUGGUUAAGGUAAGAAACCAAUAAAAUAUCUGCAUUUUUUAUAAAUAUAUUACAGUAUACAACUUAGCUAUUGCUUAUUGUACACAGCUAAUUGUAUUGGGAUCAUAUUUGACCAGUUUACGGAGUCCACCUUAUAGUUUUAAUAUUCUAAUAUAUAAUUUAUUUAUUUUUUGCUACCUAUACAUUUUCUCUGGUCUUGCUUUUUGUGACAGGUGUGCAUUGUUUAUUAAAUUAACCAAGCCUGCUUUAGUAUAUUGUGCUGAUGUGUCCAUGGUGAUAUAUACUGGUGUGAUGCACCUUUGGUUUGAGUUGGGUCAGUGGCGGAUCUAGAGCCUGAUCUUGGGAGGGGCUCUCGUAGAUUAUUUAAAGAAAUAAUCUAAAUACAAAAAAGAGCAACAAAAGGUUAGGUCAUGGAUACACAAGUAUAAAGUAUUCCAAAUCUAACCUUUAGUUAAGGCAACCCUAGUUAACUAAUCUUAGUAAAACAUAACUUUUAAUAAAUUACUCAGUAAAGGGGAGAGGCGAUCAGGACCAUAUGAUACUUGCUGAAGUAGUUGUAGUACCUACGGUAUGGGGAUAGUCAUAAGAAAAUAAUCUAAAGUCGAAUUUUACCAAAUAGUAAAUAAAUAUGUCCCCAACUCCCAUCACCCAGUGCCAAACAAGCGUUGAUCCCCCUUUCCCCUAAUACUAGAAAUAUAGCCGAAGUAAAAUCACUGUUGGCUAAGUAUCCAUAUUGGAAACGAAAAAAUAAAAUAAAAUCAGUAACUAGGUGGCUAAUCUGAGAGAGUCAAGCUGCAGCAUCGUCCCUAUUGAUCUCCGCUACCCACUGCUCUAAAUUCCCAACGCGCGUUUUGCCGACUACCGGCUCUUCCAAGGAAACCGGGUGAGAGUCAAUUGAUAGUUUAAAUAUCCCGCCCUCCGCUCUGGUUGGAUAGUAGUUCCACCAAUAAGAUUAGAGGGCUGACAAAAAAAGUUUCAGUUCACAUAUUAACCCUGAAAUAAUCUAAAACCUGUAUCAAUUAAGUGGUAGAUAACUUUGUAUACUAAUUGGGAUUUAAGUAAGUAUUGUACCAAGAUGUGGAUUAGACAUAAAGUUCCUACAGUAUUGAAAAAAGUCCAGAGGUGCUGAAAGGGAUUAAUCUUCCCAAGUUCAUAAAUGCACCCCUAAUUUUGUACCGUCUCUAGUGGCCAUAUGUGCUACAGUACAUUUUUAUUCAACAUGUUACCGAACUACAGUCACUAUAAUUUUAUUAAUCCAGUGGUUACUGAGGUUCUCAUACUGGGGUUUUACCCAGCCGAGGAAUAAUAUGAAAAUCAUGAAAAAAUGAUCGUAGUUGGUAUCAAAUUGUAUCUAUUCCUAAGUUUCAAAUUCUCCAACCUAAAGGUAAUAGCUACAAAAAAGAUUCACUUUCAUGAUAAGUUAAUAUGGAUAGAAGUCUUGCUUAAAUGAAGCCAAAAGGUAAAAUAAACAAGUAAAUAAAUAGAAAAAUAAUAAUAAAUUAACAAAAAAAAAACAAUAAAUGAAAAAUUAACUAAAUAAAGUUAAAUUAGAUUACAAUUAAAAUCAAAAGUACCCCAUGAUGUAUUAGUAGAGGGGUGCUUUUGGUUCAAUUGAUGUCAUGUUACUAAUUUUGUUUUAAACCGUAUUUACAGAUGAAAUAAAUGUUGAAACAUAAAUAAAAUAAUAUGAUAAUUAAUGGUAGAGUUAAUGAGCCUCAUUUUGGAUCAAAAGUAUGAAGUGGUGUUAUGAACCAUAACCACUGUAUAUAAAGAUGAAUUAUUCAUUAAAGGACCACUCUAGGCACCCAGACCACUUCAGCUUAAUGAAGUGGUCUGGGUGCCAGGUCAAGCUAGGAUUGACCCAUUUUUUUUAUAAACAUAGCAGCUUCAGAGAAACUGCUAUGUUUAUGUUAGGGUUAAUCCAUCCUCCAAUUCCUCUAGUGGCUGUCUCAUUGACAGCCGCUAGAGGCGCUUGUGUGAUUCUCACUGUGAAAAUCACAGUGAGAACACGCAAGCGUCCUCAGGAAAGCAUUAUGAAUGCUUUCCUUUGAGACCAGCUGAAUGCGCGCGCAGCUCUUGGGAGGAGAGGAGGCGGAAAGGAGGAGGAGAGCUAAAAUGGGUCGCAAGAGUAUUCUGAGAACGGACAGCAGCUAAAAUAGCCUGCCCUUCGGUGGGUCCCCGCUCAGAACUCAAGCUGCUUUUAGCUCAUCUUGUGCCAUUACAGAGAGAAAAUAUCUGAAGCAUAUGAGACUGGUCCCACCCAUACGGGCAGUCCAGAUCCGAAAUGCCAGCAAGUUCUCUCUGCACGAGAGAUACAGCAACCCCAGACGAUCGUUUCAGCCUUGUUAGGCAUCAUCAGUGAGGCAUAGCUGAUAUCUCUCUACGCACCGUGAGCAAGGGGUCCACGUCUGGAUUACCCUUUAAACUAAUGAAGAGCAAAAGUGGGUUGUAAGAGUAUUCUGAGAACAGACAGCAGCUAAAAUAGCCUGCCCUUCGGUGGGUCCCCGCUCAGAACUCAAGCUGGUUUUAGCUCAUCUUGUGCCAUUACAGAGAGAACAUAUCUGAAGCAUAUCAGACUGGUCCCACCCAUACGGGCAGUCCAGAUCCGAAAUGCCAGCAAGUUCUCUCUGCACGAGAGAUACAGCAACCCCAGACGAUCGUUUCAGCCUUGUUAGGCAUCAUCAGUGAGGCAUAGCUGAUAUCUCUCUAGGCACCGUGAGCAAGAGAGCUCCCCGCCCGGCGCUGGAAAAAAGGUAAGUUUAAUCCCUUCCUCUCCCCAGAGCCUGGCGGGAGGGGGUCCCUGAGGGUGGGGGCACCUUCAGGGCACUAUAGUGCCAGGAAAACGAGUAUGUUUUCCUGGCACUAUAGUGGUCCUUUAAAUCAAAUUUAAUUAUUGAUGUUUGUUUUUAUAUUUAUUUCCACACCUCCCCCUCCCCCCCCGGACCUUUUUCCCCCCACCCCCAUGUAGAAGAGAUGGCAUUCAGAGAUCUUGUCCAAAUAAUUAAAUAAAAUUUGGGCCAUAGUAGUCAGGAUAUUGCAUCCAAAGUGGAAUAAAAAGAAGCUAAUGUUUAUAGUGUAUUGUUAAAUGGAAUGCCAGUUCUAUCUCCUCAUACAAUAAUAUUUUAAUAAGUUCCUACAUUUUGUGGUGCUGGGGUAGCUGCAGGUUGGGUAGUUGCUGGAGCCUUUUUUGGGCUGUUUUGAACAGAAUUCAAGCAUUAAGGGUUAUCUGCCUUUUGUUUUUUGUGCCUCAUACUUUGCUACUAACUAUCAAAACUACUUGGAGGAAAACAAAGUAAGGGGAAUAGAGAUGGUUGUGUCACAUGCUUCCUGUCGUGCCUCCCAUAGUACGGAGUAAUGAUUCGCAGAAAAAUCAUUGCUUCGCUCUGAUUGGUUGUUUGCUGAUUUCAUGGCAGAUUAUGGGGUUAACGGCAGAAGAUCUGUUAGGCCAAAGAAAAUAAAAAGCUAUUUACUUUAAAAGAAGAAAAAAUAUUUAAUAGAAGCAAAAAUUCAAGGAACAAUCUAAAUACCAAAACAACUUUAGCUCGAUUCUCUGCCAUUCACUUUGCCUUGGAUGAGACGAACACAGCCUCUCUACACACUUCCUAAAAAAAGAAGUGUAAUUAUUCAAGACAUUCUGCUUUUCUUAUUGACAGUAUGUUUAUAAUGUAUAUCCUGACAGUAUGUUUAUAAUGUAUGUCCUGCCCUGUUAAUUGCUUGUUGGAGCCUGUAGGGGGCUCCUAUGUGUGAUUAAAGUUAUAUUAACAGAGCAGCAGUAAACACUCUGUGCUAAAAAAUUUAACCAUUUUCUUCUUCUUCUAAACAAAUAAAAGUAGUUUAACUUCUAAAUGACAGAGGGAUUGAGCAUUGAGACUGUAUUGGCAGUAGUAGAAGGGCUACUAAACUGGUUCAUGGAUUGCGGGAUAAAACUUACCAGGAAAGGGGGGGGCGUGGCUAACCGCCGAGAGAAAUGGACGUGUGAUCCUUUCGCUCCGGCAUCACGGGUCGCAAUCUGAUCCCAUCCAGCGCAACACGGCGGUAAAACUGCACGAAAACGAGAGAUGGCACAGCAGAGGGGCAAGAAGAAUGCACUAAAAGCGGACAAAAUCAACUUCUUUGGAGGCAAACAGCACCAGGAGCCGGAGGAGGCUCUGGCCUGGUCGCAAGAUGGCGGCCCCACUAAUGACAGCCCGGAGCACACAGCGACAAUGCAGGAGGGGGAGUCUGAUAAGCUCACCAAGAGCUACUUGCAACAAGCUCUGGACACCCUGUCAAACAAGUUGAUUGCAUCAUGGCAACACACGGCGGACUCGCUGAGGAAGGACAUGCAAGAAUUGGGCAAGGGCACCUCCCACAAGGAGAACAAGAUGGCAGAAUUUGCCACAGCCCACAAUGACAUCGCCUCUCAUGUGGAACAACUAGAACAAAAAUUACUGGCAACAGAAAAUAAAAUAACCGACCUGGAGGAUCGCGCACGCAGGAAUAACCUGCGCAUCAGAGGAAUCCCGGAAGAUGUUGUGCCGGAGAACCUGCAGGCAUAUGUCAGAGGUGUGUUUAACGCAUAUGCUCCAGACAUACCUACCGACAUGUUACUCGUGGACCGAGUACACCGUCUGCCUAGACCAAGGUUCCUACCAGAAACUGCACCGCGGGAUGUGCUGCUGCGCAUGCAUUAUUACCAUGUUAAAGAAAUUAUACUAAAGUCAAGCAGGAAUAAAGCGACACCACUGGAAGGUUAUCCAAACCUGCUGAUCUUUGCUGAUCUCUCGGCGUCCACUCUCCGCAGAAGGAAAGAGUUUGCUCCAGUCGCCAACUCCGUACGAGCUCACGGCCUUAGAUUUAGAUGGGGCUUUCCCACCAAAAUGUUGGUGACGAAAGACAACACCACCCAAGUCAUCACAUCACCUGAAGAUGGACUUCGCAAGCUACAGGCCUGGGGAUUUAUGGACCAAAGACCGGAGCAUCACACUCCACCUACCAGGCGCAUCCCACUGGACUGGCACAAAAUAUGAACUGCUGAACAUCCGCAAGUAUAAAUCUGUUUAGAAAUGUGUGCUUGCAAUAAGGACAAGGACUGAGGAAAAGUUAGAAAAAUGUUUUAUAAAAAAAGAGGAAAAAGAGAGAAAAAGGAAAAAGAGAAAAGAAAAAAAAGGUUUUUUUCAGGUUCAUAUAGGAUUGGUUAUACCAUAUUAGGCCACAUGGUUCUCUAAAGCUACUCAAACCGGAGGGCAAUAACUCUCCAAACACUUAAUGGAGGUCUGGAGAUGAACAAAUCUCCCCUAGCAGCCGGUGGCUUACGGGAAAGGCAAAGUUCUGCAGAGAGCAUGCCUAUAGUUUUAUUUAAAAAAAAAAAAAAAAAAAAAGGUUUUUGUCAGGUUCAUAUAGGAUUGGUUAUACCAUAUUAAGCCACAUGGUUCCCUAAGGCUACUUAAACCGGAGGGCAAUAACUUCCCAAACACUUAAUGGAGGUCUGGAGAUGAACAAAUCUCCCCUAGCAGCCGGUAGCUUAUGGGAAAGGCAAUGUUCUGCAGAGAGCUUGCCUAUAGUUUUGAUUUAUUUAUUCAUUUAUUUAUUUUUUGAAAGAGAAGGAAAAAAAAAAAAAAAAAAUGAAUGAUAUAACACAAGUUCAGAAUGUAAUUACUAGAUACCUGUUACCUUCCGGCUACUGGGAGCAAGACGCUGCCUUACUGGACGCGCUCACCAGCUGUAGAUUAAGGUGAAUUUAUGUUGUGUAUCUAUAUAAGUAUGUGAACCUACGAAUGGUCAUAACAAAAUUUUUUUUUUUUUUUUUCCUCUUAGUCCUACUACCAUUUACCCUCUUUCUUUGUACAGCAGUACACAUACCCAAAGAACCUAUAAGACUCUUAUUACUCAGUACUUAGUACUUGAUACAUGGGUGACCUAAUACGACCGACCGUCCCCAAAGACUAGGAGACAGCGGAAGACCCAUAGCCACGACACGGAGUUUCCACCCCCAUGGUACUCAUCACCAGUACCGAGACUCAUACAUGUAAAUACUUUGUUUUUGUUAUUACCCGGUUAACAUCUCCCCUCUUCCUUGACCCUAGUCCCGCAUGGGUGAGAAAGCCCAAGCUAUUGCCCACACCAGCUAUGAUCGAGAUCGCCCCCACAGGGGCAUCCUUGCCCGAUAUAAGCACAAUCGACAUACCCAUACGAAGGGAAGAUAGAAUAAGAAGUAAACUGCAAAUUCAGCAACGAAUCCACAUAACAUCAUAUUAUGAAAAUACACUCACAUAAUGUACGAGGGCUGAACACCCCUCAUAAACGUAGAGUUUUAUUAGAGGAAGCAAAGAAAGCUAAGAUAGACAUUAUGUGCCUUCAGGAAACGCACUUUGUGCGUGGGAGGAUACCAGAAUUUGGGAAACAGGACUAUCCGACGCAGUAUCACACGACUUACUCUUCCAAAACUAGAGGAGUGUCCUUCCUGUUUCACAAAUCGCUCACUUUUGAACUGCUAAACGUCAAAACAGACGCACAAGGCCGAUACUUAAUAAUCCACUGUCAAAUUAACAGAGCCAUAUAUACCUUGGUAGGCAUAUACAGCCCAAACUCCAACCAACGCAAUUUUUUGCAUAGAGUACUGAGCAAACUACCCCAAGGGCACAAAGCUGGCAUCAUAAUAUGUGGUGACAUGAACCACAUUCUCCAGCCGACUAUGGACACGACAGUGUCUCCCUCUACUCCUAGACAUAGAUCCUUAAUACCACAAUGCAAAGCCAUCACUAAGCUAUUACUUGACCAUAACUUAUAUGACAUAUGGCGAACGAAACACCCGAAUGAUAAAAAUUACACUUUCCAUUCCAAAGUGCAUGGAACCCACUCCAGAAUAGACUUCAUACUGGUGUCAAGAGAUUUGGUACCCUCCGCAGUACAGAGUAGCAUAGGGGACAUAGUGUGGUCAGACCACGCUCCAGUGACCCUCAUAACCCAGGACACUUACAAACAUAGAGGGAAAGCCCCGUGGCGACUGAACGACACCCUCCUAUAUAACGAUACUUUUAAAAAGGAAUUGGAAACUGAAAUAGAUAAAUAUUUCCAACUUAACAAUCAACCUGACAUAUUACCUACCACCUCUUGGCAGGCUCAUAAAGCAGUCAUUAGAGGUCAGCUCAUCAGCAGAGCGUCCUUUCUAAAUAGGACUUCUCAACAAGCGCGUCUUACCCUACUGACCAAACUGCGUGACUUAAACGCAGCCCAAUUCCUACACCCCACUCUUGGCCUUCACAUUGAAAUAGAACAAAUCACUAAACAACUAAAUGAUCUCUUACUUCAAAAAACAGCACACACCCUACAAACACUUAAAUUGAAACAUUAUACCCAUGGGAACAGAGCGGGGAAAAAAUUAGCAUCUUUGCUGAGACAUCACCAAGCCCACUCCAAAAUCCCAUAUUUACUCACCAGCAAAGGAGGGAAAAUAUAUAACCCCCUAGACAUCAAUGAAGAAACAGCAGCCUAUUACCAAAACCUGUACAACUUAGCAAAGGACCCCCAAAUGCAUCAGCCAACACAAGUUGAAAUUAAUAACUUUCUCUCGCAGAUGAAAUUGACAAAAUUAACACAACAACAGCAAGAAUCCCUGAUAGAACCGAUUACACUGAAAGAACUACAGCAAACUAUCCGUACACUCCCUUCAGGGAAAUCACCUGGCCCAGACGGCUUCACGAACACUUACUACAAAGUCUUUUCGAGCAUCCUGAGCCCCCAUCUAGUACAUACACUGAACCAUAUUGUACACACAGGGAAGAUGCCCUCAGAAAUGCUAUUAGCGCACAUAGCCACGCUACCAAAGCCAGGGAAACCACCUACGCAACCAAAAAACUUAAGGCCUAUCUCACUGUUAAACACAGAUACAAAACUCUUAGCUAAAAUAUACGCCAAUCGUGUAGCGGCCCUUGUCCCUUUUAUUACGCACCCGGAUCAAGUGGGAUUUGUGAAGGGGCGUCAGGGAACUGACGGCACUAGGAAACUCCACAGCCUUCUAUACAGUGGGACGGCUCCCGGAGAGUCCAGGGUCUUUAUGUCCCUGGAUGCCGAGAAGGCGUUCGACAGACUACACUGGAACUUCCUGAGAACUGUACUACAAAAAUUUGCAUUCCCACAACAAUUCCUAUCCCUACUCUCAGCACUGUACUCCACACCAUCGGCACAAGUAGCUAAUGGCGGGUUUGUAUCCAAGCCGUUCCUUAUCACAAAUGGAACGAGACAAGGAUGCCCGCUCUCCCCAGCCCUAUACAUCCUUGCGCUAGAGCCAUUGGCCCAGGCGAUACGGGAUAACAGCCAAAUCCGAGGUGUGGAAAUUAAACGUAAAACAUACAAAUUAACGAUGUUUGCGGAUGACGUUAUGCUCUCCUUGUCUGACCCACUCACCUCUAUCUCAGAACUCCAGACUCUGUUACAGCAGUAUAGCAACUGCUCGUAUUACAAAUUGAAUAGUUCUAAAACACAGGCAAUGAGUCUACAUACGCCCGCGGCGCUAUAUAAAGUCUUGCAACAGAAAUACCAUUAUGAAUGGAGACAAGACCACUUAACUUUCUUAGGCAUAAAAUUUACGAAACUAGAGAGGAACUUACAUCGGGAGAAUUAUGGCAAACUCCUUACAUCAAUAAAACAGCAGCUAACAGAUUGGAAAGGGAAAUACAUAUCAUGGAUGGGUAGGAUAGCUGCAGUCAAAAUGAAAAUCCUCCCGAGACUGCAAUACCUGUUCCGUACAUUACAAAUUAGGCUCUCAAAAAAAUUUCUUCAUGACGCACAACAAUUGAUUAACACCUUUGUCUGGUCCCACAAGAAACCCAGAAUAGCGGCAAACAUCAUGUAUCGCACAUAUAAGGGAGGGGGCAUGGGAUUACCACAUUUAGCCACGUACUACAGAUCAGCUAUACUUGCACCGCUGGUCAACGAAUUACACCAACAUGACAAACCAUCCCCUUGGGUAAUCGUAGAAGCAGAGCUCACUGGGGGACAACACAUAACGCACAUGGCCUGGACUCCACCACAGCUCAGGAAAAAAUAUAACAAUAUGUCACCACUCACGGCCACAACAUUACGAGAAUGGGACAGAUUUCAUAAAGAACAGGGACUCGAUAGGGAGCUCUCCCCAGUCUUACUCCUGGAUUCCUUUUAUGGACUAAUACCCUCAUUAAACAUGGCGUCCUGGAGCAGUAGGGGUCUGAUAUACUUACAUCAGCUGUUUGAUCAGGGAGAGGUCAUCCCCUUCAGACAACUGCAAAAUACAUACCACUUACCCAACGCAGCAGCAUUUGCGCACAGACAGAUACACUCAUGGUUGCAGAAAAAUAAAAAGGUACUUCCUGCAGGAGACAGAUGGGGCACUUUCACUGAAUUAGAAAGCCUUUGCACACAAACAAAAAGACCACUUAAGCUAAUCUCCACACUGUACAAUCACCAUCAUCGAGCACUAGACCCACAUGCAUUACAGUUUGUAAAAGCAUGGGAAGCGGAACUAGGAAGACAGUUAACAAAAGAGCAGUGGUCAUAUAUACUUUAUGAGAAUAAGAAACUCACACUCAGCACAGCCCAUCUAGAACUAGCCAGGAAAGUAUUAUACCGCUGGUAUUUAGUACCAACCCGUCUAAAACAUAUGAUACCUAAGAGCACAGGACUGUGCUGGAGAUGCAACAAAGCCCAGGGCACCAUGCUACACAUAUGGUGGGACUGCCUGGUCCUGACACCACUGUGGACGGACACACAGGCUCUAAUUAAAAAUACUACAGGUGUAGCUCUCGCACAUACUCCUGAGCAUUUUCUUCUACAGUAUAUGCCUCCACACCACACAAAAACAUCUCGAUAUUUAAUGUACCACAUUAUCUUGGCAGUUCUGCUGCAGAUCAGCAAACACUGGCAAAAGCAGACGACCCCCAGCAUACAGAGUUGCAUAACACACAUUGAAACCAUAAAGGGGUACGAGAUAAUGGCCAGAUCCAAUACUCCACCACAAAAAUUCUGGAAGGAGGCGUGGGAAAAAUGGGACACAUAUCAACAAAAAACGGUGAAACCUUAAACACUCUACACACCUUUUACGCUGUAAUCCAUAGAACGACGCUUUAGAGAAAGGAAAAGCGUACUCCUUCUCAGCACUGCAUCUUUGAAUACAAGGAAGCCCACACACCACCUCUUCCUACUUAAAGCUGGGUGAAUACUCUGACACAAUUCUUAGGGCCGAAGAACCGGCCUAUAUACUGGGCUAGACUGAGGGACCAACACCGCCCCCCCCCCCUCCUCUACCUCCCCCUCUUUCCCUGCAUUAUACCCAGGUUCUGCCCCCAAGUUCGUAAAUCUUUUCUCUUUCAUCGGAAAAGUAGUUGAGCACCAGGGAGAUGAGGGUUGCUUCACAGCUAAGUACUUACCAAGACUGGCGGAGUGGAAAGACAACUCUCACUAUCACGCCCAUUGGACAAGAAAGAAAGCAACACAAACAUGGGUACAAUAGCAAUGUCAGAAUGAGUUGUCUAUUUGUCUAUUUGUUUUAAAGGCGUAACUCUAAUGUCACUACUACAUGAAUGUUCAACACAAGUAUCAUUACUGUAUAGUUAAGUUGUUACUUUGACAAAGCAGGCUGCGCACUAUAUUGUACUCCCUCUAUGUUGUACUGUGACUGUAACCUGCAUACCCUGUAUACCUGUAAUAAGACUGUAAAUUCUAUAAAAUGCAAAUAAAAAAAAAAAAAAAAAAAAAAAAAAAAAAAAAAAAAAAAAAAAAAAACUUACCAGGAAAGGUUAAAGGAUCUUAACAUGUAUAGCCUGGAGGAAAGAUGAGACAGGGGGGAUAUGAUAGAAACAUUUAAAUACAUAAAGGAAAUCAACACAGUAAAGGAGGAGACCAUAUUUAAAAGAAGAAAAACUACCACUACAAGAAGACAUAGUCUUAAAUUAGAGGGGCAAAGGUUUAAAAAUAAUAUCAGGAAGUAUUACUUUACUGAGAGGGUAAUGGAUGCAUGGAAUAGCCUUCCAGAUGAAGUGGUAGAGGUUAACACAGUGACGACGUUUAAACAUGCGUGGGAUAGGCAUAAGGCUAUCCUAACUAUAAGAUAAGGCCAGGGACUAAUGAAAGUAUUUAGAAAAUUGGGCAGACUAGAUGGGUCGAAUGGUUCUUAUCUGCCGUCACAUUCUAUGUUUCUAUCAUAAAAACUGCUUUAUUAAGCUGACGUUGUUUUGUUACUUGGACUGUAAUGUCCAUUUAAUAGUAGCAAAACAAAUUUUACAAAGACAAAUCAUGAAUACAUUUAAUAAGAUCAUUAUUGGAUAUUGGCAUAUUAUGUGCAUAUUUUGUUUUGAAGCUUACUAAUUUUAAUAGGUCUACAAAUAUAAACCUGCUUUGUAGCUGUUCUAACAAGAGCUUUUCUUGUAGGUUUUCAGUUCAGAAAGCGCAUGGCUCUGUGUGAGCGAAGCUUUGCAGGUCCUGGGAGGUUUGGGCUACAUGAAAGAUUAUCCAUAUGAACGUUACCUCAGAGACAGCCGUAUUCUGCUUAUCUUUGAGGUAAGCACAUUUUUUUUCUGUGUUCGAAAUGCAUGUGGCCAAGGGAAGUGCCUCUUCAUCUAGAUCAAGUGAUGAGCUUUUAAUUUUCAUGAAAGUUUCCUUUUUUCCCUCUGAAUAUUUGUGACAGGCUCUUGCAAUCACAUCCUAAGACAUUGUGCUUUUAAAAAUCUUUAACAAUGUUUAUUCGCCCUUCCUUGCCUUUUACCUGUUGUCACGAAGGGAGCAUACUGGAUUCCCUGGUGGUCCAUGUGGUGCCAUGGCAAUGCUCCGGAAUGCAUGUGCAUAUUAUAAUGCAGAUUAUACACUCAGGAACUGUGUGUGUGUGAUAUAUAUAUAUCUAUAUAUCACUACUCGCUAUAUCCAUUGUGCAAAUAGACAGCCCCGCACUCCAGAUUUGUGAAAUGUACAAGAUUAUAAAGUUAUUACACUGAUUUCUCAUGCAAUGGAUUCAGAUUAAAUCAACUGUAAUAAAACAUGUCCCAGGCUUGAGUAGAACCCUCCUUUUAUUCGUUUUCAACAUAAUUUUAUUUCAAUGGGUGUGCUGUAUACAUAAAAUAUGGGAUAUGUAGUAAAUCUUUUGGCUUUACAAUUCUUUGCAACCCUCAUUCAUUUGUGAGACAGCUAAAACACAGAAACUUUGUAAUGCAUCAGUCUACCCUUUUGUUAUGCAUUAAAACCUAUCUCUUUUUUUCCAACUGAAGUGCUGUAGUUUACAAUAAUAAUAUCCCGGGAAGUACUCAGCAUGGUUAGUAAGCCUCUGGCAAACUCUCCCAUAGAAACUAUAUAGACAAACAGAAUAAUCUAGCCUGUUGCAUUUUUUUAACAUCCAAACACUAUUUGCUCUAAGAGAUGCUGGACAACAAGCACCACGUUAAGCCAUCAAGGGCUCUAAGCUUUAAGUCACCCUCCUGUUUCCUACCUUUUAAGGUGCAGGAGGGUGACUUUCCCUGGGGUCUAGUGGCUCAGGCUGAUGGGAGUCAGAGUUCCAACUCUGACUCCCUCCUCUCCUUCCUCUCGCGUGGCUCCCCGUGGAUGUUGGGAGGAGUGACCAGGGCAGUCACUUCCUCGCAGCUCAGUCUGACAUCAUCACAGGGGUCAUGCUGUUGAAGCGCCGCAGGGCUGACCGGGCCUCCUGGAUAUUCAUUGCCAUCGGGUGGCCCUAGCAGCAUGGGCCACCCGAUGGGCCCCUUGAAGUGUGGGCACCCGGUGGCCGGGCCCUCUUGAGCGACAGGCCCGAUCGCACCUGCAACCUCUGCGUUGUUUUAUCUGAAGCUUAAUCAUGUGUCUAACUUCUCCAGGUGCUUUGUGUGUUUCUUGAAAACUAUGUUUUAUGUUUCAGGGAACAAAUGAAAUUCUUCGUAUGUACAUUGCUCUGACAGGAAUGCAACAUGCAGGGAAAAUAUUGACUGGUAAAAUAAAGUAAGGAGUUUUUUGUGUUUUUUUUUGUUCUGUUUUUUUAUGUACGGAGAAAAGCCAAUUGCAAUUAGCUUCUGAUGUACAUUUCUAAACAAGUCACUCAAUUUGAAAAAUAAAACUAGAAGAGCAGAUACCAAACAUUAAAUAAAAUGUGUAUAUAUUUUCCUAUUGUGAUGCAUAUGACAGUAUUCAUAUCAAUGUGUAAUUCAGCGUGAUGACUGCACUACGCACCUUUUUGAUAGGGAAAACCAUAGAUAAUGCAAUAUUUGAGGAUUUCUGUGGUCUGAUUCAUGUUAAAACAAUAAUGUAAUUUAUAGUAAAAUCUUAUGAUCGCUAUUCAAGAAGUUCAGUAGUUACAGCAGAAUCAUUGGAAACAGAAUUAUUGAUGCACACUCAAUAUGUUACUGAGGUAGAGAGGAUUAACUACAUGUAGUAGUUAUAAUAUGGAAAUAAAUUGUUACCCUUGAGUACAUACACUGAUCAGCCACAACAUUAAAAACCACCCGCCUAAUAUCACCUUCCACAGCAGCCCUGAUGCGUCGAUGCAUGAACUCCAUAUGAUCCCUGAACUUAUCCUGUGGUAUCUGGCAUCAAGACAUUAACAACAGGUCCUUUUAAGUCCUGCAAGUUGCAAAGUGGGUCCUUCAUGUUCAUGUUAAAACAAUAAUGUAAUUUAUAGUAAAAUCUUAUGAUCGCUAAGUCUUUUAGGUCCUGCAAGUUGCAAAGUGGGUCCUUCAUGGGUCAGAUUUGUUGUUCCAGCACAUCUAACAGAUGCUCAAUCGGAUUGAAAUCUGGGGAAUUUAGCGGCAAAGGCAACACCUUGAACUCUGUCAUGUUCCUCAAACCAUUCCUGAACAAGUUUUACAGUGUGGCAGAGUACAUUGUCCUGCUGAAAUAGUCCACUGCCAUCAAAGAACACCAUUACCAUUAAGGGCUCUAGGUAGGUGGCACGUGUCAAAGUACCAUCCACAUGAAUGCCAGGACUAAAGGUUUUCCAGCAGAACAUUGCCUACAACACAACACUGCCUCUGCAGGCCUGCGGUUCAUCCUGUUGCCAAUUCUUCUCUAGGUAAAUUACGCACACGCAACCGCCAUCCACCUUAUCUAAAAGAAAACAUUAUUCAUCAAACCUGGCAACCUUCUUCCAUUGCUCCAUGGUACAGUUCUGGGCUGGGUCUUCGUGGGCACUCUGAGCGGUCUGCAGCUAUGCAGCUCCAUACACAGCAAACUGCACUGUAUGUUCUGAUACAUUUCUAUCACGGCGAGCAUUACGUUUUUCAGCAAUAUGAGCUACAGUAGCUCUUCUGUGUGUUUGGAUCAGAUGGGCUGGCAUUCGCUCCUCACAUGCAUCAAUGAGCCUUGGCCACCCAUGACCCUGAUACUGGUUCACCGGUUGUCCUUCCUUGCACCACUUUUGGUAGGUUCUAGCCACUGCAUACCAGGAACACCCCACAAGACUUGUAAUUUUAGAGUUUUUACCCAAUCGUCUAGCCAUCAAUAUUUGAGCCUUGUCAAAGUCGCUGAGAUCUUUCUGUUUGCCCAUUUUUCCUGCUUCCACCACAUGAAAUUAAAGAACUGGCUGUUCACUUGCUGCCUAAUAUAUUACACCACUUGACAGGCGCCAUUUUAACAAUAUAAUCCGUUUUAUUCACUUAACCUUUUUUAACCUGUUUUAACAUUGGCUGAUUAGUGUAUGUUAGGGGGUAGAGUAACUUGUCCAGUACAUCAUUUAACAGUCUUGAGUAUUUCCAGGGAAAUGAAGAAGGGAAACGUUGGGAUAGUUUUGGAAAUGCUUUCUAAAAAGCUUCGAGACAGCUUUGGAAGAAGUGUGAAUUUGGGAUUAACAGGAAAAGAUGGAGUUGUUCAUCCAAGUUUAGAGGUAAGGAGAUGUUUCUAUAUUAAAAGUGAACAUAAAAAAAAAAAAUCAAAAAUAUUUAUUACAGGAACAAUCUCAUCUUAAAAACAAAUAUAAUCAUUCUUAACAUUAGGGUAUUCACGUGUUUAACGAGAAAAAAGGAGGGAAGAUAAGGCGCUAAUUCCAAAUGCGGCAAAAUAUGAUCUGUUACUUGGAUACCUUAAAAAUCCAAGAGGAGCUAGGAAAAAAUGCAAAGAAAAUAGUCUCUGCCAAAUAUGAAAUACUAGAUAUUCCAAUAUAGAUAUAUAGAUGUACAAUAUUAUCAAAAAAUAUAACAAUAUUAGAGAGUCACCGCAAAAAAAAAAAUUGGGGGGAAAUAGUGCUUUUUUUGGAGGUCAGUCUGUUAUCCUCCUUAAUGUUCAAUUAGAUGAAACUUUAGUAAAACAAAAACACAAAAGAAGCCACCAAUAUUGUAAUCUGGUAUAUACAAUGUCUUGAAUAAAAUUAAGCUAAAAUAGACUUACAAGGACAGAGCUUCCAAUCAGCUCUUAGAGGGCUCUGAGUGGAACAAUCCCCGCUCAAGGAUAAAGCUGGAGCUGUCCCCUUUAGAUGUUCACAGUGUAAACGGCAUGUGAAAGGAAAUAAAUGAGGUAUAGUGCUCACCGUUUUAAGCAAUAUUUAUUUGUCAAAAAAUAUAAAAUCUACUCACAAUUUCAAGAGCACCUUUUGCUCAAUGAUAUCAGCUUGGGUGGUAUGAUCCCCACAAAGGAUAUAUGUAGGUAGAUGUAGAUAGAAUGGCAGUACCCGAUGAGCUUUCUUUAGAUGAAUAAAAUAAAAUGCAGGAUAAAAAAACAUAAGUCAAAAUUUGAGGGUAAAAACAAUAUUUAUUGUAAUAUACAAAACAAAAUCCAAACCGAUAAAAAGAUAUUUCUAUACAAUCACAACACGUUAGGCUUUCUCAAGUGAUAUAGUAAAAACAAAUAGUGUGUAGGCGCGUCACAGUAUUAAUAUAAACCUUAGCUAAAAUACCUGGCAGGCAGUGUGACUGAUAUAAUGGUGCUUCCCAUAUACACCAAACACAGAAAACAAAUGAUAAAUACAAUAUAUCAGUGUAUACACCCUAUCCAGUGCAAAUAUAUAAAAAUCAGAUAUUAUCACCAUAUGAUGAACUGUAAUGGAAUGGUACCUAAAAUAUAAAAAUAAAACACAACAUAGUGUGAACUGUAUAAUAAUAUUAAGAAGCGGUGAACAGGUGUAGGACUACCACUCACAUUCUCCAGAGCCGUAGCAGGCUCUGUGUGACAAAUUCAAAGGUGCCAAUACAGGCUAGCGAUCCCACUGACGGUAGUAGAAGAUGGUGAUGAGACUCCAGAUGGAUUUUAAAGAAAAUUUAUUGUAAGUAUUAAAAAACAAACACCUCAAGGUACUAUGGGAGUGGAACACAGCAUAUAAAAACAAUAUAAUAAGGAAAAACUGGAGUUCCACUUACCCCUAUAGUUAGUAACCAAGAGUGAGUAUAAAAACAAAUUGAUAAAACCAAAUGCAUCAAACAUGUUUCGGCAAUAAAGCCUUCUUCCAGUGCUGGUUUCGGAGUCCCUGAUGUCUUCUGAUAUACAUUUCAUCUUUGCCGGUCAUCUGUGUGUGAUUUUUCAUUAGCGGAGCGUCAUUUCCGGUUUUGCAUCUGACUUCACUUACGCAUUCGGCCAGGUGGAACGCACGCUGGAACACGGCGUUCUUGAUGUAGAACAGACGGUCAUGAUGGAUAUAAGUCCCCACAGUGGCAAAUCUCUCAAAAAUCAGAGAAAGCCACAAUAUAGUCCAUACAAUAUGUAAGAGACAAGAGGUGAAUACCAAGAUUAGUCUAUCUUAAUGCAGAAGUACAUUGUAAGUACAAAAUAUUCAUCUGUGUGCCAAAACCAGUGUCGCUUUAAAGCGCCAAAUCUGUUCUAGAUUGUACGGUUCUUGUUACUUGCUGGUAUUAGCGCUCCUUUUGGCGACAUGUUGACCUGUGACAUCCCAUACUGACAUUGAAUCACCUUCGUCAUGUAAUCUUCAACAGAUUAUAGAAUGAUAGAGUAGAUAACAUGGAAAUUCUCAAUGAUUAAUUUUCUUUCUCAGGAAAGUGCAAAGAAACUGGAGGAGAACACAUAUUAUUUUGGAAAUACUGUAGAAAGCUUGUUGUACAGGUUUGGCAAGGUGAGCACAGCCUUUUAAACAUUUAAUCUUGAACAUUUCUAAGUCAUUUAUUGUUAUUCUUUUUGCUUACUUCACCUCUGUGUCAUGUGAUUAAAUAUCCCAUAUAAUCUAUUGUACAGCACUGCAGAAUCUGUUGGUGCUUUAUAAAUAAUAAUAAUCUUAUUUAGUAAUUUUAUUUUUUGUAUUGUUGUAUUAUUUAUUUAUUUAUUACUGGUAAUUAUAAAGCACCAAACAUAUUCCGCAGCGCUAUAAAAAGGGAAAAAGACAAUACAAUAAGAACAGAACGAUACAACAGGUUUAGGGCCCUGACUAUGAGCUUACAAUCUAAAGGUUAAACUGUGGAGAUGAGACAAAAGGUAGCAGAGGAAUUUGCAUGAGAUGGCAUAGAGAGUUAAUGGUAUAACUGCAGCAGCUGAUAGCAUGUGAAGGUAAUAAGGAGGUGAUUGGCUGUGGUUCCAAACAGCUGGAGGAGCAUGCUAUAUAGGUGCAAAGAACCAGGGUGGGAGGGUUGAGCCAAAAAAAAUGGGCUUCUUGCAGGGGUGGAUGUAAAACUGGCCUUAAAGAGUAGAGAAACACUGUUAUUUAAACAAAUGUAUGGCUAGGACAGGAUGGAGUGGGGGUGGGGAGGUGGAAGUGGGGAAUGGUUGAGCAGACCUGCCAUUUGUCUAAAACAAUUACAAUAUUUGCCAACCAGAAUACUAUCAGACAGGUUAUUAAUAAUUACUUGUAACUGCAAGUACAAAAUUAUACAGUAGUAAACUACAGGUACAAAUAGUAACAUUGAUGUAGUAACUAAGAUGAAGGAAAUCCGGUAGCAUUUGUAUUUGUACGCUCCAUAUCAAGUGGUUGCAAUAUAUUUAUAUGCAAUAUUUUCCUUAAAACCAUGUAGUCAUUUAAAACUGUGGAAAUCAGGGGUAGUCAACCUUUUAAUACCUACCGCCCACUUUUGUUGAUGGUAAGAUUUCCUUACCACCCACUAGUGCCACAGUAACUAAUUUUAUAGUGUAAGUGCGAUUAUUAUUAUUAUUAUUUUUUUUUUUAAAUAUAUAUAAACUUGCUAACUUGCAUUAAUAGAUGCACAUUAACAGAAAUAUGAUCACACCCGCAGGAUGCUGCACAAUUAUAAAAAAUACAUAAUAUUCUCAAACAACUUACUGUGUACAACAAAUUUUAAUGUUUUUUGUUUGAAUCAUGGCGUUAUAUUUGCUUUAUUUUGUCUUGCAGACUAUAGUGGAUGAGCAGUUGGCUUUAAAGAGAGUAGCAGAUGUUCUUAUUAAUCUGUACGCAAUGACAGCUGUUAUUUCCAGAGCCAGUCGAUCCAUCAGCAUUGGACUUCGCAACCAUGACCAUGAAGUAAGCAUUAAAUAAGGUUUAAAGUUAUUCCUAUUUAUUUUAUUUUAUGAUGCAAAUAAAAAAACAAAAAACUAAUUUGGUAGUUACACAAACUAAUUCGAUGAUAUUUCCUGAAUAACAAUAUGAUUUCUGAGGAGAACUCAAAAAAUAGCUACUGACAUUUUUGUUUCACUGAAGACCCCUUAAGUCCUAAAAUGUCUUUACCACUGGUCAACAGUAGAGGAUUUCAUAACAAAAUAAUUGCAUUUGCUGGUCUGAGUCUAGUGACUGGUUCCCAUAUAUAACACCAAAUGUUUAUUUAUAUAAACCUUGUUCAUCUGUUCAUAUAUAUAAACAUGCCCCAAUGUUAAUUUAUUUGCUUAUUACAGGACAUAAUUCUUACAUAUUUUUUUUAUUUCAAUUAGGUUCUUUUGGCAAAUAUGUUUUGUUCAGAGGCUUACUUCACGAAUAAUUACCUCAUGGCUCAGCUAUCAAAACGUAAGUUUUAUGAUGAUUAGGCUUUUUGUCAUUACUCACUGCAGAUUUUAAACUUAAUUGGUGCUUAAGCAGUAUAAGUAAAGUGAUCAUAUCUUUUACUUCAGAUUCUGCUGAAAACCAGGAUGACAGUAUUCGAAAAAUAGCUAAAUUUGUUCUGGAAAACCGUGCUUACACCUGUGCACAUCCUCUGGACAGGACAUUCUGAAAAUUGACAGAUCUUUGAAAUGAAUUGCAACAUAAGAUUGUAUAUCGUCACAAUGUAGCUUAUUGAAUGUCUGGAUAUUUUGUAAUAAAUACAUAAAUUGUGAUAAAUCAAAACUCAAAAUUACAUUAAAGACUAACACCAAGUUUGCCUUACUUCCUUAAAUGAACACUCAAAGAACCUAAACUAUAGUACAUUAUUUAUGGAGUACACAGAACGGGUGGGAACGGUCUUUCCCACCAACCUCCACCUCCACUACUGACGAUGGAGAGUCGGAAGCUUUGCUCACACAGAAAGAUUCAAUCUCUGUCAGAUGUAAUGCAUGCAAGGGCUAGCGCCUGACUGACCCCAGGUAAGAAGUCAAACCAUUGUAAAAUAUGUUUACAUUUAAUAUCUAGGUCAUACCUGGCAUCAUAACCACUACAGUGCACUGUAAUAGUUAUGGUGCUGAAGUGUUCAUCUGAUAUAAAUAUAUUAUAAAUAUAUUUAUAUUAAAUAUUAUAUAAUAGUUUUUGACAGCUUUAAAUGCAAAUGUAAUAUUAAUUCACACUUGAGUGGUCAUUAUUAUAUCCUUUUUCUGAAGCAGAACAGUAACAAAGCUCAUGUAAUAGAUCAGCUUUGUUAUUGUAUGUGAACGAGAAAUCCAGCAUAAUUUUCUGUUGAUUAGUGUUUGUGAAUCUCUAAUAUUUUUUUAUCUUCCUGUAAAAUUGAUUGUGUCUCUCUUGACAACUUAUUUCUUUACUUCUCCUCUAAUGAAUUAAGGAAUGGUGGAAAAAAGUGUACACUAUGAGGGAUGCAACAUGAAAAAAUAAAGUGUUUAACAAUUUGUCAGCCUUUUACUCUCUUAAUGACCUGUGGUAUCAUAUAAGCUGAUGUUUCAUUAAUAACAUAUAUAAAUUGUUACCAAUUAAUUUACAUUCCUAAUAUUAGAUUCUGAUUCUUUACCAAGAGACAUUCUUAUUUGCUGCUCAUCUUUCAAAACCAAAGAACAAGUCUUAAAAUCGUUUAGAUGUACGCCUCUUCAGGAUCCCUACAACAAAAUAUUUUUUUCUGAUUUGUCAUAUUUCAGAGGCCCCUGUGACUGUCAAAGUCCCAGAGUUAUGCGGUAUGAUAAGGCGUCUCAGCAUUCCCCACUUAUAGGGCAGAUUAUGUUUGGCAAGUUCGGCAGUCAUGGGUCGCAAGGAUCUACACCAGUCUAUAGUGGCUCUGGAUAUAUCCGGAAAAGGCGAUGAGGUAGCCUGUCAUAAUGGUAGCAGCUAUCCAAAGUCAUGGCCUUAUCUUGUUUAGGGGAAAAUGGGCAGGUAAGCAAUCUCCUGAUGAGGUGGGAGAUUUCAGCUGCAGUGACAGCCUCCGCUAGGCCCUGGAUCUUCACAUUUUUCCACUGCCGGUUUCCACGGUUCUGGUUGUGGGACAGACUUUGCUCAAGGGCAGCCAUCUCCCGCUCCAGGUCGGUAAUACUUGGGCAGCGAUGGUAAUUUCUGUGUCAUGGAGACGCACGGAUACCCCUCUGAUCUCUUCCUUGAACAGAUAUAUGUCCGCCGCAGCAGAGGUCGUCCAGUCAGACUCUGUGACUGGACCACUGCCCACCUGUUUUGGGAACGGUCCCACUCUCUGCUUCUCUGCUGGUAGCUCCCGGUCCCUCGAGUCUGCCAGGGACUCCAAGCUUGCCGUUCGGGAUGGCCCAUUUGAGCUAAUUUUUGUGGCCUCCAAAGCAGAUCGCCUAUAUCAGCAGUAUAUAAUAUUUUUUAAAGGACAAUAUAAAAAUAUGCAAAUAAACAUUUUUUACGGUAUUUUUUGGUUGUUUUUCCCCCACAGUUUUGUCAAUAAGGGAAGUUUGGCAGCUUAAGAAAAGUUAUUCAAAAUAAAUGAAUUUAGUUGUUCUGAUUUACAAUAUAUAGGAUUUGGUAGUUACUGGUCACAAAAUACAUGUAGUAAAGUAAAAUUUUAAUGUGGAGUGAUUUUCGAAUCAGCUGUCAGAGAAAACAAAAUUUCCACACCAAGGUAUAUAUUUAUAUAAAGCAGACAUCACAGGUAUUUUGGGUAUUUUGACACUUUUUAAGUAGCCAUUUCUGCUAACUAGUGUAGUAAAAAUUGCAUCUCUGCUAAGUAGAUAUUAAAAAUUAUCAAAGAGGGAAAGGCUUUAAAAAUAGGAUAAUGCAUUUCUCUGCAUAACGUGCAUUAGCAUAUAUUUAGCUCAUGUGCAAUACACACACGAAUCAACAGAGGCCAUUUGUUGGCAGAUAGGGACAAUCUUCUUGAAUUGAAAUAUAUUGCAGAUUGCAAUACACAAAUCAGACAAAAGAGGCCAUGUACAUUUUAGGUUAGAAGGAAGGUCUGCUUGGUUUGAGUGUUAAUAUAUUGCUAGAUAGAUUAAUAAGAGAGUCCUGAGGGUUUAUUUGCAAUGCAUUCACAUACAAAAAUGCAAAACAUGAAGAUGGAUUCAGAAAAGUCAACAGCAGCAACAUGACAGGUGGUUGGAAGUACAGCUCUCAGAAGUAGCUAAGUUUUUAAAAGUUUUCUGUGCAAGCAAUGAACUGUACUUUGUUGGAAAGCUAUGCUUGUAACAAUUUUUAAUUGCAUGCUAAAUGGACGCUGCAAAUUUCUUUUUUUUUUUUAAAAGCACUGUUAUUAGGAAUAGUUGAAAAACAUUGUUACGUCCACUUUCUAUAUUUCAUCUGGUAGAUGAAAAUGCUUACAGGUUUAAUUAUAUGUUUAGUUGGGUGUUUGUGCAUACGUUUACCCAGAAUCCCUUGCAGUAGUGAGAACACUGCUAAAGUAAGAUUUCUGUGGGAAAGCAAGUCUUAUGACUUGACUGGUGUGUGUAUUUGUGUUUAGCAAUGUAUUAACGCUCUCUCUCUCUCUCUCUCUCUCUAAUCACAUGUUGUCACCUACUACUGACCCAAAAUUAAACAGUGUAACUGAGGAAUAUCAGACACAAACUUAUCAGAAAGAGAUAUUUCCCAAGUAAUUUAUUCUACUUUUUAAAUUGUAUGGGGUUUCUACAAAAACCCAUUGUAAGAGAGAGUUGAACCAGUUCAAAUGCGUCAAAAUAUACUUUAUAGCCUGAAAAUGAUACUGCAUGUCUCACAAAAUAUUUUGAAGCUUGAUUGAUGGGUCAUAAAGAUAAGGCAUUUUUGAUGUCAUAUGCAUCACAAAAUUCAAAUUUAAAGUGGUAGUUGGAAUUCGCAAUGAGAAAUUAUUGUGAUGCUAUAAAGCCACCUACUGAUCAAUGUGUAUAAAACAAUAAGUAGAAAAAGGUACACCCACCUAAUCCCAUUGGUCACUUAAAAUUAGUGACGUAAAUGAACUUAAGAUAGGAAAUUCUUCAAAAAUUGGGGACAAAAGAUCAAAGAGAGAACCAGGGUGAGAUCCAGAGGGUUGGAUUUAAGAUCAUCAGAUGAGACCAGACAAAGAAACACACCCUAGCAACACUUAACACUGUCUUUCCAACUGAAUACUGGGAUUUUUUUGAAUUUGACAAUUUGUAUUUGGUCAUUAACCAACGUAUUGGGGGGUACAGAAUAAAAAAAGAGGAGGUGGGUAAGAAUAGCUUUGUUCAAUUCGAUUGCUUGUUACACAGGGAGCGGGUAGAAAAACAGAGAAAAUGAGGGGGAGGAGGCAUCACAGUAUUAAGCAGUCAAGAGGUAUAUCAACAUUCAGACGACCGUGUAUAUACCAGCAGGUCCAUGAGGGUUAGGUAGCCGCCCAGUAUCACUACAGCAUGAGGGCAGUCUGGUGCGGCUAAUGAACCUCAUGGUCUUUUCAGGGUUACAAGCAUAGUUUAUUACCAGAUCUCCAUGUUUGCCAAACCUCCCAUGUUUUUCGGUAGAGUGUGGAGGGGGGGAAGAGGGACUUAGAGGAAGUCUUGUAAAUCAAACUGUUUGUGCAGUUCCGCUAUCCUUGGGAAGGAUUGUGGACUUCCAUCUCCUUGAUAUUAAUUGCUGUGCCGUCAAGGCGAUGUGCAGAGUCAUUUUUCGAAAGUGGUGGGGCAUCUCUCUAGGGAGAUCUAGUAAUAGGCAUGACUUCAGGGUGAAUGGGAGGGGGCUAUGCGUGAUGUCUUGAAUUAGUGCGUAGACUUCAGUCCAGUAUCGGAGUAGCCGUGGACAGCUCCCCCAGAUAUGAUGCAUUGAGCCCUCCGCUGCGUGACAUCUCCAGCAGAGUGGGGAGGUAGAGGGGAAAAUCUUAUGUAAUCUAGUUGGCACUAGAUACCAGCGGUAUAAUAUUUUACAGUGUUGUUCAAUGUGGGAGGUCGAUUUUAGUAAUUUGAGUGGGUUGGAUAGAAUAGUGUCCACAGUUUUUGGUGGCACCGUACAGUACAGAUCAUCCUCCCAUUGUUUUGCAUAUUUGGUAGUGGAGAAGUAGCUAAAGUUAGAUAAGAAGCUAUGACACAUGGAAAUCAGUUUACAGUGAGGUCAUAAUUUUGUAGUUAUACACAUUUCUUCCAAUGCAGUAAUCAUAUUUGUAUUCCUAGAGGUGCCUAGAUAGCGUUUCACUUCCAUGGACAAAUAGGAGUUUAGUUGUAGGUACGAGUACAGCGAGGACUGUGGGAGUGUAUAUUUCUCUGAUAAGCUUGUGUAGUCUGAGUUUAUCUGCAGUGAAUAGGUGGUAGAGGUGUGUUGCACCUUUGCGGUGCCAUGGCAUAGCAUUGAACGUGGAAAUGAUGUGGGAAGGUAUGGCCCUGAGGGGAGUCGCCAACGAGAUGCCGGGGGUGCUGCCGAGUCUGGGUCUAUACUUGUCCCAAAUCUGAAAUAGCAACAGUACCUUCGGGGGACGUAAGGGUAGGUCAGGUCUGAGAUGUGGUGGUGUCCAGAGCAAGUGUGAGAUUUCAUGGUUGCCUAUUAGGUCCCGUUCUAGUGAUACCCAUUGUGGUCUGGUCUCUGAGGUUAUAUGUGGGACAGCCGUGGCUAGUACUGCUGCGUGAUAAUAGGUUUGGAUAUUAGGCAUUGCCAGGCCUCCCAGUUUCCUGGGGGCUUGUAAGAUGUUCAUGGGUACCCAGGCUUUACCUCCCGCCCACACAAACCUUCCCAUGUCUGUCUGAAUUGUCUUAAAAUAGGGGGGAGGGAGGCGGAGGGGAAUGGUGCGUAAGAGGUACAGUAGCCUUGGUAAGAUGGACAUUUUCAGUGUCACUAUGCGGUCUGUCCAGGACAGGUACAUCGGUGACCACUGUUUCAGUAGCUGACUACCCUUGUUCCAAACCGAGACAUAGUUUGCGGCCAUGAGGUUUGCAGGGUUUUUGGUAAUUGUUAGUCCUAAAUAUCGUAUGGACUCCCAGUAUUGGACACAUUAACUGAGUAAUAUGAGACCUGUACAUAGGUUUUAAGCAUCUGCAUUAGUGUAGGUAGGGAUGCUUGGGGGUUCGCUACAUACAGUAAUACAUCAUCUGCAAAUGUGCUAAUUUUUAUUUGCUUGUCUCCUUUUGUCUUAUGAGGUGCAGGAGGGGUUCCAGUGCGAGGAUGUGUAGGACCGGGGAUAGGGGGCACCCUUGCCUCGUCCAUAUUGUUAUUUUAAAGGUAGGGGAUAGGAAUCCAGCUUGGGUUACCUGUGCUGAGGGUGAGGAGUAUAGUGCAAAGAUUUGUUGGAUUAUUUGCGGGGGGAAUCCAAAUUUGUCUAAUACUUGCUUCAGGAAGGCCCAGCCGAGGUGGUCGAAAGCCUUCUCCGCGUCCAGUGCCAAGAGGAGACCCCCUCGACCAGCCCUCCCGAGUUUGCGCUGUACGAGGGCUAAUUUUCUGGUAUUGUCUAGGCCUUGUCGGCCCAUCACAAAGCCCGUCUGGUAGUCAUGGAUCAAAUUUGGCAGGAUUGUGCUCAAUCUUUUCACCAGGAUCUUAGCAUAGAUUUUCACGUCUGUGUUGAGUAAGGAUAUGGGUCUGUAGUUUUUUCAUGUGUAUGGGGGUUUGUAAGGUUUGGGGAUCAUCACUAUUGUAGCCAAUAGCACAUAAGGGGGCAGGUGCCAGUAGAUGCUGUCUUUUGGUACACCUUCAGAAACUGCGGCGCCAGUGUGGCAGCAAACUCCUUAUAGUAUGCAUUAGAGAGUUCGUCUGCACCUGGGAAUUUCCCUUUGUGGAAGCUGCUUAAUAGUUUGCGUGAUUUCUUGUAUAGUGAUAGGCUGCAGUAGGGCCUGGCAGUGACCAUCCGACAAUCUGGGCAGUGUGACGUCUGCUAGGUAUUGGGCGACUUCUGAGGGUUGAGGGUGGGUCCUAGUGUCAUCGAGUUGGAGGUUGUAUAACUGGGAGUAAAACUUUGAGAACGUGUUACUAAUUGCUUGUGGGUCUAUGUGUUAUUACCGUCUUUGUCUAUUAUGUGGGAGAUUUUAGACUGGGUCAAUCUAGCCCUAAGCCUUGUUGCUAAGUGUUUGGUGGCUUUACCCGAGGUGUGGUAUGUGGUGGCCCUGAGUUUAUAGAGGAGGCGGUUCGUUUUAUCCGCCUGAAGUUUGGCAAUGGUUGAAUGUAGAGCAUUUAUUUAGUUAAAUUUGCCUGCAUAGGUUGGGCUUUGUUUUUUGUGGCGAGUUCAGCUAGUUCUUUGUAGGAUUCCAGUAGUGUGAGUUGGUUUCGUCUUUUAAGAUAGGAGAACCGUCUGAUAAAAAGCCCCCGAACUACCGCCUUAUGGGCACAUCAUACUGUUUGUCUGCUAUUUCCCCUGUCUCAUUUGUUUGGAUCGAAUCUCAAAAGGUAUCAUCUGUCAAUAGAGAUUCGCUGAGGCGCCAUAGCCCCCAUCCUCUAAAUUGAAAGUCAUCAUGUAGGUGUAAAUGGACCGGGCCGUAGUCAGUCCAGGUGAUCUCCCCUAUCCUGCAUUCCUGCAGCUGUGCUAGCGUGGCAUUGUCAAGGAAAAAGGUAUCUAUAUGGGUAUAGGUAUUGUGUACUUUUGUGUGAAACGUGUAGUCAGCCUGUGUGGGGUGUAGAGUACGCCAGGCGUCAUAGAGACCUUGUUGUGUGAGUAAUUUAGUGAUAGCUUUGCAUGUGUGAUUCAUGUAAGUUUUUCUCUGGCCUGUGGGGCGGGCUGUAGUAUCAAGUGUCGGCAUUUGGAUAAAAUGAAAGUCCUCACAUAGGAUCAGGCCCCCUGGUUUAACCUUAUCAAUGGUCAGGAGGAGAGUUCGAAGAUACUGCUUGGCUUCUGUGUUAAAAAGUAUGUUGUUACCAAGUUAUACAAUGUAUUGUUGAAGAGGCCCACAAGGAUGAUAAAUCUGCCCUUGGUGUCUAUGAUUUUAUUAUGAAGUGUAAGAGUUAUGUCCUUGUGAAUGAAGAUUGAGACUCCCUUGGUUUUGUUUUCAGAAAGGGUGUGGAACUAGGUCGGGUAGUGUUUAUUAUAGAUAGCUGGCGUGUGGUCUCUUUUGAAGUGAGUCUCUUGAAAACAUGCAAUAUCUAUUCUCUCUUUCUUUAGAUCUCGGAGCAGGAGGCUCAGUUUACCGGGGGUGUUGAGCCCCUUGCCAUUUUCAUAAAAGGCUGAGUUUAGGUUUGCCUUGAUGGUGUAGUAGGGGCCCAGGGCAACUGUGAAUGUUGUGGUAGAUGACAUUCCACUCCCGCAAUAGGGGUCCAUGACAGGUCUGCGACUUGGUGAUAUUGAAACUGGUGAUGCAGGGUUGUACAGGAGCGGGUAACCAUGGAGGGGGGGGGGGGAGUUCCCACAACUGCGGGAGAAAUAAAGCUCAGCAGUUCUGAGCAAUAGUGUGGUCUGGCUUAUCCCGACCCACACAGAGUGGGGGGCGGCUUCCUAGAGCCACUCUCGUCUUAGGGCCCAGUCGGGGCUACAAGGAAGCCUGGGGGUAGUUGAGGUGGCACCUCUCGUGCGUUACUUAGCUAUAACCGGUAUACACUGGUAUGCAGUGUAGUGUAGGACCAUCUAGCAUUUAUUUGGGAUACCUUUUUUUUUUUUUUCCUUAAUAUAGUAAAUAUAAAUGUAAGUGCCUGUGGACCACUAUAUAAUCAAUUAUAGGUCAUUGCUAAUCGGACAGUGUUGGCUUCUAACCAUUAAGGCUUAUUGCACAACAUUUAAGUUUGAACUGGGUAGAAAACAUGAAUAUAAACCUUGGGACCUGCCUUUGUCAAGUACAUAUAAAUUAUAUACAAUACCCUACAGAUGAGAGCUCUCUGCCCUUAGGCUUGAGACAAUUCUGGUGUUAGUCUGGGGACUUUGGCCAUCGUGGAUGCCAGGGGUCCUGGUAGUGGCAUGCCCCAGUCCUGGAACUUUUGCUGGCCUCCAUUUUCAGUCGCCAUGGCAUGGAUGUCCCCAUCUUUCUGUAUCAGCAGAUUCGCCGGAUAACCCCAUCUGUAGCUGAUUCCGUUGGGUCUGAGUGUGGUUGUGAUCAGGGACAUCGAUUUUCUGAACUGCAACGCGGAGGCCGAUAAGUCCGCAAAGAAUUUGAUGUUGCAGUAUAGAUCAGGAAGGGUUGCGUUCCUACAGGCCUUCAUGAUGCGCUCUUUCAUGUGGUAAAAAUGGAUGCGUCCUAUAACAUCUCUUGCGGUCGUGGUAGGUAAGUGGCUGGGUCUGUGUAGGCGGUGGGCUCUGUCGAUCAUUAGGAGCUCAAGGUGUGUAGCUGGCACUAACUCCUGAAACAGGUCAGUCAGGUACUGAUUCAGCUCUGUGUUCUGACCUGAUUCUGGUAUUCCCCUGAAGUGGAGGUUGUUCCUCUUGGAUCUGUCUUCUAGAUCCGCUACCUUGCUUUUCUGGGUUUCUAGUGAGGUCUCCAGCUCCUGUAGCUUGUCCGCAAGGCCAUUGUGAGCCACUGCGAAAUCAUCCAACGUUUUUUCCAAGUGGGCCGUCCUGCUCCCAAUCACCAGGAGGUACGUGGUCAGCAUGUGGAUUUGCACCUUAAUGACAGCCUGCAGUUUAUCUGACAUUUCUGCCAUCAGAGUUCUCAUCCCUGUAGUCGUGAGGGGUCCCUCGUCUGAGGCUGAGCUCAGUGAAGGCAGAGACCUCCCCUGAGCGGUGUUCGCCACCAUCUUUGAUCGGGCCUUCCCUGCUCUCCCCCGCCAGAGCUCAUGCAAGGAAGAAAAGGAGGCUUUUUCUGUCUUUGAGAGCUUGCUUUUGCUUCUCUGUGACAUGGUAGAGGUGAGUACCCGGUUUUCUGCUGAAGGUUUGCUCGUAAUUCCGAUUAUUUUAGCCCCUUAAGACGCAGGCUGUGGGAGUUUCACAUACGUGCGGCCAGUCCCUUUGAGCUCCAAGCUGAAUUCUGGGAGUUAAACAUCUUUGCUAGUCAGAACUAUCUCUAUAUUUCUACACUUCUCUCUUUAAACAUACUUGUAUGUACUAUCAGGAUUAUAUCUCUAAGUCUAAAGAAUUUCUACCAAGAAAGCUGGUAAAUAUGCUGGUUUAAUUUGAUUUAAAUACAUUUUUACUGAAAACAGAAAUAUACCUGGAUAAUGCUGAUCAGAUAUCAAACAUUUGAAAUCAUAUUUAGCUAAGAAAAAUAUAGUUCCAUAUUUCAUAUCUGCAGAUGGAAUAAAUGAAUAAUACAUUUACUCGUAAAUUGCCAUGUUUAACAUAUCAAGAUAUUAUUCAAGGAUAUUGGCCUUUCUGAAUUUAGGGAUAGUUCAUCUUUAAUCAUGAAAAGUUAAUUAUCUGCAGUGUUAUAUCCUUUUAGUUACUGGAUGGAUGGAAAAGAAAAUUGUUAAAUUGACUAUUGGUGUGAAAAACAUUGUAUCUUCUUGCAAUAUUGCAAUAUUCAAGUGUUUACCAUGUGAGAAUUGUAGCCAGUAGUGAGUAAGUUAAUUCUCAGUGUGACCCUAGCAAACUGGAAGCAGCUAAGGUGUUUUUACGACUUGAAGCUGCAAGUUCUGUGUAAAGGAAAUCUCAAGUAUUCUGAAAGAUUCCUAUGGCAUUGUUAAAAAAACCUGCAUCUGUGGAUAUAACUUAAUUAAAUUAUAGAGGAAUUAUUUGUAACCUUACAUGUAACUCCUUUAGAAAUUAAUCUACUUGUGUUGCUGGAUAUGUUGCUUUUAAGCUAUCUUUAAUUGUAGUUAUUGUGCCAAAACUGUUGCCAUAUCUUAUACUUAUGAUUUACUAAAUAUUCACUGACAUUGUCAAACAUGUUACAUAUUAUUAUUAUUAUUAUUAUUAUUAUUAAUAAUAAUUAUUAUUAUUUGUCACAAUAAAUUAUAUUUUUAUAAUCAAGUAGCUAUUACCAUACAAUUGAAAGAUUAUAUCAUUGAAUAUUCUGUUUUUGCAAGCAUGCAUCUAGUUGCUGUUUAAACAUAUGUACGCACUCUAAUAAAACCACUUCUUAAUGCAGAGAAUUCCACAUCCUUAUUGUACUUAUGGUAAAAUAUAACCUUACUCUUAACUCUUUCUCUUAGACUAAAUCUUCUUUCUUCCAGUCUAAACGAAUAACCUUGUGUACUAUGUAUAGUCCGGUUUGUGAAUAAAUU